ACUGUUAGAAGGAAAGGCAAGCCAUCCACCCCCAACUGUUUGGACAGUAGCAACAUAAUUCCUCGAGGGGUGAUAAGACUCUCUACAGCGGCGAGUUAAAAUGAAACCUUGGUGGGAAGUCACCUGCAAAGCCUACGACAAUGUGAGUACUAUGCAUUUUAACUUAACGUUACCAGCAAUUUGUUCUAAUAGCUAGUGCUUGAACACAAGGAUGGAGAACCUGCACACUUCCCAUUAGCAUGGCCAACCAAGUUCAGCAUGGGGGGAGACAGAGGUUUCCCCAUCCUUCCUUCAGCCUCAUGGCUCCUUUAUGGUAGUUUUGGCGUCUGUGUUAGCUAGCUGUUUCUGUAAGCUUCUGGCCCUCUGCUAGAACCUCAGGGCAACUAUUCUCAGCCUGGUGCCCUUCAGAUAUUUCGCUCCCAGGCAGCAUGGAUUAAGUGUUGUAGUCCAAAAUAUCUGGAGGGAACAAAGUUGGGGGAAGGCUGAGUCAGGUUAUUAUAAAAGUAAUGGCAAGUGGGUGUGCAUGAGUGGGAUAAUGAUUAUUCUCCAACCCAGUUUAAUCCAAUAAGCAACCUCACAAGUGUAAGGAAAAGAGUGUUGGAGAUGGCAAGGUCUCUUUGUGUGUGCAAAGGUGGAGUCGGGCUAACCCCGAUGGUUAGAAAAUUAUCCUCUUGCUCCAAGUACAGUGGAUGUGUUGAUUAGAUACACAUUGCAACCCGUCCCGAAGGGCAGUAUAGAAUGGUUCAGAGGGUGAAGUAGGCCGCAAAAGGGAUCAAAAGCUCAGAACAAGAUUAUGGACAUGGCUGACGUCUCUACUGUCACUGCAAACCACUUCAGGGUCUGGAUAACUGGAGCUGACAAUUCCAAAAAGAAAUCUAGCAGGAUCCAUUAUAUUGAAGGAAGGUAUCAACAAUAUGAUACAAAUGUAGUCAAACCACCACUGGGACGUCCCUUGGAUGAUUUCUUCACUGCUGGGAGAAUCCAUUACAUGAAUCCAAGGAACAUUUUUUUAAAAAACCAACCUCCUCAUACUUUCAUAAACAAGCUGUGAAUGUUGAUUGUUGCUUGUCUCUGUAAAGCAGAUCCCUCCUAUUGUUACUGCAAUUCAGAAGCCUGAAGCAGAAAACAGCAUAUGUUCUUUGCUAAUUUUGGAGGAGCUGCUGCAGUUUCCAAUGUAAGCCAACCAAUGCUUUUCACCAAGAAAUGAGGUGUUGUACUGUUGGCACCGAUAAAGGAUGGAGCAGUGCGCACGAUAGCAUUUUCUCCAUUUCAUCAUAGGAUAAGAUAGCUAAAUUAACCAGUACCUCAGAGAUCCUGCUUCUCUGCUUGUUCUAGUUCUCAGUGCUCACUUCCACUGGAUUCCAAAAUAAGCAAAGAGAGAUUCAGAUUCACUGAUUAACUGUAACAGGGAAACUGCUCUUCAAAGGCUGCAUAAUAUUGAAGCAUGCAUAUUUUAGGGUUCUACCAUCCCACUGCACUUGACUGCAUUCGAAGGAGAGUUGAGACUUGCUCCAUUACUGCAACUGUUUCCUGCAAUUAGCACCUGGAUUUGCUCAUUUCCUCCUCUUCCUUCACCCUACCAGUUUUGGAUUAAACUGUCAGCCAUUAUGAUAGGGGAUCUAUAAAUUCUACAUUGUCUAAAAUACUGUUAGGCACUUAAUUAGCAACAGUGGCAAUAACUGGAAAUUUUGAAAUCCAUGUAAAUAUAUGUGCAGGACAAUCUCUGCAUAGAAUUAAAUCCUAUAAUCUUCAAUAGGACUUCUAGAGAUGCAUGCUUAGAACUGCAGACUUAAGAACAAGACAUAUAGGUGCUUUAUAGGAAAUGGUGUGUAAACACACUAGAACUAGUUUUGAUGUUCAGCACCCAGCUACAUACACUUUUUGCUCUAGUUCAAUUAGAAGUCAAUGCCUUGCCCUCUAAAGCACUGUUUUCUUUGCUCGUGUGGAGAUCGGAAACUAAAAUUAGCUUUGUUGAAACUUAGUAAAUAACCCCCAUAAGAACUAUAUUCAAUUAGCUACCUUAACCUGUUACCUUGCACAUAAAUACAGUGGCUGCAUUUGCAUGCAACACUAUAGAUCAGUGGUUCCCAAUUAGCUAAGUACUGUGGCCCUCCAGUUUUUAAAAAGCCAAGCCAUGGACCCCCUACUUUAGAAAACUUUUUUAUCUCUAUGGUAGUUUUUGUUAUGUGAAUGGUGCCACGGAACCCCUGGGUGGGUUACAUAGACCCUUUGUGGUCAGCAGACCACCCACUGGGAACCACUGCUAUAGAUUAUCAUUAUGAUGAACUCCAGCAGCUCUGCGCUUCUUGUACUCCUCCUUGUUUCUUCCUCUGGUGUUACCUUGAAGGGUUCAGAAGCUUUUGCUUCCAUUUUGACCUAACCAUAGCUUGUCAUGGCAUCUGAAACCCGACAAAUUGUUGUUAGUCUUAAUUAUGAUUAGUAGAAACAAGCUACCUCCAAAACAUAGUUUUCAACAAUGCUUUGUUUCCACAAACCAGUAAAGAUUAACUAUAGUUAAAGUGUUGCAUCAAAACCUUCAACUGUAGUGAAAGCUUCUGAACUCCUCCUUGCAGCUGGUUUGGAGUCAUUGAGUCUUGUCCUUACAACACUAAAAUAUAGUUUACUGUUCUGCGCAAAAUGGUCCAAAGUUUUUGGUUUUUAUUUAGUCCAGUGCUUCAGUCCACAAACUAGGCAAAGCUGAGUAUUUGAUUUAAUAGUAAUGUACAGAAGAAACCUGAACUUCUGUUCUUCCAUCAUUUCCUGUACGACUUAAGAGAGGCAUGACAAUAUGGAAGCUUGACUUAAUACCAAGAUGCAAUAGAGGGAGUUAGUGUUGAUGCAGAUAGGUACCUUGUUCUUCAAUGCAUAAAGAGCAAAAAGAGAUUGCUGUCCUUGCUAUCAACCUAGGACCUCAGUUUAGCUGGUGUGGUAUAAACCAAUGUUGUUUAGGAUUAAACUGAUGAGAAAAGAACAAAAUUUAACUAUGGUCAGUAAACUUUUGGAGGGGGGACGACACCCCCCCAUACUUACAUUUCUAUGGGAGAAAAAGGAAACCACCUCCCCCCCCCACAACUGCUUUUAACAGCUGCAUGGUAGGCAGACAACUGGAAAGUAUUAAAUUUUUCCAAGUACUGAGGUGUAGUGAUUUGGGAACUGGGGAGGGUGGGGUGGGGAGGUGAUUGCACUUCCCAUCUUAUAACACUUAUUAGCACUGUACCUUUAUGUUGAAAGAGGGUUACUCAGGUUCCCUUACUUCCCUACUGAAUAGCUCCCUCUCUUUUCUUUUAAAAAAAUGAAUAGAUGUCAGACGGGACUUCAACACUUCCUUUAGGAGCACUCUUCCCUUUACAAUCACUACAGGAACCAAUAGCCCUUCUCAUUAAGGAAUACAUAGCUCUGCUUACUCAGAGUAUCAGUUAGCUAUCCUUUAAGAGUAAUUUCACCAUAAAGGCUUGCAGGUCAGCACAAGCUCAUCUGCAUGAUUUUGCAUCAUUUGCUGGAAAACUUACACCAAUUGUCUUAAAUCCACCAGAUUCUUAAGAGUCAAGAAGGAUUCCCCCCCUAUUUUUGAGGAAACUCAAACCUUCAUUUUUUGCACAAUAGAAUAUGGGUUGUAGUUUGAAAUGCAACCCAAUGUCAUAUAUCAACCUAGUUAUGUAUCAUAAGAAAGGACAAAUAUUGACACAAUGUUUAAGCGUGCCAUGUAUAUAGCUACUGAUAAAAACUAGGGACACAAAUGCUGUAAAUGCUCAAAGAAAUUUAUCCAAGAUCACAGUGUUAAAGAAAUAUCUUAUUGUCUUUGAGGAGUGUAUACCAGCCUGCCAUCCUAUAAACAAAUUUAUCACAGCUCCAGAUGUUCCACAACAGAUAACUUAGGAUUCAUUGAAUAUAAAUCAUGAACCAUGUGAAUACAGCUUGCUACAUAGCUUAGUUUAGAGAAGUACUUUGAUUAAUGCAAGUCUCAUGUGGAUUAUGAGGAUGAGUAUUUGUGAAGUUGAGGCUCCAAUCUAUCCACUUUAAGAGGUAGUCCCACUGAGUACAGUGAGAUUUACCAUUGAGUAAGGAUGCUUCAAAUCAUACUGCAGAGCUAGCUUAAUGGAUGUGACCAUUAAGUGACAAGGUUCAAUUUUAGGUGACUCUCCUUAUAGCUAAGAGUCACAACUUAAUCAUUGGGGGGGGGGGGUGUGAUAUAAAGACAAAUGACAAUAUUUUAGUUAUGCUAAACAGAAACAAUAUUUGCAUUGGCGUUAUCACCUUAAAUCACAUCUCAAUUUAAAAUGGAUAUAACAAAGACUUGUGAGAGAAAGCAUCUUUUUUUUUUAAAAAAAGGAACAGUCUUUUCCAGAAUAUGUUUGGUAAAAGUGCUUAACAAGCAAGUCUUUUUAUAUUAAGAAUGUGAUAGGCUCUGGGAAAUAGAAUUUUUAAGGUGUUAAGAAAUAAGAUAUGAUUGCCUAGUGUAAAUAUAUUCUUCCCUUGAUUAUUUAACUGAAUAAAAUGCACACUGUGGGACUACAACCUUCAACAACUAGUGCAAGUACUUGUUAUUUAAAAUAUAAAGCACAUAUAAUGACCCAAAUUCUAAGAGAAACCCAUACUGCUGAAGCAUACAGUUCCUAUGUAAACUUACCUGGGAGUAAACCCCAUGGAACGCAGUGGCGUUUCCUUCUGAGUAAAGAUACAUGGCUUACACUUGGAAGCUUGAAGUUCUUUAUUAACAAAAACUAAUGUCUAUACUAUACAAGACCAAAAUGCCAGAAAGCAAGCUGCAACAGUCUACUCCUGAGAAAAAAGCCGAAACCACAUAGGAAAGCAACAACCAUUGCAUAAAAGGAUAGUAAGCAGAAGGGAGAAGUAGAUGUGUUAGUAAAACAGUUAAUUGUGGGUACGAAUUAGCACUGGGGAAAUGACCACAGUGGCUUUGUUUCAUAACUACCUUUUAAAUUCUACUAUAAAUAAGUCUGUGGCAAAAUCACAGUAUCUGCAUUCUAACAAAGUUAAUGUUAACAUUGGUACAAAUUAAGAGUAUACAAUUAGGCAGUGUUCCAGUUGAGCGUUUAUUUUUCAUAAAUAUUACCAAAUCAAGUACGUAGUUUAAUUUGUGCUGCUCACUAAGGCACUUUGAUCGCACAAAGCGAAAUGAAAAAGCGUUACGAUGAGGUUGGGGUUUUUUUUUUCAGAAUCAGGACAAUGCAUUGCAAACCACAGCAGCCUCAACGCAUCACUUUUAAGCCUUUUCAAAAUAAUUUCCGCAGGCUAGAGGUGCUAAAUAAUCUAACCAUUAAAACAAGCGAUUCAAGUUUAGUUUUUUUUAAUCCCUUUAAAAAAAGAGCUUGCUAAAAACAAAUCAUCUUCGUAGGGAAAAAAAAGCCACUGAUAACCAGACCAAACGCGAGAUCCCUUACAUAAACGUAGAUGUACCUUGCAGGGUUGCCAGCACUGCAACUCGGAAGAGAGCAUCAGUUUUAACAAGGCGAGAUACGUACUUUCAGAAAGGCACAAUUGCAAAAAGGAAGCACGAGAGUUAUGCAUUCCCAGACGUGACGCGCGUUAAAAGUCUUACAACUCUGCCCAUCCUUCGCUUGGGGAAGAAGUGCUGGUUUGCUAGAACAAAAAGAGAGAGAGAGGGACUAAGGAAAAAAAGUUACAGGGCCCUGUUGUAGUUAAAAAAAGAAUAAUCUGUGGAGGAAAGCCGAGGAAGGGGACGGGGCUGAGAGCGAGGCGGCGGCGGCGGCGAGAGAAUCCCCUCCUCCUCCGGCUCCUCCAUCGCGCUGUGGCGACCGGCGCUCCAGUCCCACCCCGGAGACCUGCGUCGCGGCGGCGGAAGGGGAGGAGGCGAACGCUCGCGAGGUCUGAGGGAAAUCCGAACUGCGGAGAAAAUGGCCCCAAUUCAAAAAAAUAAAAAAUUACAGAAAGAGAGAGAGAGAAAAGAGCAGCCAAUCCAGUAAGGCCAAAAAAGCAGCGAGGAGCCGCAGCGAAGACCGGCGGAGCAGCAGCUCCCCGCCCCGCGCCCUCAAGCCCUGCGGGCGGCAGCUGCUGCUGCUUUUUGCUGCCUCGCCGACUCCGCCCGCCUCCGGCUCUCGCGUCAACAAGGCUCGUCUCGGGGGCGGGGGGAGCGAGGGAGAGGCGAAGUCCUUGCCCCCCCGCUCCCUCACACACUCUCUCUUUCAACGCGUUGACCCGGCCGCCGCCUUCUGCUCCGCGCGGCCCCCCUUCAGCCGAGCCCGUCUCUCUCUCUCUCUCCCCGCUGCUGUGACAGCUCCACGGGCACAAAAUGGGGCUGCUCUUUUCCGUGGGCGCCGCCAUUUUGUGAAGAGCUGAGCGGCCGUUGUUGGUGCUGUGGUGGCGCCGCCGCCGCCGCCGCCUCCUCGAUUCUAAGGCCGCCCUGUAAACGGCUCCCGGGGCCUUGAGUGCGGUGGCGGGAUGGUAUCGACCCCCUCCAGGGAAUCCCCCAGCGGACGGUUGCGUAAGGGACCGUGCGCAAAUUGCGGCGCUCUGGCAGCGGAGCCCGGCUACGCAGUUUGAGUAUCCUUGCCUUGCCGCCGCAGUAUACAGUACGCGCAAGGAACUGAAGCGAGGGAACUGACUCACCUCUGCCAAGUUACCAGGCGCUUGUGGGAGGGAGACCCCUAGUUUUUGAGUCAUUCGAGGACUGUUUACAACUCUCCCUCCUGAGUGGAGGACGAGAAAAAAGCCUUAUGUUCCCACAAGGCGCUUGAACGCACGCUCGCCUGGUGCUGCAUUUGUUUUUCUGGAGCGACAGCAACAGCUAUUUCUGCGGAUGCUAUUAACUUGGAAAGAGCAAAAUAAGCAACGGCGAUCAAAGUUUGCAUGCAUCCCUUCAGAUUAGGGUGCUUCUGGGGGUGAGAUUUGCAGAACUUCUCCUCCUCCCCCCUCAAAGAAACGGCUGUAGAAGGGCAGGAGGUUUAAAAUGUUGAGAAAUAAUCCCAAACCAGGGGAUUUUGCCCUCUUCUCAAUAAUGAAUAUGACCUGGAGGGCAGGUUUUACCAACCGUCUUAAUACAUCUCUAUCUCUCUGUUUUCAAGAUGAAACUGCAAUCCAGCUGAAAGAAAAACAUAAUCUUAGAUUUUAAUUUCCUGAAGCAAUUUAGUACACGGCAUAAAGGGAAUAUAGAUUUCCUUGACCGGCUCACUGGAGACCAUAAUGUGUAAUCGAUUUUUAAACAGAACUCUCCUAACUUUAGUUACCAGAUCUCAGAUUUGAUAACAUGAUGAUACAGGGCUGGGGGUUCAGUUCACUGCAGGAGAGGGAAAAGUGCCCUUUGCCCCAUAAGUCUCAAAUAAUCUAGAAUCUUGCUUAUUCUAAGGGGGAGAGAAAGUGUUCACCUACAUUACAAUUUUUAAAUGUCAGUGACAUUUUUUUAAAAAAUCAAGCACUCAUCUAGAGUAUAAUUUAUUUUAUGGGCCUAACUGAAAAAGAGCUGUGAUUGAGAAAUAUCCCCAAGUAUUUCAAAGAGUUUAUCUGAAGUUCCAUUUACAUCUGUUGAAGAUGGGUGAAAUCAUGUGUUACUCUGUGGGAACAAAAAAAUCCAUUUGAUUUCCACACAUAAUUCCAGCUCUGAGUUGGGUUGCGAUUACAAAAUUAUUUAUUGGGUAUUAUUGCUACUAAAUUUUUAACAAGGACUAUCACAUACUACAUUCUUUGGCAUGCCUAGUAAGCAAGCCCUACUGAACUCACUGGAAUUUACCCCAAUAUAUGGAUUGCAAACUAAGGAAAGCAAACUUUGGAUGUGGGCAUCACAUAAGCUUAUUCUGGAAAUCAAGAAGGGCUUGUUUUAUUAAUACGUGGUGUGAUUUGCACUUCAGUGGUGUGCUUAAAUUAAUCAAGUUACCAGAAAUGAUCAGAAGCUUUUCUUUGGACCUGCAUUUUAAUACAUAGUAUGGAGCACCAGCAUACAAUGCCCCACUUCAAGCUGCAACUCUACAUACAUAUUGGGAGUAAACAAUGGGGUUUAACUUCUGAGUCGAUACAUAUUGCGUUGUACUGCAGCAAGUCUUAUGAAGUAUAUGGAUACAUAAUAUGGUGAAAUGUUCUACCCUCUUGCUUGCCUUGUCCAGGUCUCACACACCUUGAGCUCACCCUCCCCCCCCCACAUUCUUACCUAUUGUAUGCAUAAGAUCACAUCCUUCUCCCUUCCCCCUAACAACUAUAAUCUCUCAUAGCACUUUUGUGUUUCUUACACAUUCAUUCUUGUGCUACUUGAUUUGCAGUCUGGGCUUGCAAUAGUCAAGGAAAACAAAACCGCCAUUCACUUUUACAGGCCUCUAGGUUUCACAAUCCAUAUUUUGGAUCAGGGGCCUUUAAUAGUUUAACUGCAUUAUUACCUAUAAGAUUUGCAAAAUGAGUGGGCUGGUAUGUCAUACCCCACUGGUAUGUCGUAUUAUUGGUUUAAAAAACACCAAAUAAGUAAUAUAUCUGGUGUAAAUUUAUAAAACUGUGUGCUGGAUACGCAGUGUGGCCAGGUGUAACUUAUAGCCCAAGUUUCCUCAGUAAGUACAUUUUCCCUGCCUAUAUGAUAUUCCCUGAUAAUUACAGCUGCACUUGCUCAUUGUACAAUAAUAAAACUUCAUGUAGUGCAUUUCAGGAUUUCAGAGUGUGUUACAGUUUAUUCCAUUGAGCCUUGCAACACCCCUGCAGGGUAGGCCAAUAUUAUUACACCCCCCCCCCCGUUGCACACGGCCUCAGGCUGAGAGAAUAAAGACUUGUCUGAUAGUGAACUCAUGGCUGAGAUGGAAUUUGAACUAGGAAGAUCACCCAGCUUUGCCAUGGUUAGACAAGUUUCAUAUAUUUUGAAGCCGAUUAUAAUUAUUUUAAAUAUAAAACCUUUGUAUUAUUAGUGAAUCUUCAGAAGUCAUGUGCUACAGAAAACUUUCUAGAUUUUUUUAAAAGAUCACCCUGAACUACAGAGGUUAGGAACUCUCAUAAAAUUACUUUAGGCCAUGCGUAAUGUGAUAUGUGUUCACAUGUAAAAACAUAUGGUAUCCAAAAAUAUGUGGGAUCUCCCAGUUUUGAUGUAGAAAGGUUUUCAAAGUUAAAAAUGCACUGGUGAUUAUUUCCUUUUCCUUUUGAAAGAUACAGUUGGUAUGUACAAAACACGCAAGUCCCUCCCUCCUCCUGUUCUUUUAUCUCCUCCGGUUAACCUGGAAAGUACUUCCAUCUUUCUAAAGUUUGGGAAGAAUGGAACAUUUUCCCCCUGCCCCUAACCCUGGAACAACCGGUAGUAGCCGCUUCCAACCCCUUCCUUGCCCCCCCCCUCUCCUCCAGCCUUUUCUCUUUCCGCCCGGCUUUGUGUGUGUGAAGUUUGCGGCACAUUGCAGAUGAGCCCUUAGCCGCGAGAGAAGCCUAUUGUUCCCCGCCAGGAACUGCUCGCUGGCAGUGCUGCCUUUUGCCAUUUCGGAGCUGCCUUUUGCAGUGCCUCGGCCGGCCUGCGGGGUGCGCUGUGUCGCGAUCUCGCCCAGGCAAGCAGCACGGCGGCCUCAGAUCUUUUUGUCUGAGAGAGGAGAGAAGUGAAUCCCGCUGCCGCCGCCGCCGCCGCCACCACCGCCGCCGCCGCUGUACAGUGUGUGUGUGUAUGUAUGUGUGUGCGAGAGAGAGGGAGAGGGGAGAUCUCAUGGAGCCGCGUCUGUAAUACACACACACACGCACACACACACUGUCAGUCCCUCACUCCAGCCUCCCCAACCCCCACCCUACCACAACACUAACCCAAUUCAUUGUGUGAUCCAGCAGCACCAUGUUGAGUCUCAUGUGCAGGCUGGAUCGGCUGGGUUCGUGGUGCUGAGAGAGGCAGGCAAGGCAGCGGCGGCGGCAAGAAUUGCCGAGCGGUGGCCCCUCUCUCCCUCGCCGUGUGGAGACAGGACUCGUAAUUGCCACUCUCUCCGGGCUCCCUUAUUCCUUUUAAACUUUUUCUCCCUUUCUCUCUUCUCGAAACAAGUCCCUCUCCAUGGCUGAUCCCCGGCCGAGCACAGGAGGAACCCGGGUCUCUUGAAAAAAAGGCGAGGAGGAGCCGCGGAUUGUUGUUGUUUUUCUCUUGGAUUUUUUUUCUCCCCUCCCUCCACUUAAGGAGACAACAACCCCCCCCCCCGACCUCCCUUUUUUUUUUUUUUUUAAAUCCGGGGGGCCGACAUGGCAAAUUCGACCGGGAAAAACCAACCCGACCAUCGGAGAAAAGGACUGGCUUUCCUGGACGAGCUGCGGCAGUUUCACCACAGCAGAGGGUGAGCGAGAAGGAAAAUGGGGAGAUGGAAGGGGAUGGUGGCGGCGGGGGGAGGCUGUGCGAAGCGGCCGAUUUUAACUUCCAGCCCCUUCCCUGAAGGACGAGGCGGCCCCCCGCCAGGGCAGGGAAGGGGGGCCGACUUGACAAGUUGUUUUUGUGGCGCUCUCCCCUCUCUCGGCAGGUCUCCUUUCAAGAAGAUCCCCGUGGUGGGUGGGAAGGAGCUGGACCUGCACGCUCUCUACACCCGAGUCACCACUUUAGGCGGAUUCGGGAAGGUGAGUGGAAGUUUUAAUUCGCUUUCUCCUCCCCCAACUCUCUCGCCGCCCUCGGGGGGCCCGGCGGCGGGCUGGGGGGGUCGGCGCCCGUCUUUCCCUCAAGCCGGGCUGGGAAGGGGGGGAAGGGGAAGGAGGAAGCAGGCAAGGCAGGUUGGUGCCUCGGCCUUGUCGGCGGAGAGCUGGAGCCCGGGGUGUGGGGGGGGUUGCCGCUUUUCCCAGGGUCCCCCCCUCUAGAUAUUUAUUUGGGGGGGGCUGCUAUCACCCCACGUCUCCUGGAGGGCAGGAGAGAGCGGGCAAGGCGGCGUGUGUGAGGCAGUUUCUUCCGCUUGCGGGUUGUGUGUGUGUGUGUGUGGUGUUUCUCCCUCGCGCGCCCAGAGAGAGAGGAGACUCUGAGUGCAGUUUUAGUGCAACUCAAAAUUAGCGGGCAUGUUUAACAUCGAUAAUCGGCACGGAGCUCGGGCUCGGAGAUGAUCCCGGCGGCCGUGGGGGGGACCAGGCGCUGCCCCGCCAGCCCUUCCCGGAGAGGAAUAACAAAAGGGGCAGCCAAGACGGUGUGUAAUCAAAUAGCCAUCUUUAGGCUUCAAGGCUAGGGACAGAAAAUGUAGGCCUCAAAAGAAAGGCCUCUGUGUGUCGCGGGAGCUGGCGGGCGGGCUCGGCGGGACGGGGCCCCGGCACCCCUGGGCCGGCGGGGGCGGCCCCCCAUCCCGACUCGGCCUGGCUCCUUUUCAACUUCUUGGGGUUUUUUUUUUUUUAACGGGCCGCGGGAGGAUUUAAAAGCAAGGCGGCCGGAGAGACUCCCGAUUGGUUAUUGUCCAGGCAGCGAGGACAAAAACAAACCUCUCCACACCGAAAUACAAAAAAACCCACAACCCCACAGAAGCCUUUUCUCGCUCCCCAAUAAAAUAAAUGUUGUAAAAUGCGAGGGGAGGAGCGAGAUGGGAUCGCCACGGUUGCCUGUCAGGGCGAAAUAGGGAUCCCAGAUCCGAUGGAAACAAAUCCAGAGAUCUUGCUCACAUUUCUUGGGUUUUUCAUGGCAGCCCUUUUUUCUGAGGGUGGCGAGCGACGACGUUGUGCAUGUGUGUGGUUUUUGUGCAUCUCAGUGUGUUGUUUUUGACAGGUAUCUGAGAAGAAUCAGUGGGGAGAAAUUGUAGAAGAGUUUAACUUUCCCAGAAGUUGUUCUAACGCUGCCUUCGCUUUAAAACAGUAUUACUUGCGGUAAGUGUUGAUAAGGACUUCUGCAGCAGUGGUGUGGAACAUUUUGCUCUUUUUAGGGUGUGAAAAAUACACAAUAUCUUCUCCUUCAUUAAGACAUUUCUUUUUUAAAAUUGCUGUUGUGUCUCUUGUCAGUUGAAAGUGCCUUUUGCUUUUGUUAAAGGCUAUGUUGUUUCUGGAUUUGCAUUAUUUUUUAUUUACGUCUGCCUGAUGCCCUGUGUGUACAAAUAGUAGUUGUAGGAAGCUUUUUAUUGGUUAUUUAACACUGAUAUCACAGUAAGGCUGGCUAUAAGAAGCAAAUUAAUUUUAGUUUUAGCAACUCAAUGUUUAAUUGCAAAAUAAUUAAGUGACAUUGCUUGUCUGUUUUUUAAGAUGGAAUGUUGUUUUACAAUUAUGUAUUUUAAAAUAAAUGGUAGAUGUAUACAUUCUUUGUCAUCAAAGACUGCUAUUGCUGAAGGUAUGCUUUGGAUUACAUAUAAAUAUGGGAGGGGGCUGCAUUUUUGAAAUGUUGGUUCUAUUAAGGGAUUUCUGAAGUAUGCUGUUGCUGUUACUUGAUUUCCCCUCCCCCCAAUCUUUAGCAAUUUUAAUUGAUAAAUGGUUUCAUGUAGUAUUUACUUGAAGUUCUAUAUUUUAUAAUGGAAUUGUAGUAAUUGUAAUAUGAUGUUGUCUUUCAAACAAUACAAAUAUAUAUAGCCCAUGUUUGUAGAUGUUUGUGUCAAGGAAUCUAUGUGAAGUUUUGUUAUUUUAUUUUAAACAAGUUUAAUAUUUUGAGUUUAUAAUUUAAACUUAAGAUGCAAAUAUUUUCAUUUUUCUGUUAGUGUAGGUACAGUCUGCUCUGUUUUGUGACAGGCAAGUUUUAAUAAUUUUAAAAUCUAACUGUAGGGGAUUUAGCACUCUGAAUUAAGAAAUGUAAUUUUUGCAGGUGCACUUUCCAUUGGUUGUCCUAGAUUGACUUCCAGUUUAAAGCUGUAGAGUCACAGCAACAGUGUAGAAGUGGUUAUUGAGUUACAAGGAAGUCUGGAAAUCCUUAGGCAGAAUCAGUUGGAAUAUAAAGUUGCUGUAUGCAUGUUUGUGAUGGCAUAUGCUUUUGUUAAAAUUUGACUAUAACAAGAAAUCUCUUGUUUACAAGUGCGUAUGUGCAUCCUUAAUUUGCAUCUUCACUUCUAAAGGUUUUGGAUAAGGAGACAUUGAUAUUUUUAAGGAUGUUUUGGGGUUUGUUAAAGAUAUUAAGUACUGGAAAAAGCUAAUAGAGAUACACUUAAUCAAAAAACAUAGUACAUGCUUCUCUUGAGAUUUCACUGUAAUUCUCCCAUAUUACUCAAAUUUCAAAUGAAACUGCAGCCAAAGUGUGGCACAGAGUUAAUUCCUAUUAGGAAUACAGUCCUAUACCCAGAUCCCCACUGGGACUUAUUUUUGAGCAGGCGUGUAUAAGAUUCCAUUGUAACUCAUGUGUUAGAUCAUGUAAUCUCUUUAUUCCUGAUAUUCAUUUCAGCAGACCCACACCUGGACAUACUUAAAAAUCUAGUUUUGUAUUGUUUUUGCUUUUAGGGGGCCCUUGUUAAAAUACAUAUGUGCCACUGCUGCACUAGGAAAUGACUGUGAUCUCUUUGUGGUGGUUUUUUUGCUAACAUAUUGGCAAAAAUAAACUUUAUCUGCUGAUGACUGUAUAAUAAGCUCAUAAGCAUCAAUAAUUAUUGUUUUUGAAUUUAUGCAGUCAUUUUCAUAAUACUUCAGAACUUUUUUUAAAAAAAGAGAAUUUGAAGAAUUUUUAUUUUCUCAAUGAGUAUAGUAUGAGCAUCCUAUGAUUGAUACAAUUAUUCAUUAUAAUUGAACUUUGUAAGGGUGAUUGAUCUGGCUUUUAAAGUCUCCAGACCUACCUUUUACCUAUAAAGAAUUACCUUCCCAACUUUGGCCCCAGAUCACUUACGUUGUGAUUUUUUUCAUGUUAUGACUUUGCCUUGUAGGGAUGUAUAAAUCUUUUUUCAAUCAUGAUAUGUGGACAUACAGUGGUUUGUAACUGCAGAUUUUCAUCUAGAGCACUGGUCUUUGUUUUAUUAACAUAUUCAUGAGGGGGCAGAUAUUAGCCCAUUCUUGAACCAAUGUCAACAUUAUCAAACCCUUCCCCCACCCCCGCACCAGCCCAAAUGUUUCCUUGCUUUUUUCUUGUUCAUGAUUUGAGCAUGUUUGAAGUAUCCUUCCAGACAGAAUGAUUUUGCAAGUUCCAGGUAUACUGAAUUGAUGUGCUUCACACCUGUAAGCCACAAGGGGACUAGUCCUCAGGGUGGGUGUUGCUAGUCCAGACAGACUAGUAUGAUCAGUGCAGGAGAGUGAGUUCAAGUACGUGACUGCAAUAGUGGCUAUGCUGCUAAUAGGUCUGUGUUUUGCUGAGGAACCUUUUCACAUCUGCUGGUUGAAUAGCCAUCUGCCAUGGAUGCUUUAGCUGAAGAUUCCUGCAUUGCAGAGGGGUGGGCUAGAUAACCAUUGGGGUCCCUUCCAGCUCUACAAUUCUGUGAUCACACAGUAUUUGUGUUUCAUGUUGCAGUCACUGAAAAAUGUAGUAUCUGCAACAACAAAAAUGUUGUGAGCCCUCAAGUGGGUCUUAAAGCAGAUAUUGGUGUGAUCAUUGACAAUUAUCUAUGUGAAGGUAUUCACAAACACAUGGCCUUAUGGACAUUGUGGUAACAGGAGCUUAGAUUUUGGCAUUUCUAGUUGUUUAGAGUGAAAUGGGAAUAGAAGACUUUGGUUUACAUGUGGUGCAGGUCUCCCUAAGGAGGUGCAGGCAGUUGUCCAGGGAGUGUGAUGGAGGCAGAAAACGAAGACAUUAAAAUAAAAAUGGAGAAGCUUGAAGAAAAUAAUAAUUGGAAGAGAUAAAUCUCCUUUUUCAGAUACUGAAUAGGAAAAUUUCUUUAAAAUUGUUCUUAGUAUCCAUCAAACACUGAUCUAAUCAUUUAAGUAAGGUGGAUUGAGUCCUAUGUGCAAUAAUAUUGUUUAAUAAUUUGCUUUUAAAUGCUUCACUGUUUUUUAAAAUGCCGAAUUAGUGUUAUUUAUGUAAGAUUGGUAAUACAGCCAGUGUAUAAAUAAACCCAACAGGUAUCAGUCAGUGAUACCUGUUGGGUUUCUAUAUGGGAAGCCCAUGUUAAAAUUUCUUCUCCCUAUGGAGAAAAUUGGUUGGCACUAAGCAAGGCGUUUCACGUUAGCCAAACCUAGCCUAACCUUUUUAUUUAUUUUAUUUCUCCUUAUUUCAUCCUCACAACAACCCUGAGAAAUGAUGACUAGCCCAAGGUCACCCAGUGAGCAUCAUGGCUGACUGGAUAUUCAAACCCUAGUCUCCUAGGUCAUAGUUCAGUACUCUAACCAUUGUACCACACUCUCCUUCUAACAGACAUUCUCUCAAAACAGUCCUUUGAGGUAGAUUCUGCUCUGAGCUUUUUGGAGAAGGGGCAGAAUAUAGCAAACAGAUAGUAGAAUAAAUGUUGGCUUGGCUUACUAAUCAGCCAUUAAAAAAGUAGCUACCAGUGUCUUCCCCUGUAUUCUCUGGCAUGCAAAGGGGCUUGAGAGACUGGUACAGUAUUUCGUCUGUGCAGGGUAUGGUGAAAGUAGAAACAUAGAAUUUUAGAGCUGUCCAGAGUGGCUGGGACAACCUAGUAAGAAGGGCGGGGUACAAAUUUAUUAUUAUUAUUAUUAUUAUUAUUGUUAUUGUUAUUGUUAUUAUUGUUAUUAUUACUGGAGGUGAAGUGACCACAAGGGUCAACUAAGACACCAUGAGUCUCUCCCUCUGCUUGGAAGGGACUCCUGCUGUUCUUAUCUGCUCAGAAGCUACAGUGGAGCAGGGAUGUGUUUGGUGCUGGAUUCCCACUUUGUCAGAGGGCUGACAGAGGGCUUGGGGAUCUUUCUCCUUGUGAGCUGGCAAGUGAAUUUGUGGAUGCCUCUGAAGAAAUAAUGGAAAGAUGGCUGACAUCUUUAUUCUGAUAUAACAACAACAUCUAACUUACUGUUUCCGUCCUGAAAUUAUCCCUGUGAGGAUCUGUAAACCUGUGUAAAUGACUUCUGGGGAAUCGCUGUUCACAACUUAAGAAGGCAUUUACUUGUCACUUUUCUAUUCAUCUUGUACAUUUAUGUGGGCAUCCAGUCUCAGACAGUCAGCUGGUGCUAAAGCAAUACACAAAGUUAAUAGAUGCCCAGAUAGUUGUUUAUAUGACUUGACCACUGUAUUCUGUGCUCUAGUAACUUCCAGAUAGGAUUACUAGAAUGCACCCUAUGUGGGGCUACCCUUGAAGGCAACUCAGAACCUUCAACUGUUCCAAAAUGCAAGAGCCAGAUUAUUGGCUGGGCUACUAUUUACAGCUCCCAUAACUCCUGUUUAAAAGAGCUGCACUGGUUGCUGGUUUGUUUCUGGACCUGACCCAAGCUACUCAUUGUUUAAAGCAAGAACUUAGGCCCCAAAUAUUUGGAAGGCUUUCUACUUCCCUACAUACCCUCUCAGAUGUUAAGAUGAGGGAGUCCUCUUGGUAGUUGUAUGAGCCUCAGAAGUUCAGGGAGAGGUAAUCUUAAUGAGGCAUUAUCUGUGGCAGUCCCUAAGCUGUAGAUCUUACUUCUGAACAGAAAAGUCUAACAGAGCACAGUUUUUAAAGGUGGUAUAAAAACCCAGCAUUUCAAAAGCAUUAACUUUCAUGGCCUAAAGUCCUCUUCAUCAUAUACAUACAGGGACUGAAUAAUAGCAUAGAUGUAAGGGUGGUUGUUUGUGUUUUAAAAGGAAACACCUCAGUGGAAAUUACAUUUUUAAGUGAUGCACCUUAGUGUUUUCCUUGAUACUAUACAGGGAAGAAGAAAUCCAUGGUAGCUGUUGAGACACUGGUUUACACAAUUACUAUUUUCUCUGUCCAUCCAGAUUAAUGAGUUUUAGGACAGCCACUUUGUGAUUUGUAGAGUGGCAUUCAUAGGAAUCCUAGAUGCUAUAGAUUGCAUUGUUAGCAGUGUUCUCAUUUUAAGAAAAAGAUUUAUCUGGUUUGUUGCAUUGGUGCCUAUGGCCUGGUUUGUACAUAACAGUGAUCCAUGGUUUGUUUAGGAAACCACAUAUUAACCACACAUAGUCCCACAGACAGUGAAACAAACCCAGCUAUGUUUGAUUUCCAACUAUUCUUGUUUUGUUCCUUUGUAACGGCACUCACUCCCAGUGGUCUAAACUACUGAGCUUCUUGGACUUGCUGAUCCGGAAGGUUGGCAGUUCGAAUCUGCACAACGGGGUAAGUUCCCGUUGCUCUGUCCCAGUUCCUGCCAACCUAGCAGUUCAAAAGCAUACCAGUGUGAGUACCGCUGCAGUGGGAAGGUAAGCAGCGUUUCUGUGUGCUCUGGCACUCGUCACGGUCUCCUGCCGCGCUAGAAGUGAUUUAGUCAUGCUGGCUACAUGACCCGGAAAGCUGUCUGCGGACAAAUGCCGGCUUCCUCAGACUGAAGCAAGACAAGCGCCACACCCCAUAGUCAUCUUUGUAGCUUGGUGGGCAUCUGGGGUAGGAUGUCCAAACCAUAAUUAAGGAAGGGUGUCAGAUUCACAUGUAAUGCCAAGCCGUAGUUAAAACAAACUAAAAGUUCCUUAGCCAACAACAAACCAUGACUUCAGAUUCUUGUUUGUUGGCAGUAAUUAAACCAUAGUUUGUGCAUGGUUUAGAUGAUCCACCAAACCAUGGGUAGGGUUAUGUGUGAAGCAGGAAUUUCCAUUCAUUCAUUCAUUAAACAGAUCCUUACAGACAGUCAACUGAAUGUAGAUAAUGCACUGUCGGUGUAACUGGUGCCAUGGAAGUAGGUGUUAGUGGUCGGUUAGUUUCUGUAUAAGCUCGUAUUCAGAUGUCUUUUGUACUAUAUCCAGGGUGUGUUGUAUGGAAUAGAUGGUAAAGGCAAAGGCACUGUGGUCUAAACCACCAAGCCUCUUGGACUUGCUGUGGAAUUGAUGAAGCAGAACUUGACUGUAGGGUGGCAGUAGGUGUUAUUUUGGUGAUAUCUCUGAAACAGUUCCUCACUAUUUGUCCAAAUGAUUAAAACAUAAUUAGUGUAUCUGAGGUAUGCCACUGGGUUAAAUGCUAGUUAAAACACAUAUUACACAGUCUGCUAUGAAGAUGUUGGUAUAUGUUGUUGCACAUGUGCCCAUUGUGGUACUGUGGGUUUGGAGGGAUGGGUAUCUCAACUUGAAACAAUAGUAUGUAAAGAGGAUGAUAUGUGAAUGUUAUGGGGUGAUGUUGACUGUAUUUCUUUGUCAGGGAAGGUAGUCAUGAUAUGCCAGAGCCCAUCGUCAUUGUGAUGUUUGUAUAUAAUAAUUCUAUUUCCACAGUUGCUGAGAUGGUUUCCUGUGGAAGUUGUCUAAUAGAGUUAAGUUUGUUAAGGAAGUCUGUGGUGUCUUUAAAAAGCUUGUUUUGGCACCAGUUAUGAAAACCAGACUUUCACUAGGGUCUAUGGAUUUUUUCGCCUUAUUACAAAACCUGUUGAAGGAAAUUAAGGGGUGACUUUUUUAAGUGAUGCUGUUGAGGCAUUUACUAGCAGCAUUUACUAACAACACAGAAAGAACUGCUCUUAAAUACUUGUCAUCCUUCAGUCCAUCUCAGCAUCUGACAAAGCUGGCUUUACCAGGCAAUCAAGCUGGCUGCCAGGUUACCCCAUAUAAAGUCAGUGUAGUAUGUAGUGUAGCCAGAAUCCUAUACAGUACAAAGUUAAAAACAACCCACAGGAAGACAAACUGCAGUAACAAGCUCUCAGUGACUAACAAACAACAGCUUUGAGAAACUGAAUGCUUUCACUAAAGAACAUUGGCAGUGGAGUCAGUUGUGGAAGCAGGUAAAUGGCUAUGGUUGCCAACCUUCUUACUCCAGUAGGGCUACUAUGCUUAUGAUAAUAAGCAGAAGAGUAACAAGUGGCAUUUACCUAUCGCUGCCUCCCUUUGCUGUGUAUGGUUUCAACUGUUACAUAAACAUCUGUCAAACAUCUUGCAAAGUUGUCCAGCUAGAACAUGAAGGCUGGCAAUUGUUGGUCUUGCAGUAGGCUUCACUAGUUGUCUUUAUGACACUGGAAAUUGGGAACACCCUUUCCUCCGCACCUGUUGGAGGGCUGCUUGUGGGAAGGUAAGGCUAGUGAUCCCAGGACAGGAAUCAGCAAUAGCAUCUGCAACACACAGCCUUGCCUUAGAUUCUCAGUAGAAGCUAAUGAGUGAUUAAUACUGGGUACUGUCAUCUAGUCUCUUCCAGUUCCUUUGCCUCAUCUUCACUUUGCCUGGUGGAGAGUGUAAUGACUGAAAAUAUAAUCACAUCUCCCAUGAGAGUAGUUGAAGGGGAACUCUGUGCAUGUCCAUUUGUUCUUCUGUGAUCCUGCAGGGCAAAAGCCAUCUAGAGUGUUUGGGCAGUAGUAGCAAUGGUUGGAUCAGAGACCCUGGCAUUAACCCUACCCCUUUCUAUACAGUGCAGAAAGGCACUGCAACCAACAGUUAAACAGUAUAACCGGGGCACUGUUUUCACGGGGAGCAGGGAGAAGCACAUAAAAGACUGAAAUAUUUUCAGUAGUCAUGGAUUGAAUCAUAGACUCUUCUUUUCCUUCCUUUCCCAUGUAGGGUGAUUUGUCCCUUCACCUCUAGUUGAAGGAGUCAAACUCAGAAUCUUGUCUGUGUGUCCUGAGGCAAAAUAUAUUUAAAGAUUCUUGGAAGAAAAGUGUUAGAACAACAAGUAGAGGAAUAACAUAUUGCUGAGUUAAAGCCCUUUGUGCAAAGUGUCCUUUCUUUAAUUCCCAUAAUCAGAAUCCCCUUGUAUGCUUGACAGGAGGCCAGAGAAAUAUAGCCUCCUGGUGUACAUCAUACAGUGUUAUGGGCUCUGUAGAAGAGAUUUUAUAUACAGGUCUGGGUGUGCUAUGAUUUGAGUGCAGAGUUAUUCAGAAUCCUAUGCUUUGUCACAAUAGUGUGCACAGAAUGAGGACAGUGUGAGUUCAUUGGAGCUGUUUUAAAUCAGAUCAAUACUUUUGCUGGCAUAACCUUUUACCAGCGUAAUAACCAGGAGAGGGGCCUGAAGGUGUUUAGGACUUCCUUCCCUGACUUGCUCCUAAUGCCACUCGUAUUUGGACCCUCUGUUGGUGGAGCAAGCACUGAGAAUUUGUCAAUAUAUCCCUGACAUCAUGUAUGCAUCAAGACCCCACACUGAUAUACCUUCAGCCAGUGCAGUUUGAGCAUAGGAGUGUUGGUAUAUAUAUAGUGAGCUCGUGAAUUGGUUUUUAUGUAGACCACGUCUUUAAGAAGUUAAACAAAUGACCACAUAUUAACGUGCUCCGGACUUCAGUAUUUUAAUUGCAUCAUAGUAGUGUUAAACUAAAUAAUUCUUUCUAAAAUUGCUUUCAUUAGCAGGUGCUUAGAAUGAGAAGGACUGACCAAGGUGUCCUUUAAUAUCCAAACAUUUCAGGCCAAUAACCGUGUGUGUAUGAAAAUUGCUUCAGUAACCUCAUCAGAUUUCCAACAUGUUACAAGAUGAUCAAACACCUCACUGAAUUUUCAACACAUUCCUCUUUAUAGAUGAUUUUGCUUUCUUUGUGUGUGUGUGUGUGUGUGUGAGAGAGAGAGAGAGAGAGAGAGAGAUUUAUUAAUAUGAACAAGCUUUUUACUUUGACAGUUGCAUUCUCACAAUGAGGUAGUGGGUUUCAGCUUUAUUUAAAAUUGGAUGUAGAAGAUUGGAUGCUCUCUGCAUUUUAAAAAUUCAGUUUUACAUUCUGUUUCCCACCUAAAAAGUUAAACAAAAUAGGUUCUAGUUUAACUAUAUUGCAUUGCACUUCCUGGCAGAUGUGGUAAUUUUAUGAUUUGUGGCAGUGUAGUGAGCAGUCAGAAGCCAAAGUGUCAGUAACCAUUCAUGGACUGUACCUGUUCUUGUGAUGUGAGCAGCAGCAGUUAAUAUAAUUCCGCUGAACUGGACUUAAGGUUUGAUGUUUAAGAUUUGCUCAGUUAUAUUAGCAAAGUGAAUUACAAAUAGUUGAAGGAUUACAAAUAAAUGAAGGAUUUUAAAGAAACAGUGCUGCUGGGAAGCAUGCUUUUACAUGUUUUGUUAUUUGGUAAAAAAUAAUAAUAGCAUGGGAAUGUGAAGGUUGGGAGAAGGUUUCCAGAUUAAACGUGUUUUGUGUUUGUUUUUAAUGUGGUGAUUAUUGAGGGCCAGCCCUAUAAAGAGUUGUUAACUUAUUCAUGCAUAAAGCUCCAUUUGUGGGCCUUCAGGUGAGAAUCAGAAUCUACAGAAGAGUGUUUAUGAUCCUGUUCUGAUUCAUUAGCCAUACAUUUUUAAACUCCAGUUUUUUGCGUUUGCUUUUUAAUGUCAUGAUUAUUGAGGUCCAGCCCUAUAAAGAGUUGUUAACUAAUUCAUGCAUAAAGCUCCAUUUGUGGGCCUGCAGGUGAGAAUCAGAGACUACAGAAGAAUGUUUAUUAUCAGGUUCUGAUUCAUUAGCCAUACAUUUUUAAACUUCAAUUUUUUGUGGCUCGGUGGCUGGUCCUAGGAAUGUUUUGAAUUGGCACAAUUGUACUAGCAAUUCUCUGUGGACUAGGGUGCUCAACACGUCACUAAGUUAAUACUUUGUGGUUUGGUGUUAACAUUAGUUUAAUACGGAUAGGAUUGUUUUCCUUUGCCACUCUUCAGUCUUGUUUUGAAAAGCCAUGUUUGGCACAGUUACACUGGUGGUAUUACUUUCUUUAGUUGUUGCAGCAAUAGUGUCCCAGGCAUUUGCUGUGCUAGUGCAAAAUUGCAGCUAGUACUGUGAUUUGGUGGGAAAGAGAGCUGUUCAUUCUUGAAAGUAUCCAUCUUGGAUUGGACUCUUAGUCUUCAGCCAGAAUUUAUCUUCUGAAUUUGCAGACGUUCUGCAUUGCAACAGCCACUACAGCACCAACAGAAUGAAGAUAAAGCUAAGAUUUGCUUUCAAAAAUCCAGUGCUUCAGCUCCCAGCUUGAGCAUUCUGUAACCCUUAGGUUGGAAGCCAGCUUUGCUUCUCCCCAAAAGCAACAACUCAAGAAAGCUUAGAGACAACUGCUUAAGUGGUAUAUAAAUUGUUAAAAUAAUAUUACUGAUAGCAUUGAUGCAGCAACUCAAAACAGUAUAACAAAAGUGGUCUUCUACCAACAAAUACAACAAAGCAACAGUAAACAGUGACUUUUUGAUUGUAGGCAUGCCCAGUUUCCCCACAACAGAGGAAGCAGGCAUGCGUCUUCUUGUACUGGGUUCCCUGAGCCUAAUCUUACGCUCUGCAAAAGAACUGAGUUGAUAGGUGGAUGGUUGAUCAAAAUAAAUAUAAGCGAACAGUUUCAGGGUUGGGAAGGGAUUGUAUGAAAUCAGCUAUGUGAUUUGCAACAGGAGUGGCUAACUUGUGGCUGUCCAGAUAUUGUUGGACUGCAGCUCUCAUCAUCGCUGACCAUUGGUUGUGCUGACUAAGACUGAUGAGAGUUGGAAGACUGAACAACAUCUGCAGGGUUACUAGUUACUCACCCCUACCCUAUUGAGUAUAGAAAUAACUUGCUUUCAUUUUAAAAAGUAUUUGUUUUGUACUUGCAGCAAUAAGUGUGGAUUUAUUUUUUAGGGAAAUCUAAAAUAUAAAUACAGUAUUGAAUUAUUAUAGUUGAACUUGGUUUAACCAUUUCCAGUGGCAGUUUACUAUAUAAAACUUAGGAAAAACAAGAUUAUAGUAAGAAAGUUGAGGGAGAUAUAAUAAUAGUAAAAAUGAUAGAACUAAACUGAGGGCAUAGUGAUAAAAUUCUUUAGUAUGGAACAUUGGAUUUGGUUAGCUAAGAAUUGAGUAAUACAUUGUCAAAUGAACUUUAUGUUUAAAUGUGCAAAGUUAAAUCCUGAUCCUACAGUGAAUUCCUGCAUCAUGCAAAUGCCCUUAUAAAGCAGGUGGUUUUAUAAUGUGUCUGUGGUAUAUAAACUGAAAAUAGCACAUAUAUAUGUGUGUGUGUGUGUAUAUAUAUAUAUAUAUAUAUAUAUAUGCAUUUUAAUAAAAGCAGCCCCACAUUUACCCAGGAUAGAGAUGUCAGGACUCAAGCAUGAAAUUGAAUAUAUUAUUGGUGUUGUUCUUGUUGUUGUUAUUAAAUUUCUAUACUGUUCUUCAGAGGAUCACAGGGCGGCUUACAAAUAUAAAACACAGAAAUGCAUAACAUAGUAAGAAACAAAAACAAUACCCCCCCUUUCAGUAGUUGGUCUCCUGAUUUCAGACUGCUUCUCUCCCCUCUGCCCAUUAAAAAUCUAGUGCAUGAAUACCACUAUAUUGACCUGUAUGUGCCCUGUGCCCCAGACUGUGUUCUGGUGUUCAGGUAGAAUGUGUGUGUUUCAUUAUGGUAUGUGGCUUAUUUCUAUGAGUUGCUCCUUCUUGCUUGUGCUACAAUAUUCUCUGCCCCUGCCACCUCACUGCUUCCUGUCUCUUUGCUUAAUCUCUUCUUGCCUGGUGCCACUUCUGCUUCCAUGCUUCGGUGGCUGAAGCAAACAUCCCCAGUAAAUGUAUUUGAGGAAUCCAUGGUGUAGUUAAAGAUGGCUCUUCUGAACUUGUUGUCUGCUACAUGUAAUGCACUGUUUCAAGAAGAAAAAUGUCCCUAGUCAGUGCAUCUAGGUAGCAUUGGUGGCACUGGUGACUAACAUAGUAAUCUCACUACUUUGUGUCAAUUGGCGUUUAAAAGUUAAUUUACAUGGGAGGAAGUAAAUGAACAGUGGGUGAAGGGAAUAUGCUAGUAGUACCUGUUUUCUUACUAACCACAGAGCCUAGGACUUGCCAAUCAGAAGGUCGGCGGUUCGACUCCCCGCAACGGGGUGAGCUCCCGUUGCUCGGUCCCUGCUCCUGCCAACCUAGCAGUUCGAAAGCAUAUCAAAGUGCAGGUAGAUAAAAUAGAAGCGGCUUAGUCAUGUUGGCCACAUGAUCCGGAAGCUGUACGCCGGCUCCCUCGGCCAGUAAAGUGAGAUGAGCGCCACAACCCCAGAGUCGGUCAUGACUGGACCCUUAUGGUCAGGCGUUCCUUUACCUUUACCUUUUAUCUGCCACUUGCGACUAAGUGAAGAUGCCUGGGUGCCAGGAUGGCACCUGCCAUCUGAAGGUGCACGCCUGGGGAUCAUUGGAUGUUGACUGUUUUCACACACUAAUACUACAUCCUGUAGAAUUCUGUUGGUUAUAUUUUAUCUGCACAAUCAGAAUGAAUUUCAGGAACCAAAAUGCUUAUUCUGUGCAGCCUGAGAAUGGACAACAUUAUAGUUAAUUGUUGUAGCUUGUCUUUACUUACGCUACCCCAUUGUCCUGCUCACAGUUGUGAAGAAUAUUCUUAAGAAAAAGAGGUAGAAAUAGGGCAGUAUAUAUGUUGACUGUCCCUGGAUAAAGUGACCUUUCUUCCUCAGGUAAUCGAAGUUCUUCACAUAGCUCAAAGUGGUCAUCUAAACUCGCCAGAUGUUGAACUGAUAGUCAGUCAGUUCAUCAUUUGAAAAAUAAGACACUGGAGCCGUCUUGCUCAAAAAUGGCAGCUAGACAUUCCAUUUUGGCAACUGUAACCCUAGUUUAUGAUCCACUUGGCACCUAGCUUAUAUAUCUGAGAUUCUAACACUGCUAAUGAAGGAGGUAGGGCUUUGUACAGUAGGCUAGUUUCUACACACACUCUUCUCUAAGCUCCAUCCAGGCAAGCAAGGACCCACUCCAGGCAGGUGAAAAUACUUGUGGGUGCAAAGCAGAGCCAUUGAGACAUGUUACAUGGGGAGAGGAGUAUGGCAGUGGAGGGAUUGUGAGCUGAGGAGAGUCCUGUGGGCCAAAUGGUGAGAAUCGGAGGGCUGAAUUUAGUCAUUGGGCUUAAGGUUCCUCACUGCUGGGGCCUUGCGUCUCUGUUCCUGGGAUACAAAUCCAAACUAAAGGUGCUUGUAUAAGAAUCUGUAAAGUUGAAGCUGAAGUUCUUCUAUAUGUCAUGGUUGCAGCCAUGUUCGUUUGUUCACAGCUGCCCUGUUAAUGUCUAAAGCAGGGAGAGCAGGAGUCUAAAUUUUUUCAGCAAACCAUUUGUAUUGCUGAUGGAGAGCUGACCUUACCUUGCUUUAUUGCUUGUAGCACUUUCCUUCCAGUCUGGCUCACUUCCUACAGCAUAGCAGGGCUAGAUGAGAGUGACUCCAGCGAUGGAGCAUGUGGAGGUAAGAUGAGGAGAAUGCUGAGGGAUCCUUACAUAUCCAAAUUUUGUUGUAAAGCAACAACUUGAAUUUGAACAAGUCAAAAUUCGAAGAGCAAGAAUGGCUGUCCCAGUCUCUCAGUUUCGCCUUAACAAAAUAACGGUGUCUGGUUACUUUGGUACCUCGGGUUAAGUACUUAAUUUGUUCCGGAGGUCCGUUCUUAACCUGAAACUGUUCUUAACCUGAAGCACCACUUUAGCUAAUGGGGCCUUCUGCUGCUGCCACGCCACCAGAGCACGAUUUCUGUUCUCAUCCUGAAGCAAAGUUCUUAACCCGAGGUACUAUUUCUGGGUUAGUGGAGUCUGUAACCUGAAGCGUAUGUAACCUGAAGCGUAUGUAACCCAAGGUACCACUGUACAGUUUUUUUUGGGGACAAAUUUGUACAGCACCAUAAGAGAACAACAAAAUUAUUAGAAGUCUAGCAACGUUUCCUAGUGAAAAGAUGUUAAUAUGUGUAGCUGGGCUUAUUAUGUAGUUAUUAGCAUGAGAGCAGCUUCCAUAAAUGUGAAAGUGGAAAUACAUUAGAGAAAAUUGGCUGACUAGAGUACUACAGGUAGAUGUAGCUGAGAUCAACGGUAUGAAAUUUAACAAAGGAGAGUUUAAACCAAGAAAUAGGGCAGUAGUUUAAAAGCAGGUUCUACUGAAUUGUGAAAUCAAAUUGCAAGCAAAAUGUUACUGACUAUGGGACAUAAAAUUACACUGGACAUAUCACGAGCCAUUCUUUUGCAUGAAAAUGGACUUAGAGUAUACACAUUGUAGGAGUGAUUUAAUGAAUUAUUUCUUUUUGCAUAUUUUUGUUUUUAGGUUAACUCUCUAAAGCAUUGAAUUAGAUUUGUUACAUGCUUCCCAAAUAUGUGUGAUAUUUCUGCCUAUAUGUAAUAAGAAUGGAUAUCUUUCCCGCAUAGCCUGUCUUUGAGCCCCCUGUCACAACUUAAUUGGUAUAGGACAGCAGCAUGCUAAUUAUAACUGCACAUGUGAGCCUAGUUAAAGUUUUGACUGGAAGCAUUUUUUUCUUCAUGAACUGAUAGGGGAAAACAAAUGAAAAACUAGUAUGGCUUCAUAGUGCCAGCUGACAUGUAUUCUUGUAGCACGAGGACCAAUCAUUUGAUUGGAAGAAAUUAGUGGCGAGCAACAUACUGCCUCUUGAGAUAACUUCUUAGUUAUUUUUUAAAGGCCUGGUUUGAUUAACAUGGAAAGCAAAACUAUGGCUUUACCAGGAUCUCACAAAUAUUCAAGAUUGCUGUUGUCUGAACAUGCACUUAUGGGAUUGUUACUACUAUAGCCCAUGCUUUUCAAUCCUAAUCUUUAUGGUGUCUCAGGCUCUUAAGUCAUUUGGAGGGGAGUUGUUCCUUUCUCUCUGCCUAGGCAUAGUGGGAAAAUAUUUUGAAUCUAGUAAUAUUUUACUUCCCUUGAACAUUUCUUAUCGAUUAUGAUAUGGCUUCUUGAUGGUAAACCUGUUUUCAGAAUAUAGAUAUAAACACACACCUGAUUUUAGCAAGGCUUUUUAGUGUUUUGAUAUUUCAAAAUGUCAAAAUUUAGGUGAAAGGUUUAUCCUAGAUGUUGGAUAAGCCCAGUUGGUAGUGAUAUCAUUGAAGCAACAGUUGAUAAUGUAGCUGGCACACAUUGUUGCUCUGUCUUUGGGCAAAGGUGAGAUAGAAUGGAAUGAAUUCUUAUUGCUGCUGCUGCUGCUGCUGCUGUUUUAUUUGUAUGGAAUUUAUGUUGCUUGGUCUUUAAUAUUAUUAUUCUUUUUUUGUGCAUUUCUGUCCUGGGGCAUUUGGGCAGUCUAUAAAUAUGGCAAAUAAACUAAUUUGGCUUACCUACACUUACCUACACACUUGCCUACAAAUAAUUCCCAGUGAAGCAUACUUCUGAGUACUGUACUGUAAACAUCUGUGGGAUCACAUUGUAUUUAUUUCAACUUGCUACAUUGUAAAUUUGAAACCAACUAAAGUAAGAUGACAUGUUCUUGGGCCUUGUUAGUUGACCAGGGGCAUGAGGCUGGUCUACUAGACAAAUCUAUAACUUCUUACCCUCUUUGAUUAUUAUUUUUCUUUAAGUUUUUGUAGAAUACUUUCCAUUUAAUGAAUUUGCUGAGUUUUUCAACUUACGAUUGGCAGGAAAAAUAUUCAGCAUUGAACUAAGAGCUUUUGGCAGAGAUGGAUAUAUUUGAUCAGAUUUCAUUGCUUAUGGAAAAAAUAUAAAAACUUUUAGGAGACAGGAAAUGAAUGUAUGGCAGAGAACUGAGACAGCUAACAUUGUGUUCUUCAGAUGUUUUGAACUACAACUCCCAUCAGUUUCAGCAGCAUAAUAAUCAAGGAUGAUGAAAGCUGUAGUCUUCAACCUCCAGAGGGCUUAAUGUUGGAUACCCUGGGAAAUAAUAUUGCAUAAAAUAUUGCAUUACAAGAAAUGGAGGGGGGGUUCAAUGGGUAAAUUUAUAUUAUAUUGUAAUCAGCAUAUACAAUAUCAGAAUGUUAAAAAAAUAAGUCCUAGAAGCAAUUUACUGUGAUUAAUAGAUUAUUAUUGUAAUCGAGUUGUUCAGCUCAAGCUAUAGUUUUUUAUUUAUUUAUAUACAGUCUCUAUGAAAUCAGUUGGUCUGUAAAGUACAGUGGUACCUCGGGUUACAUACGCUUCAGGUUACAGACUCCACUAACCCAGAAAUAGCACCUCAGGUUAAGAACUUUGCUUCAGGAUGAGAACAGAAAUUGUGCUCCGGCGGCAGCAGGAGGCCCCAUUAGCUAAAGUGGUGCUUCAGGUUAAGAACAGUUUCAGGUUAAGAACGGACCUCCGGAACGAAUUAAGUAUGUAACCAGAGGUACCACUGUAUAUAGUGUAUGAGAGAUAUUAUUUUAUUGUUUUCCUCACUACUGUCUAGCCCAUGAUGACAGAGCCUCUUCCUUAAGAGUACAGAAUAAACCUUUAUUGAGGCAGAAAAGAGAGAGGGGCUGAGCAUCGGCUCUCAGACUAGAGGACAGGAAAGGUGAGGCCAGUCAGACUAGAAGCAAUGGUCUAAGGAGUCCAAACUCAGGGCAAGGAGUUCAGAACUUCGCAGAAGCAGCGGAGUUGUCCCAGUGGGUUGGCAGGUCCCUCUCUUCCCACUGCCACACUUUUUAAACAGCGGGACAAGGUGAGCUCACUCAUAAGACUCUUCUGCCUUGCAAGACUAUUGAGCAAACUUACGGUGACUGUGAUUAUUAUCAAGUUUCAUGUUUAUUACUUCAAAUGAACUUGCAUUGAAACAAUAGUCCUACUUCCAAAUAAAUUUACUUAGGAUCACUGUGAGGUUCUGUAAUGCUACAUGAUUACAAAUGCUGGUUUUUGCAUAGCCUCACUGUCUAUCACUGUGUUUUAGUGUGGUGUAAAAUUUAUUUACUUUGGGAUGGUAUAUUCAAGUAGUUUUGCUGGGACAUGUCUUGGAAAACUAAUUUUGCUUAGUAACAGUAAAUUAUCGCUGCUGCUAUAUUGGGUUAGUCAGCUAGUCAGUGCUGGGUCAUUUCAGGGUAAUUAAUGUGAGAUUGUUUAAUACUGAUUUUUGACUAGCCAAAAGGUUUUCAAGACUUUGCAACUGUAGCAAAACAGGGAAACCUUGGAAAAAAACUGGAGAAUAAAAUGUGUUGUCCUGUAAAAUCUUCAUUUCCUACCUCCUUUUAGCUUAUUCUGUAACAUACAUGCUUUUAGAAGUUUUACAGUGUAAUCAUAUGCAUAUUUCUUCAGAAGUAAAGUGUAGCUUGCUUCAGAGAAUUGUAUAUAGGACUACAACCUUCAGAUAAUACUAAAACUACCAGUAAGAUCAAAUGGGCCUUUGUAGCAUUUCCAAAUGCUGCUGAACGUACUUAUUUCUAACCCUUUUUCCACAUAAUGCAUAUGUCUUAUUAUGAGAGUCCAGUGUACUCUCAGAUAUAAUGGGACUUAUGGGAGCAUUAAUGUAUUACAUUAUCAUGAGAGGGGCUUCCUUCUCAUCUUCAUACAUACCUGCAUUUAAGGUUUAUAACUGAAAAAUGCUAAUUGAUAUAAAAUGUAACUGUUGCUUUUAUUAGUGAACUCUUGAAGAUUGUUUUCUUUGCUCGGUUCUUCUGCACAGUAUUCCUUAAGACUCUUGAUGGGAAAAGAUACUGCGUUCAGAAGCAGUUGAAUAUUCAGCUGCUGCACUAAUGCAAAAGUUUCUUUGGUGGUCCAAGAACUUUGGCUCCAAGCAAAGCUUAUUCUGAUUUUGUGAGAUCCUUCUGUUCCAUUGAAACAUACUGUAAUUUUUGUGGUUGUUUUUUUUUUUUUAAACCCUUCUGUGUUUCUAACAGUUAUCUGAAAGGAUUUGGAAAACAAAUCUAUAUGAUAUACCGUACCAUGGGGCCCAUGUUUUAUACUAGUUUCCAGUGCAAAUUUACUAGAAUAUUAUAUAGUAUAAUAUAAUAGUAAAUUGGGACAAAAAUGUCUACAACACACCACAAUUAAACAUUUCUCCAUUAAUGUUUAGAGGCUUUAUAAUUGUCCGUUUAUGUUUCAUAUGUCUUAUUAAAAUUUCUAUUGGCAGUUCAUGUCAAUGAGAUCAGAAAAAUAUCCCUACUAAUGGCAAUGAUGAUUAAGUCCAGUCAAAGGCGACUAUAGGUAUGGCGCUCAUCUCGCUUUCAGGCCGAGGGAGCCGGCGUUUGUCCACAGACAGCUUUCUGGGUCAUGUGGCCAGCAUGAAUAAACCACUUCUGACACAACGGGACACCGUGAUGUGUGCCAGAACACACAGAAGCGCUGUUUACCACUGCCAAUGAACAUGCUCAUUGAUCUAUGCAAAGGUGAAUUAACACAGUGGCUUCUAAAGUGACAAACUUGAAUCCAGCUCCUGCCAUUGUUAACUAGCUAAGAAGAUCAAUUUAUAACUUAGUUCUUGCUCCAUAAAGUAAACUACAGUCUAAUUUUGUGUGAUUCUUUAGUUACUUUCCCUUUAUUACCAGUUGUUGGCCUCCACAGAAUUAAUGUCUCCAUGCCCACUUUGGACAGUGCCUAACUUUUGUUAGAACCUGAGAUGUAAAGCAAAACAUGCCACCACUGCUCCUGGCUUGUUUUGUGAGAAACUAGCCUGCUCCCUCCUGACAGUGUUUUAGCCGGUGAAUGAAGUCCUAGGCAAUAAUUAACAUUUAGUAAAACAGAUCUGUCCAACUAGGCAAGGAGAAGGCUAGAGCAAAACCGGCAUUGUCUAGAGUCUCUAAAGAAGGGAUUUCUUGAUUUGUUUUAAAGCCUUUUCUACUGGUCUUCGCUGGUGGGGAAGUGUUUGAUGCUCCAUGGCAAACCAUUCAGCUAUCUGGGGUUUAAUGACUGGGGAGCUGUGUGUCAGCCCAAAACAAAAGGUAGUACCAAAGAAAGGAGUUCCUGAUCUUACUAAAUCUGGUCUUAUUUCAUACAAAGAAAUGUGAUUCACUCUUCUCCCAUGUGCCUGUAAACAUUUUAAAAAUUGCUUUACCAGUGCAGAUAAAACCCAUUGUUAUUAUUAUACUCAUUCUGCAGGGGCUGUGACUGAAAGAGAGUGGAGUACGCCAGCCUUGCAACAUAACCAAAGUGUUAUAGCUGUUAGGGUAGAGUAUGACAAUCCUGAAGUGUAGUCCAUUCAUGUUGGGAGGAUUUUUUUUGGCUGGGGGAGGGUUAGAGAAGUGCAGGGGAGGGAGGAGCAGUGUAAUUAAUUCAGGCCUGAAAGGGGCGAAGGGAGCCAUGGAAAGAACUGGGUGCCAGGCUGAUGGGCGUCAGGGCUACCUGUUGAGAAGUAGGCAGAAGGAGGGGAAGGGUAGACCUGGAAUACAAGUUUUUCAGAGGACAGGUCUACCAGGCAACAGCUCAGUCACCAGAUCUAGAAAUGGUAAACCUGUUCCUUGAUGAAGAUGAAGGAUGAGGGUGGUUUAGAUAUACCAAAUUAUAUAUAAAAUAUUAUUUUAUGUAGCCUCUCCACAGGAAAAGUCCUGUGGGUGCCCAUGAUUGGUGGGCUUAGAUUAGGCAGUAACUGCAAAGAUUUCAUGAGAUUUUACUAAAUCUAUAAAGCUAUCUCAUUUUAAUCUAGUUGGUACUAGAAUACUCACUAUUCUUCCCCCCCCCCUUGCUAAACAUGACUAAUAAAUAUAAAUGUUGCUAUUAGUUGGUCUUGUUUAUUCCUGAAAAAUCACUUUAAAAAAAACUUGUAAACCAAAGAAAUUCUAACUUUACUUGCUAAUAUAUUAGCAUGAUAACAAAUUGCAUAGUUUUCAUUUACAAACAGGUGCUAUAUUGAAUUUCUGCCAGUAAGGUCUUCAAAAUUAAGAUCUGUGGUUGCAUGAGCAACCUCUUAAAAGAAUGUUCAUAGUCUUCUUUAGCAGUUAGAGCCUACUGACAUCUUCUUGUCUAAUAGUACAAUUCUUUUUAGUACAAUCCUUUUUAAUUUUUUUAUUUAUUUCGACUGCAUCAGACCAACACGGCUCCUUACCUGAAUCUAGAAUCUAUAAAGUACAUGCUUACUCAAAAGUAAACCCUGUUGAGUUCGGUGGGGUUUCCUCUUAGGGAUGUGGCUUUAAGAGUGACUUAUUUUAUAUUAGGUUGUAUAGCAUGGGUAGGCAAACUAAGGCCCGUGGGCUGGAUCCGGCCCAAUCGCCUUUUAAAUCCAGCCUGUGGACGGUCCAGGAAUCAGAGUGUUUUUACAUGAGUAGAAUGUGUGCUUUUAUUGAAAAUGCAUCUCUGGAUUGUUUUUUGGGCAUAGGAAUUUGUUCAUUCCCCCCCCUCAAAAUAUAGUCCAGUCCCCCACAAGGUCUGAGGGACAGUGGAACAGCCCCCUGCUGAAAAUGUUUGCUGACCCCUGCUGUAUAGGCUAUUGUCAGUGAAAACUCUUAAUGAGUGAACUACUUGGAGAAUUUUGGAGGGGAUGCUGUGGAGAUGCUAUUAUGUGUGGUGGAAAAUUAAUGUUCCAGUUAGUACACUUUCUUUUUUUAUAUAGAAGGUAAGUUGUAGAAUUGGGAUUUCUUCAUUCAGUUCAGAGCAUGUGGUAGAAUUGGGAUAAUUUCUUCAUUCAAUUAAUGACAUUUGGUUGCAUGUAAGAAGUUUGGUUUUGCAAGCUGAGUUGUCAGUGGUGGUGGUGCUGGUGGUAAGCGUAAACCUUCAGUCUGUUUCAAGCCUGCUUUCUUCUGCCUUUAGAACAGCUCUGCUUCAGAAAUGAAAACCAUAGCAAGUUUCUCUCCCCCUCACCCACUCUCCCACCUGGCAGUGCAGAAGAAAACGGAAAGAUUCAGAUAUGAUUUUCCCUCCCCUUUGCUCUACAUACAUCUGAUUUUAGCAACUGUUUUCUGAAUUUGCUGCACUUCAUACACAGUCAUCUCCUUCCUAAGUAGUUGCUUGAGAGCUAGCAUGAUUUGGCAUCAUGUUGAGAUCUGCUAUUAUAUGCUUGUGCAGGUGUGCAGAAUCCUGUUGCCAUUAUGGGGUGCAGGGAUCUGUUCUCAAAACAGUUCAGAGCAGCUGAACUAAGAGCAGAUAUAGACCCUUUGGGAUGCAGUAAGGUGAAGCUGAGGUACAUACCUUUUCCUUUUGAAAAGGUAAGCCAGCUGUGUAUUAAUUCUUUUCUUUAUACACAAUUUUCUAAGAUUCCUUCCACUCCUGUUUUUUAAAAAACAUAUCAUCUGUGUAUUGCUGAAAGAGUAAGGCUAGAGAAAGCAACCUGAACUUCCUUUUUACUUUGUGCUGUACCCUUUUCCAUUUCUACCUCAACAACUUUCAUGGUUAAAAUAUUGAUGAGCCAGAACAUUUGCUGCUUGGAUUUGGAAAAUCAGGCCAAGAUCUAAUAGCAAGAUACAUUUAAAUGAAGAGAAUAGGUUUUCAUAAUUCUGCUGAUGAACUUGUGGAAAGAUUUAAGCUUAUUUGUAUGAAAUGAGUAGUGUCAGUGAGUAUUUUUAAACAGCUUCUGAAAUGACUAGAAAGUGUCUACUGAUGUGUAUGGCUAUGCUUUGCUUUGUUAUUCACAAAUGAGGAAAUGGCCCGGAAGCAUUCUCCUUUUGGCUUAUUGCUUAGAAAGCAAUAGAAUAAGCUGCUUUUUCAAAUGUGGAGUGAACGGCGUAAGGUCUGCAGUCUAUGUGUGGGAGACAGUGAUAGGCAGAGAAACUCUCACAGGAGAUAUGGGAGGCAAAAUGAGAGUUGAGAAACAAGGACAUCACCAAGGUUAUGGAUAGCGAGUCCAAGAGAAAUGAAGGAAAAGCAAAGCUUGUGUACAAUGAUACUUCUUUUGUCUAUGAAUGCAUGGAAACUUUAGCCAAAGUCAAUUCCAUAUGCAUAUUUCAAAGGUGAAUAACUUGUACAGGCAGCCCCUGAUUUGCACAGGGGUUGUGUUCUGGGUCGUUGCGUGUGAUGGUGGAACACGCAUAAACCCGCUCCAUCCCAUUACACCCCCUUUUCUGCCAAAUUUCCAGGUCACUGCAGUGUGUGCGUUAGUCAGUUGUUGCCUGUACUUAUAUUGUAUUUUAAAACGUAUGGUGUGCUUUAGGUUUUCAGCCAAUUUGCCUGUUCAGGGUGCAUGUCAUUAACAUUACCUCCGUAUUCAUACAUAUGUGGUAUAAAGUUACAGUUGUUGGUAAACAUUGACUGCUAUGCAUUCUUGCUUUAUUGUUUAUUCCUACACGUGAAUGUAUUUUAGGGGUGGAAUACAUUUUUGUGUGUGUGUGUGUGUGUGUGUGUGUACAUGCACAUGUGUGACAUAUACAUAGACACACACUCUCACUCAUACAGUCAUUUAUUUUGUUCAUCAUAUGCCCAAGAUGAGAAGCUGCAGCCUCCGGGUGAGCAGCUAAGUUAGAAACUGCUAAGUUAGAAAUCCUUCUCUGAUGUUUACCUUUGGUGGCCUUCCCAUAUUGCUGGGCCCACUUUCUUUCCUCUGAUGCUUUUGUUGUGGCAGCUGCUACUGUUUUUAUACAGAGAAAUAGAGGGUAUUUCUUUAGCAACUGUACCUGCAUGCACAUUCUUUCUUUUGUUACUUUAAUAAAAAGUAAAGUAUUAAAGUCUGAGGUGAGACAGCUUCAGCCAGCUGCUGUAGUACUUCACUUCAUGCCCCUAACUAGAAACACCGGUAGUGGUGGCUGUAGCAACAUUCAAAAAAGGCAAGCAAGUGCAGUAGUGUGAGGAGACUGGAUCAAAUGUGCAGUUUAUUUGUGCAGUAGCGCUUUAACAUUGUUUGUAGAGCUGAUGUUGUUACUAGUUAUCUUGAGUGCAAGGAGAUGUGGGCUGUAAAAGUUUUAAAUAAAUAGAAUUUGCUCACAGCUGAAAGCAACAAAAGGUGGUUCUUUUACCUUAGUCACAUUAUAUUUAUUAUCAUUAACUCAUGAGUUGCUGCUAUAUAUUUGUAGUGAUAUAUCAGCCAGUUUUGCUCAUGUUAAUGUAAUUUCUGGUUGGAGUGGAGUAGUAGCUUAUGGAAUUGUGAUGUUUGUCUUUCUACAAUGCCACCAUAUCUCUGCCUAUUCCUAUCUACUAAAAGCUUGCUUACUUUGUUUAAGGAAACAUUCAGGAUUCUAUGGUGAAUUUCCUGUGGGAGGGAGUUCCACAGAUCUGUGGGGCAGCCACACAAUCCUAAGCAAGUUUAUUCAGAAGAAAGUUCCUAUGGAGUAGAUUGAAACUAACCUCCCUAGUAUGAGUGUUUGUUUAGGGUUGCAGCCUAAAUUGCUUCAUGUAGAAAGCUGUCUGGAGCCAUCUGACGAGAAGCUGCCUUAUAUCACACCACUACCAAACAGUAGCAGUGACACAUGGUUUUCCAUGUGGUGGGUGGCUCCAGACAAAGACAAAGCACUCACUGACUAAGCCAUAGAUUUAUAAUUGCAGCCACCACCACAACAACUACUAUAAAGGAAGUGUCCUGAGCAGAUGAUAGUGAAUAUUUACCUGUGCCAAUGUGUUUUCCAAUGAUGCAAUAUUCUAAUUUAAUUUUAAAACAAGCCAGAAUUUGAAAGCCAACUUUGGACCAAAGCAUUAUAUCCUGGCUUGUUUGGAAGCCAUUAACUGUUGUUUCCCAGAUUGCACAUAACUGAAAGUUAUAGUUAAAUAUGCAGCAUCUUAGCUUAUUAACUCCCAUGUACAAAGGCAGGAGUAAAGGGACUUCAUACAGGUGCAUGGAACUUGUGCAUGAUUGCAAUGUGAUAAUUGAUUUGAUUCAGUAACAGCAAACCAUGGUUUGUUACAUGCAUUAUCAGGAAUGGACAUCAGGCUUACAUGCUUCCCUGGGAUAAGAUUUCAAACUUCUUUCCAUGGUUGGCAGCAAACUAUGCUUUGUUGCAUCUGAAUUUAAUAAGCAGUGGUUUAUGAAAAUCAUGGGUUUUUCUUUUUACCAAAGCAGGUUUUCAAAUCAUGAUUUGAUCAAACUUGAAGCAAGCUUUAAAUCUCCAUGCACAAGCCAAGGCUUGUGCUGAUUUCUUCAUGAAAAAACAAACCAUGGUGUUUCCCUCACAAAUUGCCUCUAUAAAUAUAUAAUCUUAUCUUUAAACUGUUUUUACUCUGCCACUGUUUUAUGCCAUAUAUGUGUGGAGACCUGUAGGUAUAGGGAGGUAUACAAAUUUUGAUGAUGAUGAUGUUGUGUUUUCAUUGUUGCAUUCUAUUGCAUUCAAUUUAUUUUCUUGUUGUGAGUCACUCAGAAUUUUGGUAGAGAAUCAACUAUAAACUUCAAAUAAAUAAGUACUGUACAUAUAACCUCUGUCUAGCUCUGUUGAAUUAGUGUAAGAGGACUUAGUUUCAGAAAUGGUAGUGUGGCUAUCUUGUAGUCUCAGAAAAACCUCCUUCAGCCUGAGGACUUAGUUUCUGUAGAAUGCGCACCUCAACAGCUAUGAUCAAGACUACAGCUGGAGGUGAUUCAAGGUUAAGCGUGUUUCUCUGGGAGCACAGGCAUCUGACCCCCUUUAAGAGUGACUGAACUGUUUAGUUUUAACAGUUUUAUUUCUAUGGUCUCUCUCGGGAACUAUAGCAACAGUACAUGUGAACAGAAUAUCAUAUUUGAAAAUAGGUUUGAACCUCACUUGCAAUGAUUGUAUGAUGAGGGCAUGUAGAAAAGCAAACUUUGAUGGCUGCUUGCUGUUGUAGUCCUUCCUUGGCUUCUUUAUCUUCUAGAAGGUUUUUGAUGCCUUCCCGUAUAUGAUUCGAUACGGCUUUUAGUUGGGGCAACUAAACCUACAAUUUGAUACUGUAGACUGGGAGAUUGUGGCAAGCUAGCUGGGGCUGGGGCUUCUUGCCACCCAUUGUCCUCUUCACCAGCAGGCUGAAACAGCAUCAUGUAACAGAAGCUCAGGCAAGCAAUAAGAGAAGAAAAUGGGUGAAGCAAAAGCAGCUGCAGAGAUCGGGGUGUCAACAAGAGCUAAGAGGAUGCACAAGGAAGGCUCAUCGUUGGCAACCUGAAGUCGUUAUGCUAUGUAUAACUUCCUGACUAAAGUGUGACCUAGUGGUUUUGCUGGAAAAGAGGGUAAGAGAGACUGGACAAACAGUAUCAAAGGCUUUUUGAUACAUUAAACCUAAUGCACAGAAUACAGGGAAUAAACAAGUUUAGCUUGAACUGCUAGUAAAGGAAGGUAAAUAUAACUAUAGGAGUAACUGAGACUUGAUGGAAUGUUUUGUAUGAUAGGAAUGUAACAAUUUAAGGGUAUAACUUCUUCAAUAAGCACAGAUGCAACAGAAAGGGGAAGUAGUAGGUUUUGUUGUUGUUGUUUUUAAAGUAGACCAGCAUGGAAAACCAGAAGUCUGUAUAUUGUAAUCCUGUAGAGAAUACUUUAACAAAAAUUCUUAAGAGGAAAAGAAUAACAAAUUGGUGAGUAAGAUUUGCUACAGACCAAGUAAAAGGUAUGGAUUUUGCUUUCUUGAAACAAAUUACCAAUGUUUCUAGGAGUUAGUAGUAUGGAGGGACUUCCCAGUGCCCUGAUAACUGCUGGGAGACAGGCUCCAAUUAGCACAGCAUCGCCAAGAAUUUCUUUUAGAAGGCGGAGGAAUGAACAAGGGGAUUGGCUAGCCUAGAAUUGAAUCUCAAGAAUAAUGAGUUGUUGAAAGAGGUUAAAGUAGUGGGACCUUUGAGGAGAAAUGGCCGUGGAAUUCAUGGUCUUAUGGAAAGCCAAAGGCAUGUGUUGUCAAAUGUAUACCUGUUUAGAUUUGUGAAAAAGCUGGUUUUAAUAAAUUCGAAGAAAUAUUAGUUUAGCUAGCUGUGGACUUAACAGGGAAAGGAUCCCAAUAUGGGUGGGAGUUUCAGCAGGAGGAAAUAUCUAGCCAUGAACUCUUGGGCACUAAAAGUGCUUGCUAAUAUAUUCUCAGAACAAUCCCAGCCUAUGGUAGCCCCCAAACUCUCUCCCCCCUCCCUUAGCAGGUCUAAUGCUUGGCAGCAAAAAUAAUAAGCAAAGCAAUCUUGGGCAUAAGCUACAUUUAGCAGUGGUGUUUGAGUAACUUGCAGGAGGAAAGGCAGCAUCUUCUUCAAAGAACUCUUGUCAAGUGACGAGUUUCUUCACCCUAGCCAUUGAGCUGGAGUGAUGAGUUCUUGCCUCUGCCCAGGAAAGAAGUUGUACCUGAAAAUAAUGGAGCUGGCAAUAGCUGAGGGCCAACAAUCCCAGCCUUUUCCCACUGGCUGAGCCACCUAGUCUGUGUACAGACACAGAGACCACCUGCCUGCUAUGCUGUGGAGUGGCAGUAACAGGGACCCAAAAUAGGUCUGGCCCCGCAUGGACAGUGCCUAGUUUAUGCACUUCUUCUGCUUCUGCUUCUUCUUCUGCUUCUGCUCCUGCUGCUCUUAAACCGCUUGCUCCUUCUGCCUUAUGACUCCUCCUAAAAAAUCCUGUUCUCCCACCCCAGAGCCCUCAUUAGAUAUUUGAAUCUAAUGCCAUAAUUCUCUUUGAUUUCCAUUCCAACACAUUUUAAAUUCAAUACAUGCCAGUUUAUUUAAUGGCUUUUGGUUAAGGGGGGGGGGAUUAGGUUUUGGUUGAACACUAGGAGAAACUUGUUAACUGUAAGAAGAGUUCAACAGUGAAACCAAUUGUGAGGGAGAGUGGUAGCCAUAGUCCAGCUCUAAAUUUCUUGCAUUGAGCAGGGGGUUAGAACAGAUGUUUUGUAAGACCCCUAGUAACCUCAGGUUUGGAUUAGAGCUCACUGCAGUUUGUGAGGCUACCCUUGAGGUUGGUUACCCUUGUGGAGGUUAUUACUACUGUAAAACAUGGCUGUUAGGCUGCUUAUGACGAUGAACUAGUGCUACCAGGUUAAAAUCAGGGUUCUAACAUAUAAGCAAUGUUAGAAACUCAGAUAUAUAAGCUAAUUGCCAAAUGUCACCUUAACCCAGAUAAUGGUUGACAUAAUGGAAUAUCUUGGCGCCUUUUUAUUAUUAUUAUUCAUUGCAUUUUUAUACUGAUAUAUAUAUAAUAUGUAUGGGUGGUUUAUAACACAUUAAAACAUCAAAUAAAACAAUCCAGAAUAAAACAAAUUCAAGCUUCAAGUAAAAUAUUUCAGAUCCCUGUCUAAGUGACACCUUGCUUUCCCCAUAUUUAGAUACCUACUGAAAGUAUAUAGCUACUCCAUAUCAGAAGAACUCUAGGAAGCCAUUGUGGUAUACUGGAUAGAAUGUUGGACUAGAACCUAGGAGAUCCGGGUUCAAAUCUCCACUCACUCAUGAAGCUCAUUGGGUGACCUUGGGCCAUUCACAGUCUCUUAACCCACUUUACAGAGUCAUUGUAGGGAUUAACUGCAGAGGUGGCUAAACUGUGUACUCCUUGGAGAAAAAGGUGGGUUAUAAAUUUCAUAAAUACACUGUAAUGGUUCUAGGGGUUGCUCGUGCGUAAGCCGGUGCAAACACCUGGCUAGAUUGCCUGAAUGAACCUUUUCUGUCCGGACAGCCACUCACCCGUGGCUGUCUCAAUCGCUGGCAGAAUCCGUCAGUGGGCGUUUCUUAAACUUCUUCCAGCAGAGAAGCUCUUUGACGCUUAGUCUCCGCCUACUGUCUCUGCGCGGAAGCCUUCUGCGCAAGGAGGGCGUAGGCAGCGGAGGACCUCUACUCUCCCCGCUGGUCCCCGGCAAGGAGUCAUGGGACCGCCUUGCCGCUUCCCCCAUCUGCCCCCCUUCUCCACUGGUGCUACGCUGAUUCUCUUCCCCAGAAGAUGGGCUGCCUCUCCCAAUCCCGGGAUGCUCUCCGGAAUCCCUCUGGAUUUUGCUCUCUCCCUCCAGCACUGAUGGCAGUUCCCUGACAUAUACUCUUCUGCUUACCUGCUUAAGGAAGCUGAAGGGGCCAGCGAGAUGGAGAUGUCAGUCGCCAAUGUGGCAUCCAGAGAUCUCCACAUGGUCGCCAUGGGACCUAUGCCAGUUGGAAAAUGCUCCUGGCACUUGGGGAAUUUUGAACACUGCAUGUAAGGCCCUACACAAUUAGUUGACCGACCACCUUAUUCCUUAUAUACGUAAUAUGUUACGGUGUUCUGCAAGGAACUCUCUCCUAGAUGUUUGUAAAAUAGGAAGCCCCAUCCACCGCAACUUGAAGCAGGGCUUUGUGUGGCUGCCCCUGUUUUGUGGAACAGCACCCAUGAGUUAUGACAGGCUUGUAAAGCUACUAAACACAUUCUUGUUUUAAAGCUUUCCCAGCAAAAUUGGGGGUUGGAGAUAUCUGACAGGUAUAUUUGUACAGAUUUAAAAUUAUUAUUUUUAAGUUACAGGGCUGUGAAUCGUCUUCAAAUUUAUAUGAAAGAUUAUCCAUAAAUUAUUACAAUAAUGCUAAUUGUUAGUAGUAACCUGUGAGGUUAUGAAAUUGGUGGAUGUGAUAUCCACCAAUUGUUGUUGUAAUAAAGAUGAAAAUCUUCCCCUUAGUUUUUUCAUGUUACAGUAAUAGUUUUGGGAUCUACAGAGUUUACCUGUUCAAUAUAUUUACCAUCAGUAUAGAACAGUAUAUUUUUUGCUGAGUUAGUCAUUCUGCCCAUCUGCUAUUUUUUGAAGCAUUCUAGUUUUAGAACCAGUUCCAGCUUUAGCAAUAUAGUACAUACACUUCUCAUAAUUGGUGGCAUUUGCAUUGUUUCAUCCUCAGUUUUCUACCAGUUUUCAGAUUGUUUUGUUCAGAAAAGGCUUGUUUUUCCUUUGGCUAUAAAAAGUAUCUACUAUCAGCUUUUGAACAAUGUAGAAAUGCAUAUUCAAACAAUCACUCUUUCUUUUGCCUUUUUUUAGUUUAUAUUUCCCUGGCGGUUAGCUAAAAUGCCAGAUAAUUUGUCAAAUGUCAAAUCAUUGCAAGUAGCAGGUAAGCCCUGCGUUUUGGACUGGUCUAAGAUCACUGCUGCAACUCCAGCAUGGUGGACAUAUAUUCACUCUAAGAAAGGUCUCCCAGCUGUUGAAUAUGGGUUUUUAAAAUUUGUUUUUCAUAUCCUUUUGAUGCCAGUAUUCAGUCAAAGAAAUGCUCCAGACAAAGUUCGUAAUACGGUGUGUGAAACUUAUUCCUGAGUGGCAUCUUCACAUACUGUGGCUAGUAUCUCAGUGCUUUAGAGUUGCAUUGUGUUGAAUAGGCUUGAAGAGAUUACUGUAAACUGUUAGCCGCAUGGAAAUUAUAGAUUGACUGGCUGCAUUCUACCAUUGGCAUUGACAGGUGGAGGUAGUGGUGGGGGGCUUGGUGGUUGUUGUUUUUUGUCAUAGCAGGGGUCUGUUGAUGUUCAAACUCCCCCUACUUCCAAUGUCAGAUGCCUGUAGAAACAGUCAUAUUUUAUCACCCAUAUAGUUUGAGAAACUUUUUGGUUCAUCUUGCACUAGAAUUGUAGAGUUGGAAGGGAUCCCAAGGGUUAUCUAGUCCAACUUCCUGCAAUGCUGGAACCUCAACAUAGAGCCAUGGAAGAGUUAGAGGUUAAAUAGUCUUUAACGUUGUCACGUGAAUGCAAGCAAACCGGCUUACUAUUACUAAAAUACUAUGUUAAACUUCAUUUGCGAAACUCUCAACUAUCGAAAUUUGUUGUGUGACUGAUCUUACAGGUACCCAGAAGCAAUGAGAGAUUUCAGUGAUUUAUGUCAAGGUUGCAGGUUCAAUCCCUGUAUGGGACAGCUGCAUAUUCCUGCAUUGCAGAGGGUUGGGCUAGAUCAGGGGUCAGCAACCCGCUGCUCCGGAGCCGCGGCUCCGGGGCGGAUACUGGCGAGGGGAGGAGGCGCAUUGUGCGCCCCGACACUCCCCACUGUGGCGGGCGCUGUACUGGCUGUGACGUCUCAUGGGGGCGGUGCGUGUGUUAGUCACGCACCGUCCCAACGUCACCUUCCCGCCCGCCCGCCCACUACAUUGUAAGGGGCAUGUACGCUGGUCACUGCAUUGAAAGGGGGCAUGUACGCUGGUCACUGUUUUGAAGGGAAGUGAAGAACACACACACACAAAAAGGUAACUUGUUAAUUUAAUGUUUAUUUCUAUGAGAAGGAGUAAUUCUGAGGGGUCAAACAAAGAAAUAAUAAAAAAAUGACAAAAAAGUUAUUUUUAUAAUGACGAGUUUUGCGGCUCCCAGUUUUUUUUCCUUCGGAAACGGGUCCAAGUGGCUCUUUUUGUCUUAAAGGUUGCAGACCCCUGGGCUAGAUGGUUCUCACGGUCCCUUCCAACUCUUAUGAUUCUAUUAUUCUAAAUUCCCCUCAGCCCUGGUGAUUCUGUGUCAUCUGUAUCUUCAGGUUCUGCGCAUGUAUGCAUAAUCAUUUUGGAGAAAAGGCAAUAUACAUAAAAAAUAAACAUCAUUGGGGAAAAUGUAGCCUGUCUGAGCUAAACAGAACAAUAGUGAACAGUUCUGGUAAUUCUGUAGAGGCUACUAUUAGAAUUCUUCUACUUAUAGAGCACCAAGUUCCUGGGUGUCACACUGGGUUAUUCUAGAGCAAGUAUGGUCAACUUCUUUUAGCCUCCAGGCUGCCACCACUACUGUCCUGAAUACCACCAUUUGGUAGCCAAGCCAAAAACCCAAAGUCCUGUCGGGAUGCAUUUUGGCUUGCCUGCUGAUAAAACUGAGCGUGUGAUGAUUGAUAAUAUUAUCAUUUAUCCGUUUUAGACCCCUAAGUAGUAGCAGUUGCUGGGACAUUGUCCUGUUUGCUUCUGUAUAGUUCCAUUCUUACUUCAGACAUUGUGGUGGAUUGCAAUGCUUAGCUGGUGAUAUUGUGAGGUUUAGCUACUGAUAACAUUGCAAUGUUUAGCUGGUGAGUUAUUGCAGUGUUGAAAACCAGAUCUCACCUAGCCCAGGGGUCAGCAAACUUUUUCAGCAGGGGCCGGUCCACUGUCCCUCAGACCUUGUGGGGGGCCGGACUAUAUUUUUUUGGGGGAAUGAACGAAUUCCUAUGCCCCACAAAUAACCCAGAGAUGCAUUUAAAUAAAAGGACACAUUCUACUCAUGUAAAAACAUGCUGAUUCCCGGACCGUAUGUGGGCCAGAUUUAUAAGGCAAUUGGGCCGGAUCCGGCCCCCGGGCCUUAGUUUGUCUACCCAUGACCUAGCCCUUACACACAGUAAUUCACAAUAUAUUGCCAGCUCAAAUAUUAUGAAAAAAUUAUCAUGAUGUGAACUUCAAACUGGUUUUGGAUGCUAUAUCGCCCAGCCAUAGGCACCAGCUAGCAAUAGGGCUUCAUUUAUAGAGCACAUGUACUCCUGUCAAGAUACGGUAUACAAAGGAGGUAUAAAAUUUAAAAAUAAAUAAUACUUCCAUGCAAUUAUUUUGUGGAAGUUGAAAAUACACUUUCCUGUUAAACUCUUAACUUUUUGAGCCAGAGUUAACACUUCUUUUAAUAAAUAUGAAUUAAAGUUUCAGGCUUGAAGUUAGUGUUCAUAUGUUCACAAGUUAUUUUUAUCAUACAGUAAUCAAAUAAUAAUUUACCUAUAUCCUACCACUCUGUUCAUCAUUAUUUGUGCAUCUGUUGACAUACAAACAAAAAUAAGAUUAGUAAUUGGUAGUUAAGCACAUAUUUUUAAUAUACAUUUGAAUAUUUUAUCUGCUAUUUUUGCAGUUAUUGUUCAUAUCAAAACUUUGUUGGCCUUUCAAAUCCUUGAGACAAAGUAGAUAUAAAUUACAUUCAAAAUAAAAUAAUUAGUGACUCACUGAAAUUUGUUCUAAAUUAUUACAAGUAUCCGAUUAGCAAUGAGGGUUUUUUAUGUUCUCCAUACAUCUGAGGCCGAAACUACGUAUACCUAGGAGGUACAUGACACAUCCCAUGUCUUAUAGGAUGCAAUGUAAAAUAUCCUUAUUGCAGAGUGGAAAUUGGCAGAAAGCAUGUCUUUUUUGCUUUCAUGAACACUUCAGCUUUGCUUUUUGAUAUUGGUAUCUCUCUCCAAAAAAGAAAAAAGGAAAAAAAUAUAAACUGCAUCUUGUUAGCCUGACACAUUAUGCUUGUGUUGCCAAGAUAUUGAGAGAUUCUUACUAUAAUGCAAUUCAAAACUAAUGAAGACAUAAUUAUAACUCAGAGCAGGAAGAGAAAUUAUGCUUUGUUUGGGAGUAUUUUGAGAAAGAAAGGUAGGUGAAAUGAGAAAUACUGAUCCUUCCUCUUAAAACUGUGGCAUUUUAUUAGUGGGAAACUGAUAGAAAAAGAACUCUACAGGAAUACUAAAAGUGUUAUGUUUAAUAAUGUCUUAUUAAUGAGCCAGUGGAACUUGCAUUCCCUUUGAAAUUCAGAUUUAAGUCACAGUUUUUAUAAAUGUUCUCCCUUUCAUAUUAGAAAAGCUGUUCUCUUAAUUUUUGUACCCACUGUUUGAAAUUAAUACAUUGAAAGCUAAACUAAGAAUUAAGGGCAGUGCUUUACAAUUCUGUAUGUGAAAACAUUAGUGCAUGUAUAUCUGUGCUUUGUUACUGGGUUUUUGUUUUUUUACUUUUUCUGCAAUUUGAUUUGAAAAAUUUCUGAAAUCAUCAUUUCUAAUAUUGUAAAAAAACCUACUGUAUUUCUUAUACUGAAUCAGAAAUAUGGAGUCAGUUGUAUAGAUGUAAGAAGAUGUUUUUUACACAUACUGUUGCUCAGUAUUGAGCAGGUAUAGAUUAAUACUGUCCUGGAUUGUAUUCUGUGCCUGUUAUAAUUUUGUGUUGUCUCAGGAACUUGCUCUGCAGGGUUUACCAGUUUUGUCUGCACUGACAGAUGUGGUCUGGGGCCUGAAAUUAUAUAUGGGUGAUCCCAGACUACUUUGUCAGUUUAGCAUAACCAAGAAGUGUAAUCCUGGCUGGGACUAUGGUUUUCUUUUCUUUUUGAAAUAAUUUUUAUUGAAGAUUUUCAUGAGCUACAAAGAAUGUGCAACGUCUCUCACUUUUUUUUCCUUAAUCAGAUUAUAAAGUCUUUCGGUAAAAUGUAAAACAAUAUGAUAUCCAAAGGUAGGGAAAGAGAGUAGAGGGUGGGAGGUAAAUUUACAUGCUAUCUUGCUGUUUUGUCAACUUGGUAUGUACGUGGGGUUUUUAUGGCAGUGUCAAUUGAGUAGGUUCUCUUUCUGUAUAUUUAUUGGUUUACAUCAGUGGUAGGUAAGCUAAGGCCCGUGGGCCGGAUGCAGCCCAAUCACUUUCUAAAUCCAGCCCGUGGAUGGUCCUGGAAUCAGCGUGUUUUUACAUGAGUAGAAUGUGUGCUUUUAUUUAAAAUGCAUCUCUGGGUUAUUUGUGGGGCAUAGGAAUUUGUUCAUUUUUUUCUUCAAAAUAUAGUCUGGCCCACCACAUGGUCUGAGGGAUGGUGGACCGGCCCACGGCUGAAAAAGGUUGCCGACCCCUGGUUUACAUCAACGAUGAGAGAAGAUUGGGGGGGGGGGUCAGGGUAUGUGUAUUUGUCUUUUAUUGCCUCUGAUGAACUGUAGUGAGAUUUGUUUGCGGUUGUGGAAGGGGUAUGUGUGAAAUAUUAGGUUGAUAGCCAUAUUGAUCUGCACAUUGUUGGUAGAUCCCUGCUAUCACUGUUGUCAGUUUGAACUGUAUGUGUAAUAAAAGGGAGCCAUAUCGGGGUGAAGGUGUCCUCUUUCUUUCGUCCUCAUGUCAGUUUUAGUUUGUCAGUUAAGUUUUCUAAUAAGGCCGUUUCCCAUACAAUUUGAUACCGAUGGUCCAUGCUUACUCCUGACAAGUGUCCAACUACAAAGUUUCUCGCUGCUGAGAGUAGGUGGAUUAUAAGCUCUUUAUGGUGUAAGUGAACAUUAUUGUCUUGGAAAAUAUUUAAUAGGGUCAGUUAUGGAGUGGGUUCCAAUACCUGCUUAGUUAUAAAUUAAAUAAUUUUUGUAGGACUGCAGUACAAAAGGGUUGGAUUUGGGGACAUUCCCACCACAUGUGAAGGUAUGUGCCAGCAUUUUGGUAAGGUUCCUGGAUGUAUUAAUGCCAAUUUCCUUGGUGUCAGAUGCCAUCUAUAGAUAAGUUUCAAAGUGUGUUCUCUUCUUUUGGCUGAGAUGGAUUUAAAGAGAGGUUAGUAGUCCAUUGGGUAGAGUUUAUUUCAUAACCUGUAUGAUGUUCCCAUUGUUUUUUAAUUGUGUUGAGUGAGAUUGCGGGGUUCUGGAGUAGUAUUUUGUAUAUUCCGGAUACCAUCCCCUUACCGUGUUCUUCUGCUGACAAAAGAAGGCUUUAAAAGGUGGUCAAGGGCCUAAGACUGCUGCUUUUACUGCUGAGUUGUUUAGGAAGUCAUGUCGUUGAUGGUGCGUUAGCCAGGGUACCUGAAUGUCUCCUGAUUUAUCCUGUAAUUCCUAUGUUGAUAUGGGUUUAUUGUUUUCGUAAAAGUCUGCUAGAUGGCAUAGCCUUUGGUUUGCCAUGUUUCUAUGUGAAAGGUUUGGACUGCAUUAUGGAAUAACGGAUGAUGAGCCAAGGGGAUUAGUGGGCAUGGAGUUGGUGACAAUGCACCUACUUGGGACUAUGUUUUUCUGACGCUCCCAUUAAAGUCUAUUGAAUAAAGAAAAGUGGCUAAAACACGCAAUAUUUUAGGAGAGGGGGAAAUGUUUCUCUCGGAACAGAAAAAAAUAAUUGGGGUCAUUGGAAAUGUAAGGUAACCUUAGCCCCGACUUCCAACAGUGUCUGUAAAUACACUACACCCCUCUUCCACCCUCCAUUGCAGGUUGUUGGCAUUUAUUCUGAUAAGAAAAAAAAGUUGCUGCCCUCAGAGACAGUUCUAGAUUGGAGGACUAGAUCCAGAAGUGGCCUACCCUCUACAGGGCAUCUUGGAAGGGAGGGCCACCCAGCUGUCAAUCAGAUUAAUCAUAUUUCAGGCUUAGUGCUGUGUGGCUGCAGGGUUGAAAUCAACAAUAAGCCUCUGUUCACUGUUUGAUGGUAAAAAGUAGCAGACUUAUUGCAGGUCUUAACACUAUAGUAGGGGGAUGAGGAGCAGGAGGUUAACAUAGGGAGAAGAAGCCCUAGGUAAGAAACAGGCUUGUAAACAGACAAUUUUUUUUGUAGAAGUCCCUGUCAGUAAUGGUAUUUUGGCUUACUUGUAAAACCAAAGAAGGCAGUGUCCUGAUUCUUCUUCAUCAUCAUAUAAUAAAUCGGAAUUCUGAAAAUCUAGGCAUGGGUUCCAAAAAAUUCUGCACACCCAAUCAAACAUUAGGACUUUUCAGAUUAUCUCAUCCAAUUAAGAUAUUUAUGUAGCUCUUUCAAUCUCAUCUUGAAAUGCGAGGCUCAGACAGGAGAAUGUAUAAUGACAGAUGGUUGGGAGUUCAAACUUUUUUGAGGAACACUGUAUUUUUGUGGCAUAUGAGAAGGGACAUACUUCAGUAAAAUUGGAUGUGUAUGUGAACUGAAGGCUAUAAGCACCUGCUCCCUUUUAGGUAGGUGAUGUGUAUUAAGUGUAUUAAGUGAAACCAACUUGUAUGCAAAAGUACAUGUGUAAGCUGCAAUGCAUGCAAAAUGCUCUGAGCAAAGAGAGAACACCAACCUGAAGCUCAUUUUCAUAUUCUGCCUAUACACAAUUUAUAAACUUUGGCUUUAUGUGAACUGGCUUCAAAGGACUAGCUAAAUAUUAUCAUGGGUAUCCACCCUGUGAUUUCCUAUCUGUAAUUUUAUUUUAAAUGUUAAUUUAAACACAUUGCUAAGUCCUAAACACAUUGCAAGCAUCACUAAUUUCUGUGAAAUGUAAAGUAUCUUUAAGGUUGUCAGCUUAUGCAAGUUUACUUUAGAGGAAGCUGCAUCGAAUACAGUGGAAGGUACUUCUGAGUAACUACAGUGGUACCUCGGGUUAAGAACUUAAUUCGUUCUGGAGGUCCGUUCUUAACCUGAAACUGUUCUUAACCUGAAGUACCACUUUAGCUAAUGGGGCCUCCUGCUGCCGCUACGCCGCCACUGCACAAUUUCUGUUCUCAUCCUGAAGCAAAGUUCUUAACCCGAGGUAAUAUUUCUGGGUUAGCGGAGUCUGUAACCUGAAGCGUAUGUAACCUGAAGCGUAUGUAACCCGAGGUACCACUGUAUAUGAUUGCACUGUUUGUCUUCUAUUUGUACAGAGAUAAAUAGGGAAACAGAAUGUGUGGGUGAAGGAGUGCAAAAUUACAGUUUUCUAAUGAACUUUUUUUGGUUCCUUUAUAAUUUGACUUCUCCCCUUCACCGGGGGUGCAGCAUUGCUGGAGGACAUCCAGGACCUCCUGGUGACCCGGGAGUGGGCAGAGGGAUGCUGCCCACGUCAUUAGGGCUCACAGCUGUGUCAUCCCCCCCCCCCCGGGCUGGCUGUUUAAACCAGGGCAUGGCUGGGGUGCAGCCUCCAUUCGCCUUCUUGUCAGAUCUCCCAGCCCACCCACCCUCUCUUCUAUGCAUUGCUUGACUUUGGCCCUACUAUGGACUAAUGUCAGCCGCCUGGUUGUGGGGGCCAGGUAGGAAUUUUCCCACUUGGCAAAUUGGCACCAGCCAUUUGAUUUUUGCCUACCUCUCAGCAUUCGUCACAACUUUGUAAGGUUAGGCAUUGGGUAAGCCUUGUUUAUGGGAGGGAAGGUUGUUGCCUCCGCCUGCCCCUCCUCGUUAAGGGUAUCCCGUUAGUUAAAGGGAUCUGGCGGUGUGGUUCCUGUCCAAAGCCUGGGCGUGGGCUAGGGCCAUGCCACGACCCCAUCAGGGACCCUGGGGGUGCUCUUAAUUGAUGUAUAUUGUAGGGCUCCCCCUAUCUGUGGUUGACCCUUUUGAGACUUCCUGCAGACAGGCAGGAAUCAGGAUAUAGUCUGGCUUCACCCAAAUGUCUAAACCAAACCGCUCCCAUCUGUAACCAGUAAAGUUGUGGCCUAAUCUAUCCCAUUAACCCAACAUAUUCGUGUCUGUAUGUUUAUUUCUGAGGGGAACUGCGGGGCCCGGGGUCUCGCCACGCAAAUGCUAUCCCUGGGAACUGCUAUGACAGGAGGCCUCAAGGUUAAGCAAAAAUAGUUCAUUCUUUUUCCUCCAUCUGCCUCAAGGGACAAGAUUACAAACCUUUGCUUUGACUUAGGGCUGAAGAGAACUUGGGAAGCCUCAGACAAAGAGGCAGAGAAUGUUUUGGGCAAAAGAAAGGAUCAAAGGACACAAAUGCUGAGGAGGGAUCAGGAAAAUGGGAAGUUCAAACAGGACAUGCUUGAGGGCCUAAGAAGAGAAAUGGAAGCUGGGGCAAGGGAAAUAUGGGAGGUACAGAAUGUUAUCAAAUGCAUAUUUUGUAUCUUGACACAUUAGGUAGGACUGAUAAGAUAGCAGAAAGAGGCAAGAUUCCCAAGAGAGAGGAGUGGAGGAAGGAGGUGGCUUAAGAGACGGCACACUAGAAGAAAUAGGUGCCAGGUGAAAAAAGAGGGAAAGGCAGCAGGAGUUGGCAUUUUCUUGCCCUUCAGCUAUAUGAAAAAUUUAAAGCAGAGAUUAGAAAAAUGUUCCUUAAAACCCGUAGUGUAUGGUCUCAGUUUGUCACCUGUUGUCAGCAAAUGUGAAAAUAAGCUCUAGUGAAUUCAGUGAAACAUAUGUGUGUAAAAACAUUCUGAGUGUUAGUGUAUUUGGGCACACUUAUUAAGUACUUGUGAAAAGCUUCAUACAAAUACCUUCUUUAAAAUAACAUAGGCCAGGAUAAUACUGUACUGAAAGAAUUUGUGGUGGCUUACAUAGCUUGAUGAUGUGCUCAUAUAAUGUAUGUGCUUAUUAACUCUUGUCCCAAGGCAUCUGUCAUGUUUAUGUAAAUGAAAUGGCUGCAUGUAUGAAGAGUUAUGACAUUAUAUGCUGUAGUCAGUUGAUGUCCUAGUCCUCACUGCUGGAUGAAGAACUCAAACUCGCAGCCUUGUUUCUGCGCAAUGUUGUAGUUAGCACAUGUACAUGUUAGUACAUGUAGUUAGUACAUCAAAGCAUUAGCAAAACAGUUUUUCUCUUAUACUUAUAGCCUUUUAUUCUAUGGAAAAGUUAUGGUGUGGGUCAAAUGUAAAUAAUACUUAAUUUCUUAUAAUGGUUUUAUGAAGGUUACUGUGCUUAUAUUAUAAACUUGCUCUUUGAUAAGCUUUAAGAAAUAUGGGCAUGUUGGCUUGAAUCCCAAGGCAUCUAGUGUAUGUUGAAAUGUGUUUUUACUUAAAUGUGUUUUCUGCUGACUCCUCCAUCUGCAGACCCCUAUUCCAUAUCAGAAACCAUUUCAAUAAGUCUCCCAACCAUGCAGAUAGGCCAUAGGAUCAGGAAAAUCCCAUUCUGCAAAUGGAACCCCUUUCACAAUUCUUAGAUCUAAGGUCAUUGUAAUGUACAACUAAGAGUGCUCUUUACUGGACCUUCUUUCCUUUGUCAGCACUCUUAGUAAUGGAAGAGCUCCAUUAUUUUAAAUUAGACCAAAAGAUGAAACUCUUGUACAUAAACAAACCAUAUUGUGCUUUUGAAAAUUUAUUGACAGUUGUGUCAAAUUGCUGGUAAACACAGCUUAAAUUUUGUGAGCAUAGAAAUGUUCUUGAUUGCCCCUAAAAACCCUCUCUCCCUUUGUGGAUUGUUAAAAUGGCGUGGAGAAUUGUUAAUCCCUUUAUUAUGUCACAUGUGCGGCAUAUAUUUUCAAAUGUGUAUAUUUAGCAGGCACUAUAUAUCACAGUUACCUCGGUUCAAGGAGUGUGUGAAGAGGAUGACCCUCAACUCCUACGUUUUAUUAAGUUCAAUGUGUUUGUCUUAACCAAGCCAAGGUUUGGUGAUGGUUAAUAUGUUUUAUAUUGUAUUAUGUAAGCAGACUUAGGAGAGCUAGACUCUGAAACAAGGGUGGCUAACCCAUUCUGGCCAGGUCUAAUGGGAGUUGUAGUACAAUAACAUCUGGAGGACCACAAAUUAGCCAGUCCUGCCAUAAAAUGUGUCCUAAAAUAAGUAAAUCCUUCACUCUUAGGAACAGCUAUCCUGCAGAUAUAUAGAGCUGAUGGGGGGGGGGGACUGGAUCCCAUGUACUAGUAGAACUUUCCUUCUGAUGAUUUGAGUGCCAGCCUCUGCCUUCAGAAUUUUGUGGGAAACAGCAUAUCUUGGUCUGUGCGUGUGUCACAUUUUUACUUCCUGGCUAUUGUGGAGGUAACCUAAAAAUAUUAUUUAUAAGUGAGUAAAUCAAUGAGGCACUCAUUUCCACUAACUAAUAAUGUUGUGAGUCCUAAAUCCAGUCAGGAUUAGAAUUUGGUUCACUAGCCAUUAGAUCGUUCUUGAAAUUCCAAAUUCAAGUCAAGAUUUGUAACCAGAAAGUAGCUGGUUAUGAGAACUAGUUCGCACACUCCUUGUUUGAGCCCUACAUUUGGUGAACGAUUUCUGCAUUGCAGGGGACUGAACUAGGAACCUUGUGGUUCCUUCCACUCCUGUGAUUUAUGAUCGUAGUGUAACAUUAUUGUUGCUUUUGUAUGAUAGGCCUUCAUUGAUGCUUUCUGAUAACUGUUACUAUGGAUUUAAAACUAAAAGGGAAACUUUUUAAAGUCUUUAAAAAAUCUAACUUAAAUAUUUAAAAUAUUGUACUUAAUAUCUAAAAAUUGUAUUUAAAAUAUUAUACUGGAUACUUUGAACAUAUAUCUGUGUUUAGCUUCAUUCCAUAACUUCAGGGCAAAAGUGUCUUAAUAAUAAAGCAAUAAAGGUUUUUUAUUAGAUAGUCAAGGCUGGCCCUACUAUCAAGCAGAAGGAUGUGGCUGUUUCAGAAGACAACUCCUAGGGAAAAUGGACAGAACGGUGUGUUGCAUGGGUUGCCCAGCACCCCUUAAGGUAGCCUACUGACCUUGGCUAUAACAGAGAAUGCUGCCCUAUCUCUUAGGCUGCACAAAAAUUCAGCUUGCAGUGUCCUGGAGGCAAGCAUUAUCAUGUCCUUUGCCUUAGGCAGCAAAAAUGUUGAGCCAGCCCUGUUUAUAGACUUCUGGUAGCCAUUGUUUUGGAAUUUGGAUUUGGCAAGGAAGCCUUGCCCACUCCGGACUAGUCUCUGCGUGCUCCACCAAUCAAGAAUCUCAUUCUCCUCUCAAAACCUUCAGAAACUGGCACUUUCUGCAGUAGCAUCACAUAAUAUGUGUUGCUUUGCAUUUGUGGUCCUGUAUAAACUAUUUGUAGCAAAAGCACCAAGAGUCUUGUGGCACUAACACAUUUAUCAUGACAUAAGCUUCCACACUUUGCUUUUGUUUUUGCUGUGAGAGAUUAACACAGCUACCUUUCUGGAAAUGACUGUGUUUAAGUUUGAUAUAUAGAAACAUAAGCAAAGAAACCUUCCUUUCCUGAAAGGAAUCGUAAGUCAUGUUGACAAAGCCAUUGUCUGAAUAAAGUUCAGUUGAUAGCAGGGAAGAAACAAUGUUAAUGUUUUCCUUUAUAAUAUUUUUAUUGGAGAAGUAAAAAAUAUGUUAAAUAAGACUGUUUUAGUUUGUUUUUCCCCUACCUUCAAGAUGUCACUUUAUUUAAAAAACUUGUAUCCUGCUUUGUAGCCAUUAAAAGACAGCUAUCUGUGGGAUUGUUAAUUCUCCCAGAAGUAGACAGCUAACUUACCAGCUCACAGUCCAUAGCUCAGUGUUUGGGUUUCUAAGAGGGGAGUUAUCCCUACACAUGCUGUACUUUUAAGAAACUUGUUUCAGUAGGCAGGAGGUAAUCAUAGAUGGAGUUUAGAGCUUAUGAGUGGCUGCAGCAGUUAUGAUGAAAGAUUGGCCUCUCUUUUGCUACAUCUGGCUAAUUCAUUUGAGUGAACAAAGAAAGUCAGAAACAUGACUUUCAUUUACAACUGUAAUUGAAAGAAAUAUAUUUCUAUUCUUGACAGAUCUGUCUUGGGAAUAAUACUUGUUGAAAAAUCACCUUGCAUGUAUUUUGUAUUUUACACGUUUUCCUCUUUUGCUUGAGGGUUGUUGUUUUUUCUCUUACACUCUAGCAAAGUAGGUAAUGUAGCAAUUUUGUAAUUUUUCCAGUAGAGAGCAGCCUUUUCUAAGAUGUCUUUUUGACUUAUUCUCACUUUGUUAAAGACUGAAUGAAUUCCGGUGUUUUUUAUAUGUUAUGAACAAUAAACAGAACUAAGUUACUUGCUUUUUAAAAUGGUAUGUAUGAAAGUUGUAGUUUGAUUGCUUUGUGUUAUUCUAUUUAUACACCAGCAAAAACUUGCAAAUUUCCCCAAAUCUGGGAAAGUGAUACUUGAUUCAUUUUUCAGUCAUUUGUUUUGUUCUGCCAUGUGGUACCAGAACAAAAGAACAGCACAACACGGAGAUCUUUUCUUUAUUCAGUAUUGCAUUAUCGUAAACUCUUAAUUUAGACAGUUUAAAAAUUGAUUGCUACUUAACAUUUAAAGUCCUCCCCCACCCCCGUGCUCUGCCAUUGUCAUGAUGAAAGAAUCUGUUAAACUUGGACUCAGCUGCCCCCAUAUGCUUCAUGCCAGUUCAGUGGUCUAUGAAGAAACAAGAGAUUGUCUUUCGUUCUCUCUCUCUCUUUUUGCUGUCACUGCUUCCAAUAACCUUCACUGUAAAUCAAACAAGUAAUAAUUUACAUGUCACUCCAUACUUCAUAACCUGCUAUACAAUUCAGAAAAUAGUACUAUUUUCUAAAUCAACUUAUUAUAGAAGAUAUAUUAAUGUACAACCGAGAAAUAAGUUUGCAAUUUAUUUGCAAUCAUUUGGAAUAGUAAGCAUCAGGGUAACGUUCAGCCACAUAACUCCUUUUCUUUAUUGUAAGGAGUGUUUGUGUUUGUGUGUGCUUAGACUCCACACCCCACCUCAAAUCUCUCCCAAGUCAUUAAGAUGCUACUGCUCUUUGCUUUUAUUAAAGGCCUGGGACUCUGGUCAGAAACCUAAUUUUGUCAGAGGACCACUGUGAUAAGGAGGGGGAAAGUCCCAUAGUUUGCCACCAAGUUUCAUUGUCACAGAUGCUGCUGCCCUGUAUCAUUCUCUUCUGUCUGGGGUUGACAAUAGGGAGACCACAUGACACACUACCCAAGGGCUGCCAAUUGCUGAUGCCUUAGCACCAUAGUGUUACCAGUUUCUUUUCAAGUGCUCAGUGUAAGAUAACCAGUUUUCUAUCAAAUCUGACCUAAAUUCAUAUUAGAUACAGUAGUUUCCCUUAUGGAACUUGACCAUUUGAAUUUAAUUUCAAAUAGGUUGGAUUAUCAGCCAGAUUUUGAUUCAGCAAUAGUCAUGAGUAUCACAAGGAAAACAGAGUUGGAUAGUGGAGAUAGCUGCUUGGUUUAGAAGAACUGCUUCUGCUCUCCCCAUAUGCUAAAUGCAACACUUUUUUUUCUAUUGAAAUGGUUCUAGUUUGAGCCAAAACAUUUCUCCAUCUCAGCAUUCCCCCAAGUAGUAUAGCGGUGUAUUGCUUUUGGCUGCUUCUCAUUGAGGCCAUACUUUAAAACAUUAAAUUAAGUAGCUGCAGUAUUAUUUUGAUUUGUUAUGCUUGCAUUGGACAGCUAACAGUACUGCUAGUGUACAUUCAUUCUAAAAACCCUCUUUGUACAUGUUUUCAGCCUUUAUUGCACUAGUGAUAUCAAGAAUGGAAAUUCUCUGUUCUCUGGGCACAGAUGUUUUAGCCACUCUGAGAAUUAACAGAUGAGAUUUAUAGGAAAGCUUUGUCCUAUAGCUUGCAUGCCAUUAAUAGCAUCAGUGUUAAAAUGAGUUUUCUACAAGACCAAGAUUGUAGUACUCUGGGUUGUGCUAUUCCAUGGUUUUUAAACUAUAAAGUCCUUCCUUUGGUUCUAAAUCAUAAAGUGCUUUAUUGUAUCCCAUGCUAUCCUAGCUCAUGCCCCAGACACAAUGGCAGAGGCUCUUACUUGAGAGUAAGAGAGGAAGCUUUAUUUAAGCAGGAUGCAGCAGCAGGCAAAAGCUGAUUUAGUCCCACAACUUCUACAAACAGGAUAGAAAAGGAACCAAGCUAGGGGCAAAGCCAGAAUUCUAAUCCAAGACCGUACGAGAGCAGCAAAGUUGUCCCAAGUUCUCAUGCCCACCCUGUAGGCUUAUAGCCAAGGUAGGACACACCCGUUAACUGUGAAAAUAAGCCCUGCAAGAAUAUUUAGCUUACAGGCAUGCACUCUGCUGGGGCAGGUAUGUCUGUUCACUCUGAAGGUAACCAAACUGUUACUUUUUUCAGUAUUUGAAAGGCAUAUACACUGAAGUUUUAAAAUUAUGAAUAUGUGUGUAUAAAAGAAUAUAAAUAUGAUAGACAGAUAGUACUUUUUUCUAAAAGAAAUGUUUAGGAGUACUCUCAUUUUCCUACUCAUUGAAAUACUGGCCUUCAAUGAGGCUAAACUUCUUCCUAAUUUCCUCUUCUCUGUGUGCAUCCCCAUACACCCUCAUAAUCUGCUUGGGGAACUGUCUGGAACAGAUUUUGGGGGCCCACAAGAAGAAAGAAAAAGGAAAUCCUGUUGUGUUAGUGGAAUGCUGCUUGCACAGUGGUGGAUACUCCCCUAAUGUUUUGAACCUGUCGAGAACCUUAAACAUAUAAAAAUGUGAAUGCAGUCAAUUAAUGGAGUAGAAAGACAAAUGAGAAAUCUGCUCAAACAUCACUUUGCAAAGCAAAAAUUCAGAAAUGUUGUAGCUUGUGGUAGAGUGUGGACUGUAGGGAAAUCAAUCACUGAUGCUAACGCAGAGACAGCUAAAAUACAGUUUCCUUAAUGCCACAACAUAAAUGGGUAACUACUUCCACUGUAAUCUAGUUUGGUUUUAGAAGCAGGAUGUGUGCAGGAGCUUUUCAUCGGAGGAUUAGACACAUAUCACUUACAUUUUUUUUAAAAAAGGGGGAAUAUAAUAGAUUUAUGUGGCAUAUUUUAUUUUACUGUACAGGAUGCCUCUGUGUUUUAUACAGAAAACACUGAACAUUACAUAGUGCUAUAGUCAAAUCUCUAAAUCAGGGGUCGUCAACCUGGCGGGUGCCAUGGCACUGGUAAAGGCUUCUAUUGGUGCCCUUGUGCAGGUGCCCCAGACUCUGAGUUUUUUUUUUUAAAAAGAUCCCAAAAGAUGUAUAAGAUGUAUUUGUUACUUUUUAAAUUUACUUUAAAACUUCAAUUUGCAUUCUAUUAGUGAUGUGAGUUAGAUUUAAAGUAUAGUUGUUUUUAGUUUGUGUAAUACUACUGCUUUAUUUUUGUUUUUUAAAUCGAUUUAUGGUUUUAGUUAACUUCUGUAGACCGCCUUGAGAGAGCUUUGACAUGAAAACCAGUAUAUAAGUACUUCAAGUAUAUAAGUAAAUGGUUUGCCUUUUGAUGAUAAAAAUGCUUGCACAAAACUCGCCCUCUGCUUUGGCUAAGCCAAAAUUCAAAGUGGAAGGGGCAGAAUUAGGAGGGCAAGGGCUUAAUCCACCAGGAAUGCUUGUAACACAAAUGCAAAACGAUUUUAAGUUUGCAUUGGAGCUCAGCUGCUAUUUCACUGAAGUUUGUGUAGGCGAUGUUCCUGUUAAAUUGUGCCCCGAGCCAAUAAAUGAAUAAUAAUAAUAAUAAAUCAUCAAGAAUUACAUUCUCUGUGCUGCACAACUGUAACAUGCUCCAUGUCUUUUGUGUGUUGUGAAAACGUAACUGUUGCAAAAAGUAGCUGUAAGACUUUUGACUAGACUGCCUUGGACUAGACUCAUGAUGCCAGUUUUGAAAAUGUGCACCAUAGAUUUUCCCUGUAAUUUGUGUAGUGCCUCAAACCAGUACUGACACCAGCCUAAUGUUCUCCAGAUGUUUUGGGCUACAACUUCCAGCAGUCGUAGCCAGUGCAGCCUUUGGGGAAGGCUGGCCUAGCCAGCGCAUCAGCGGGUUUCAGAAGUCUUGAUUUAACAAUCUGGGCCCAGAAUGACAUCUCCUCACAUUAUCUGGCAUCUUCAGAGAGUCCUUACUUGGUUCAUGGAAGCAGAAUGAGAGCAGUUAGAUCUUAGAUCUUCUCUGUGUGGCUUCCCCUACCCCACCCCUUUUUUUAGUUUCCAGAGAAGUGCACCUGCCAGCUCCUUUACGAGCUUUGGCAAAUUAGCCAAGACUUCCCUCUCUAGAAAGGCUUUUGAGUUUGAAUUGUUGUUUCUGCUAUAGAAAGGCCUUUGUAUAGUUUUUUGUUUUGUUUUUUUAAUAUCCUUGCUCUCCAUUUUGUGCUUAGUAUGUUUGAAUUCUUGUUUUAAGUGGUUCAGUUGCUGCCCCCCCUUUUUUCUUUUGUAUGCUGUUGCAGGUGUAUUCUCACUCGAUUGAGGACUGUUGGAUAGAACUAUAAAAUAGAAAAAAAUACAAUGCAUAUAUUCACUGUCUGGAAACAGGAUAAGGGGAUGCUAAUGUUUCUACAUAUUAGUAAUUGUAUAUAUGACUCAGGAACAUAUUACUCCCUUUGCUUAAACAGAGCAAGGUUGAGUUGAGUGGGAUUCUGAAGUGGCUGGCUAGACCAGAAAUUGUUAUUAAAAGAGCACACUUUUUAGCAAGGAAAGUUCUGAAGGUGCCCAAUAUACUUCUUUCUCUGAUGGUAAGGAUGUUUGGUCUUCCUCGAUGGAAGUCCCCAUAGACCACUCUGAGUGUGAAUGGGAGACAAAUUGAAUUAAUCUGUAAAAUAAAUGUUUUUUGUUCAUUAAAUAUAUUUGCCACAACUAUGAAAUCAUCACUUUGAAAACAUUUUUGUAAAAGUUUAUAUUUGUACAUGUGGAAAAUAAUAUUCUUAAAAUGUACUCUGCAUGUUGCUGUUCUUAAAGCUAGAAUGUGGUAACUUUUUGGUAGGAAUAGUUCUCUAGAAGCUCAUUUUACAAGUGUUAAGAGUCUGUGCUUCAUCUCACUGGGCAUAAUUAAAAGGCCCUUGCCUUAGAAAGUCCUUGGGCCCCAAGAGACUACUUUUCCUUGAGAGAGACUGAGUCCACCUUUUUGAUCCUAAGAGCCCGAUCCUAUUCAUAUUUACUUGGAAGAAAUUCCCACUGAGUUUAGUUGGGUGGGGUGUCAUUGUCUACAUAAGUCUUCCACAAACUCUGAAAUCCCUUUCUUGGGCAAAGUCUUUCUCUGAACCACUGGGAGUGUAAAUAUAGUGAUCCAAUUCAGACAUCUCAUCCAAGUCCUCUAAAGCACAGGUGGGGAUCCUUGGACUCACAGGUCAGUCUUUGCCCAUGAGGCCAUUUCCCCCCAACCACACUCACAUGUCAAUCAGUUGACAUCUCAGGUUGACAUCAGCAGUGGUGGGGUUCAAUCCAGCUGGGUGCUGCUUUGCCUUCGCAUUCCCUUCAGUGAAGAAUGGAGCUUUGAUUUAUUGCUAAAUCUUCAAACAUUGAUUUUGAUGGUCAUCUGAGCUAAUCCUUGCUUUUGUGCUGACUGGGUUUGCUUGGCAAUGUUUUGAAAUGUCUUACAUUAAGUAGGGCACUGAUCUUGGUCACCCUUCUAGAUGUUGGUGUGAAGUAAUAUCAAACAUUAAAGCAAUGGGGGUAGUGAUCAACACUGAAGAUUUUGUUCAAGUCUGUAACUAAUUCCGUUGACCCUGAAUGGCAGCACCUGAAUUAGGCUUGUGGGUAUCAGCAAGCUGCAAAAAAUACACUCAGUUUUUCAGUUGUAGGUGUAUCUAGUAGAACUGCUGUAAUGUACAUUUAGUGUUUGUGGUGGUGGGUUUGUUUAUUUUCAAAAGUUUAAUAGUAAGUUUGAAGGUCGGCAAUGCAGUUAAAAUAUAAUGCUAUAGAAUAACCUAUAUAAAAUACAAUUAUGGAUGUUUUGGAAUAUGAUUGUGCCCUUCAAAUCAGAACUUAAUAGUCUGGAUCUAUGGUGUGUUCUAUUUAUUUAAGAAGUCCUCAAUUUAUUAAGUUUCACUGAGCUGCUAAAUUAAAGCAAUUUACAGUUUUUUAGCAUUGUAUGAUUGUACAGUAUGAAGUUCUACAUAGUGAAAAAGCCUUGCUCUUUAUUUCAGUUAUCUAGAAAAGUACGAGAAAGUACAUCACUUUGGAGAGGAUGAUGAUGAGGUACAACCAGGCAAUCCAAAGCCUCAACUUCCUAUAGGUGCAAUUCCAUCUUCCUAUAAUUACCAGCAGCACAGCGUGUCAGGUAAUUUUUGACAAAUUAGUCGAUGGUAGCGCCAUUUGUCCUUGAUUUCCGUUGGACAAAUGGCACAAAAAGCCUACAGGUGCAUUGUUGCUAAUGAUGUAUUUUUGCCUUUAUAAAUAGAUUUUCUUCGACAAAGUUAUGGGCUAUCUAUGGACUUUAAUUCGCCAAAUGACUAUAGUAAAUUGGUGCUUUCUCUGUUAUCUGGACUCCCAAAUGAAGUGGACUUUGCUAUUAAUGUGUGCACUCUUCUAUCAAAUGAAAGCAAACACGUUAUGCAGCUUGACAAGGACCCCAAAAUCAUCACUUUGCUGCUUGCUAACGCUGGGGUAUUUGAUGACAGUAAGUUUCUACUUUGAAUAAUCCUUUGAUGAGCAAGUGUAUGCAGCAGAGUUGUUUCCUUGUUCCUCUUUUCCUUCUGCAUGCUCUGUCUUUUCCCAUCUUCUAUCCUACCUGUUUCAUAAUCCUACAAAAGAAGAGUCCUGUUGAAUCAGACUGAUGAUUCACCAUCCUGCUUUCAGCACUGGCCAACCAGAUGUUUCUGGGAUGCCUACAAAAGUCUGUGAAGGCAGCAGUCUUUAACAUCACUGCGUCUCUUCCCAGCCACUGACAUUCAGAGGAAUCCCAGCCAUGCAUCUGUACAUUCCAUUUAGCUACCAUGACUAAGUCUGUUGACAGAUCUGUGCACAUCCUUGAUUGUCUAUAGCGCUAUUAUUCUAGAGGAUAUUUCCUUUUCAGUCCCUUUCCUAAUGGUUCCCAACAUAGAAUUUUCUUUCUUUCCUCAGCCUUAAACAAAUAGUUACUACAUUUCUGAGAAAAGGUGCACAAGACAGGGCUAUUAAUAGCAGCCUAAUAUGUAGAAACAAUAUUCCAAUAAUUUCAUCUAUGAACCAACCCCUGAACUGAGGGGAUAUUUUGGAUUGGUACUUGACCCUAAAGUUCUCGCAAGUCACUGGUGAGAUGAUACACCAAAGUUAAAAUGACGCUGAUUCUAUUACCUCCAGUAAGCUGACCCACUUUUUGUCCAGUAGUUCUGUAUCCUGCAGUGUUCUUCUGCUGAGAUCCUUCCGGUCUCAUUGCUUCUAUAGCACACUUGUGCAAGUUUUUGUAACUUUCUUUUCUUUCUUUAAUAUUUCACAAUAGUUUGAAUUUCAAACAAGUUUCAGUAUUUCAAGCAUCUCUUGUGUUUUCUUGAAAUGGUUAAUCAUGUCUUGCUUUCUUAGUCUAGAGUAGAACAAGGAUCAUGGCCAAAUAUGUGUUUAUGAAGACUGGAAUAAACAAACUAAUGGGGUUUUGGGGAGAGGGGGGGGCUAUUUGUUUCUUGCAGCCAGAGAUUUAGGUGAGAAUAAUUGCUGAAGAGAUGUGCUUUUGAACCACUGGUAAAAGGGCAUGUAUGCAGCUACUGGCCACAUUUGGAUAUCAUACUAAACCAUAGGUUAAUGUAGGAUGCAUGAGCUGCAGCAAGCCUUGGGCUGUUGCCCUUCUCCCUACUUCUGAUUUGGCUACAAAGAGGAAUUAGGAAACUUCCACUUCCAGGUUAGAUUUGCUGCUGCUUGUUGUCUUCAGACUACACAAACUUUGAUUAUGGAUAAUGCUUCAUGAAUUAUGAAGCUGGCUUGUUAAACAAACCAUAGUUAGCAUUAACUGCUGCACCCGAAGGAGAAGAGACUGAGAAGAGACUGCAUUGCUGAAGAAGAGGAAAAAAGAGUGGAGUCUUACUAAACUAUGGUUGAGUGUGACAUCUGAAUACAGCCAUUAUAUUUAUUGAAACUGACAGAAUUUGAUGUUGAACUCCUGCCAUAAAGGCCAAUUUGGAUUAAAUCAGAGAGUCUGCAGCUGGCCAGCUUCCAGCUGAAGACAGAACUAAACUUCCUGUGUAAAAUUUUACUCUGGUACCUAGAGAAAUGUGUGUUUCAACAUAGCUGUAUAACACUAUUAUCACUCCAAAAAGAGAGCAUAAGAGAUGCAUUUUUUUGGUGGGGGGGGUUUCACAUCUGCCUUAAAAAAAUAUUCCAUAUUGCGGGCAUAUUCCAGAGAGUAAAUUUUAGGAUUUGAAUUCUAUGCAGCUGCUUGUUAUCAAACUUUGAUCAGCAUUGCAUAUAAGUCAGUUGUCCAGAUCCUAAAAAUCAAGUAUUUAGACUUGAAGAGUGCAGUCUAAAGGCUCGGGUAUGCAGAGAUUUCCCAUUCUCUGUAAUAAAGGAGACACUCCAUUCACACAUGUCAGUUUCUUGUGCACAUAGAACAUUCCUUUGUUCAGAGAAUAGGAUGAGCCUUGGAACUAACUACAUCAAUUCCUGUGGUUAUCUCAAAUAGUUCAAUGAACCUUUUAGGGUUUAGCCCAGGGGUAUUCAACCUUUUUAUACCUACUACCCACUAAUGCAUCUUAGAAAGGAACCAGGAUGCCUUCUUUACAUACACUGUAGGAUCUAAAUGUGGACAGAUUUCUAGGUGUCUGCAUUUCCACUUUUUUUUUUAAGUAGGUUUCUAGGCAGGCUGGAAACUGUAGACAGAGGACACCAACAUGCACGGAAUUGUGUGCACCUAAGAAAUAUGUGGCUUGAAGUUAUCGCCUUUUUGCCAUGCUAGUUCCUUUCAAGAAAAUUCUACUUUGUGCGAGAACUCAAAUAUGAGAUUCAGAUCAAAGCAAGCAAAAUGAACAGCUUUAUGCAACUAAGCAAGUUUCUUUGAAUGUUAUUUGCAUAAUGUUUUUAAGCACAACAUUUGAAUUUUCACAACGUAGAGUUUACUUCUUCAGCAUAGAUUUUUCACUCAUUUUUUCUUCUUCCUGGCUUGUUUAGCCUGUGGCAUAAUUAUAGCAGGUAGUUCCUUUAUUAUUCAGGAUUGAUAAAAGAACUCCCCCCCCCCAUUCUACUUAACAGUAGUCCAAUUCAUGCAGCUUUAGAUGAGUUGAUAUAAUGGGCUAUUGCCCUUCAAAAGAAAGCACUCUUCUCCAUGUUGUAAAUACCCCACUCCAAGCAGAAGACAUAACUCAAAACAAUUUAAAAACAUAUUUAUGCUACUUCUAAUAAACUGUAAUAUUGGUAGUAGAAAAGUAUAUUGCAACUGAAUAAGAUUGGCUGGCCACAAUACCGCAAAAUUACACUGUUUUCAAAUUAUCUAUAGUAUUGUCACAGCUGUUUAUGGACAAUUUUUAAUUGUAACUUUAAUGCUUUUUAACUCAUAGCUUUAGGUUCAUUUUCUACUGUGUUUGGUGAAGAAUGGAAGGAGAAAACGGAUAGAGAUUUUGUUAAGGUAAUUUUUAAAAAUAUAGUUUUAAAAACAGCAUGUCAAAAAAAAUGUGUGAUAGAGCCUUACAGUUUAACAGUGCAGCUUAAACAUUGUGCUUAAAUAGUAGUGACAAAGCUAGACUAAAGAGAAGGGAAUUUUAUUUAGAGUGGAUCAAAUAAAGAGCUCUCAGGUAUUUCAAAUAAGUGGGUAGGUGCAGGGAUAGAUUGAAAGCUUCCUUCUCCCCAGUAGGUGCUGCUGGAGGUAAUAAUACAGCGACUGUGUUAUUGUAGAUUAGUAUUGAGAAACAGCAUUUAGAAUGUGUGAAAGUCUCCUUAGUCAGCUCCAAAGUUAUAUGUACAACUUAGCUGAGUUUCAUGCAACCAAGUUUGCACACCCAUGUCAGUUAUUUUGUUGAGCGUGGAUAGUGUUCACGAUAGGCUGUGUGUACUGUUCCUUGAGAAGACACUGCAUUGUUGCAUGUUGCACACCACCACUCAGCCUUGUAUGCCAUAUUUUGACCUAUGUGUGUGAUAAACAAUUCAGGUGGUUCUGUGCCGUGAGCACUAUAUACUAGGUCCCAAAAUAUAGCAUUUCAUGCACACAGUGGAUGUAUUAGAGAUGCUUUAUUUAAGAGCCCCAAAACAUUUGUUUGCCCACUAGAGGGCACGAUCAGCUGUAUUAAUCCACUAACAAGAAAACUUAAGGUAAAGCAUCUUUUUGUGUUAAUAUGUAAGAAUUAUUAAUUACUUCAUCAGUUUUUGCAACAAGCAAAUAAUGACAGUACAGGUGGAUUGUAUUAUAUAUGUUCAUGUGUUGAUGAAAAUAAUCCAGAAUUUGACACUUUUGAAACCGAAUUUGAGGCACUUGAGAUCAUAAAAACGAAAUACAUUUUAAAAUAUGUAAUUUAAUUUUAUUGACAGAAGUGUGUGAAACUAAAAAGGACCUCUGUAUCUAUGAAGUAAAUGUGACUUUUCUGCCCAGAUUUAACAUUUCUUAGGCACUAGUGAAAAAGUUUCCAUAUAUACAUUUUUCAGGCAAUUAGCUAAUACUAUUUUAAAUAUAAAUCUAUUUCACAGAGAAAAAAGUAUAAAGUCUGAAGAUAAGAUUAAUAACAAUAGGAGAAAUGCGGAGAAUGUCAAUUUGCCUUCAUAGCAAAAACGGUAGCAUUCAGUAAUUAAAAAUGGUUUCUUGCUGAGGGUUUUAUCUUUAUCUCAUUGAAAUAUUGGUUUUCUAAUAAAAACAUCUGUUUGAGAAAAGUGUCCAAAGUUUUAUUCGUCUAGCAGUUGUAGCACAGCACCACUUAAAAUUGACGCCAUGUCCCUUCACUGCAAACAGUUGUUAAUGGCAAAGGAUGCAUGCAAUCCCAUAUUGCCUCCCAGCCCAUACUUUCCACUCAGUUAAAAACAAUACAAGCUUGGAGGAAGUGGAAUGGGCCAGAAUUUGGUAGCUGUACAGUGGUACCUUGGUUCUCAAACUUAAUCCGUUCUGGAAGUCUGUUCCAAAACCAAAGCAUUCCAAAACCAAGGAGCACUUUCCCAUGGAAAGCAAUGCAAAACGGAUUAAUCUGUUCCAGCCUUUAAAAAAAACCCCUAAAACAGCAAUUUAACAUGAAUUUUGCUGUCUAACGAGAACAGUGAUCCAUUAAAUUAAAGCAAUAAUCAGUGUACUGUACUAUAAAAUAAAUAAGAGUAUUGUAGAUGAUAAAAAUUAAAAUUAUUUUUUCCCCUUACCUGCACUGAUGAUAGUCAUUGUUUGGAUGGGGGGGCUUUUAUCCAUUUCCACAGUCACGCAAUCAAUCAACCAAUCAGUAGCUGAACUGGGUUUCACACAGUCACAAAAACAAAUUCACGAAAAACACAAAAUAAAUAGCAAAAACAAAAGCGCCAAACUUAAUCUGUUCCGGAAGUCUGUUUGACUUCCGAAAUGUUCGAAAACCAAGGCGAAGCUUCUGAUUGGUGCAGAUGCCCCGGAAACAAUAGCCAACAGUCACAUCGGACAUUCGGCUUCUGAAAAACGUUCAAAAACCUAAACACUUACUUCGGGGUUUUCAGCGUUUGAGAACCAAGGUGUUUGAGAACCAAGGUACCACCACAAUAGCCUGGUGCGCUGAAUGACUAUGCAUUCAUAUUGCUGGGUUGGGGAACGCUCUGUUUGCAUCUUUUGGGGGAUCCUUCUACAUAUGGGUGCUGUGCUUCCAGGGGGAAGAAUUGUGUCGCAUGUCAUUUGGUCGUUACACCAAAAAGGCCACAAAUAGUUAUUGCUAGGGGUGCAUAAAUAAAUGUACCAAAUUAUAUAUGUUUGACCUGUUACAUCCGUUGAAUAUUUGUGUCCCGAGGAAAGAUAGUCCAGGAAUGUCUCAUUGUUUAGUGAUAGCAGUAACAGGAGCUUCAGUUAUGUUGUGAGGAUUUUUUAAAUAGGAAGCUUGGAUGUUUUCCAAAAUCUAUUUAUAAUUGUUACAGUGUAUCUAGUAUGAUAGCACAGUUUUAAAAAGAAUUACUUAGGAAUGCCAUUUAGUAACACUGCUUCUAAAAUUAGCUAUAUUUUGGAAAUUCUAUUUUUUCCUUUUUUAAUAUUUAGUAGUAUAGUGCACCCUACUUAAAUGCUUACCGUAUUUUUCGCUCUAUAACACGCACCUGACCAUAACAUGCACGUCGUUUUUAGAGGAGGAAAAUCCGUAGGCAUGCCACCCGUAGGCAUUUCCUCCAUAACACGCACAGACAUUUCCCCUUACUUUCUAGGAGGAAAAAAGUGAGUGUUAUGGUGCAAAAAAUACGGUAAUUGUUUCAUGUUUUAAUGAAGGCGUGCAUUAAGUGGAUUUUAGACGUGUCAUUUCUAUUACUGUACAUUCAAUAAUUGAUAAAGAGAUCAUGUUUGCAUAAAUUGUUAUAUAGUGUUACAUUUUAUUUUCUUCUUUGAUUUCCCCCCCCAAAUAGUGGAAUAGUGUUUAAGCUGUUCUUUUUAUGCUUGCUCUCCCAACCAAGUGUGAAUUAGCUGCACUUUCUUGCCAUGAUAUUUACAGUGACCCUACAUACGAGUUUCAUUUAGAGAUAGAAGAACAAGAGACUGAUAGGAUUAAAAAUAAGCAUAUAACAAAAGGUGGCAGAUGGCUUAGAGUUUUGUUAUUCAUGCUGAUGUCUUUUACUUUUAAACAUGAAAUUAUUUUGCGUCAGUGGUUGUUUUGAUUUAAAAUGAUGCUGUAGCAUUGGCCAUCAAGAAUGGGGAGCAAAUGUCCUUCUAGUUGUUAUUGGGACUUCAGCUUCCACCAGCCCCAGCAAGCAUAGCUAAUAAUCAAGGGUGAUUGAAGUAAUAUGGAGUCAUAGUCCAAGACUAUCUAUAGGUUCACAGCUUAUCCCAAAUUGAAAGAAAAUAAAUUGAGCACAUUAAAUAAAAAGAUGCAAAUAUCCAACCAAAAAAAAUGGAUGGUAUUUGUUCGUUAAAGAAAGGCACAACAUGAAUAAGUUUUUGAAGUGCAUAAUUCUGUCACUUCAUAUCUGUAGCUAUGCAGCUAAAUGCUGAAGGCAAAAUAGUACUUUUGGGUCAGGAGUGUACAAUCCUGCACUGUAAUUUUAUCAUGAUUUUUGCUUCAUAACUAAGUUAUUGUAGGUAGGUAGAUAGAUAGAUAGAUACCGUAUUUUUCGCCCUAUAGGACGCACCUAGUUUUUUGGGGGGGAAAUAAAGAAAAAAAAUUAUUCUCCCCCCCCAGCCGCGGAUAUCUGCCCAAAGCGCGGGGCGCUCUGCUUCAGCGCGCCCCAUGCUCCAGACAGCAGGCUGCUCUCCGCAGCCUAGGGAACUCCUGCGGGCUCCCCAGGUUUGCUGAUAGCUUCCUGAAGCCUGGAGAGCGAGAGGGGUCGGUGCGCACUAAUCCCUCUCACUCUCCAUGCUUCAGCGAAAGUCUGCAUUCGCCCCAUAGGACGCACACAGAUUUCCCCUUCAUUUUUGGAGGGGAAAAAGUGCGUCUUAUAGGGCAAAAAAUACGGUAGAUAUAUUGUCCAGUAACACUUUAGAAACCAACUAAGUUUGUUCUUGGUAUGAGCUUUUAUGUGCAUGCACACUUCUUCAAAUACACAUUUUGUAAUCAGAUACACAUACUGAUAUUGUAAUCAGUCUCAUCAUUUCCCCCGCAUCACAAUGGGUUUUUCAGACUGCUACCUUGUUCAAGGAAACUUUGCAAUAAAAAAAUAAAUCAAUGUUUGUUUGUUUUUGUUCAGUUUUGGAGGGAUAUUGUUGAAGAUAAUGAAGUACGUGACCUCAUUUCAGACAGAAACAAAUCUCAAGGUGAGUUACGUCAAAUGAGCAUUGGAUUAUAUCUGGGGUAUCUAGAGCAGAAACUGUUCAAGUGAAUGUGUUGUCUUUUAUAGAUGCUACACCAGAAGACUGGAUAUGGGAGUCUUUAUUUCAUCCACCACGCAAGUUGGGCAUUAACGAUAUUGAAGGACAACGGGUUCUCCAAAUUGCAGUGAUUUUACGAAAUCUUUCCUUUGAGGAGGGAAAUGUAAAGCUGUUGGCAGCUAAUCGUACCUGUCUUCGUUUCUUAUUACUCUCUGCUCACAGUCAUUUUAUUUCUCUAAGACAGUUGGGGCUUGACACAUUAGGAAACAUUGCCGCAGAGGUAAGAAACAAAUUCAAAAUAUGCUCUUUAUGAGUUAAAAGGCUUGAAUCCCAAGGCUGGAUUGAGUUUAAACAUUAAGGAUUCUCAUAUAAAAGGGGACUAGAGAUCUUCCAGACUCUUUCCUGUUGUUUCUUAUUAUCUCUUCAAAUAUUUUCGAGAACAGCAAGUUUCUGCAGAUAUUUUUAGUCCACUGAAAUUGUAUCCCUGUGUUCUUCAUAGCAUGUACUUGUAAUCAUGGAAUGCCUCAUUUGGAUGUAAAGAUAUGGGUUGUUUGUUUUGUUUCAAAGUAGUAUCCCUGUUCUUUGUCUGGGAUGAGAUUAAACAAUUAGAUUUCAUACCCUCACCCGAAAUGUAACCCUUCACUAAAAUCAAAAUCCAGAUAUUGUCAAUAAUACUUUUACAUUUAACACUGAAGAUUGGCUACUGUUCUCCUAGCUUGCGCCCAGUGCAUUCUUAAUACAGUAAAAGUGGCUGUUUUAGACUUCCUUUGUGGUGUAUUCAAAAGGGCCCUAAUCUCUUCAAAUUCUGGAAAUGUCCUAUACAUUUAAUGCUUAUUUUUCCUGGUAUGUUUAAAGCUAUUGGCUGGCCUUCCAAUAUAAUCUAAACAAGCCAUAAAGUAGUGCAAACAAAGCCAUACAGAACAAUCCUAUACAUGCUUACUCAAAAAUAAAUCCUUUUGUUUUCACUGGGGUGCCAGAUAAGAACAGAUAGAACUGUAACCUUAGGCUGCAAUCCUCUGCACAUUUACUUGGCAAUAAUUUUCAUUGAACUCAGAGAGAAUUUUUAGUAGAAAUGAAUGGAUUUGGACUGUUAUUUCCUUUUGCUUUCAAAAUUUCAUACACGAGACUGAAUUUAGUGGUAAUAAAAACAGUGAAAGUUAAUGAAGAACAAGCUUUACUUAUCCACAGUAGUGGAAAUGAUAUAGCAUCCAUUUGAAAAUGUUUUCAGUAUUGAAUGUGACAUCUUUCUAAUCAUUUCGGUGAUUGUAAAUAUUAUUCUCCAUUAUAAGUACAUCACUCAGGUAAAAGUGCUUUCUUUCUUUUUCAGCUUCUAUUGGACCCUGUUGAUUUCAAAACAACUCAUCUAAUGUUUCAUACUGUUACAAAAUGCUUAAUGGCAAGAGAUAGAUUCUUAAAAAUGAGGGGUAAGCUGUUAUGUGGUUAUUACUUCUAGUCUGGAUAAUUGAGGAUAAAGAUGUUUGGUUCUAAAAUAUUUGUUUUUGUUUCAGGCAUGGAAAUCUUGGCUAAUCUUUGUAAAGCUGAGGACAAUGGUGUCUUAAUUUGUGAAUAUGUAGAUCAAGAAUCCUACAAAGAAAUCAUCUGUCAUCUCACUUUGCCUGAUGUGUUACUUGUCAUAUCAGCUUUGGAAGUGCUCUAUAUGCUCACUGAAAUGGGUGAAGUGGCUUGUACUAAGAUAGCAAAAGUUGACAAAAGCAUAGGUAAGAGCAAUUUUUUGAAAUUAUCAAUAUCCUUAGCUAUAGGCUCACAGACAUGUUUCUUAUUAAGUAAACAACAGUUAAUACAGUUCAGUGGGUAGAGAGUUUGAGUUGGAUUGUAAAGGCAUUGGUUCAAGUUCCCAUUGUGCCACAAAAACUUAUUGUGCUGUGAUCUUAAAAGGUAAAGGUACCCCUGCCCGUACGGGCCAGUCGUGUCCGACUUUAGGGUUGUGCGCCCAUCUCACUUAAGAGACCGGGGGCCAGCGCUGUCCGGAGACAUUUCCGGGUCACGUGGCCAGCGUGACGAAGCUUCUCUGGCGAGCCAGCACCAGCGCAGCACACGGAAACGCCAUUUACGUUCCCGCUAUAAAGCGGUACCUAUUUAUCUACUUGCACUUAGGGGUGCUUUCGAACUGCUAGGUGGGCAGGAGCUGGGGCCGAAAGACGGGAGCUCACCCCGCCGCGGGAUUCGAACCACCGACCAUGCGAUUGGCAAGCCCUAGGCGCUGAGGUUUUACCCACAGCACCACCCGCGUCCCGCUGUGAUCUUAGCCAAUUCCUAUUUCGCAGACACUGUUACCCAUUUGUAAAGUUGGAGUCAUACAUUUCCCCCCCCAAAAAAAAAACCCAACACAAACAAGAAUUGUAAAGGACUUUUGAAAAUUAAAAGUGCUACAUAAAAGUAAGGCUGUUGCAGUGCAGUUUUUUGUCAUUUGCACCAAAGAAAUGCAUAUUUUCAACGAGGAAGGUUGCACAAAACUGUGCACAAAAUAAAUUAUGCCAAUAAGUAAGUUGUGUAAACUUGCUUAGUUUGCAUGCUUUGUUCUGAUCUCAGUAGUUGAGUAUUUACAGAAAGAGGGUGGAUGAAAAGAGUGAUACAAAGUCAAGAAAAGUUAAUAGUAAACUAUGGAAGGUAGCAGAUUAAUAUGCAGGUAGCAUGACUAAAAACCACCAACGAAGGAUGACUAUCUUGUGAUCUGGAGGCUCUUUUGAUACUUUCCAUUUUUGUCCAUUAGAACAUGGGUAGGCAAACUAAGGCCCAGGGGCCAGAUCCGGCCCAAUCGCCUUCUAAAUCCAGCCCGUGGACGGUCCGGGAAUCAGCGUGUUUUUACAUGAGUAGAAUUUAUUUAAAAUGCAUCUCUGGGUUAUUUGUGGGGCAUAGGAAUUCAUUCAUAUUUUUCUUCCAAAAUAUAGUCCGGCCCUCCACAAGGUCUGAGGGACAGUGGACCAGCCCCUUGCUGAAAAAGUUUGCUGACCCCUGCAUUAGAAUAUGGUUUCUUUUAAUACCUUAGAUUCUCAAGAGUCCAUACUAAGUACUGGAUUCUAUGUCUGAUGCUACGCUUUAUUAUCAAGUUGACACAUUCAUAAGAAACAUGGUCUUCCUAGAACAUCUUCAAAUAACUGAAUCUGUUCCCCCCCACCCAAGAUUAUACUAAAUGCAAAAGCAGAUAUCUGGAUUCUUCAAUUAUGAUUUCAGUAUAAUACCUCCUUUGAGGGGUUUUUACAAUCAAGUAGUAUAUAAAAUUAUGAGUUAAAUGCAAUAAUAAAUACCAGGCCAAGAAAAAUGCAUAUACCAAACUUAUAAAGCUAUUUUCAUUUUCAUCAGUUGAAUAGAGAAAGCGUAAUAAAUGAAUUGUCCUUCAGUUUCUAUUGUGUUAAUAUUAAUAUGAUUAAUAUUAAUGAUUCAGAUACAUUAGUAUGUCUGGUCUCAAUGGACAUCCAGAUGUUUGGAUCAGAUGCACUCGGGGCUGUAAAACUUGUCGAACAUCAGAGUACGAGCCAUCUACUCUCCGAUAUCAGGCAGCAGCAAGUGGAGCAGGUUCCAUCACAUACUACCCCAGGUUAGUAUUGCUGUUGCUAAACAAAUUAUAUAAAAAUUAUAUUGUAUAGUGUAUGGUGUUCACCUUUUACUGCAUUGUUGGGGAUCCUCCAGCCCGUGGACCUAAUUAGGCUAGCCAGGCCUCCCAGUUGGGCACACCAGGCCACUUUGAGCUAGCUACACCCACCUGUUAAUUCAUCAGACGUCAGGUAUGGGCUAGAUAAAGCCAUGGCUGCAAAGGAACAAUUGGGAGCCUUAGAGUGUUUCUUUGGGACCCUGGCUUGCAUUCAGCACUGAUGGCAUUGGACACCAAAUAAAUGCAAGCUCCACUACCUUCAGGCAGAGUUGCUCUCAGGAAAACAAGUCCAAAUACACGUUUGAGAAAUAGUAAGGGGUGGAAACUAAACAAAUGAAAAGGGUGGUGAGGUGGUGGUUUAAAUCCUUGACCCUGACUGUUAUUUCUGUUCCAUAGCAUCAAGAGCACCACAUGUUGCUCCACCACCAGGAAUAGUAGAAAUUGACAGUGAAAAAUUUGCAUGCCAGUGGUGAGUACAUAAUUCAAGGAUUUUAAUGCUGGGAGAGAAAGCCAACCAUAGGAGAAUGUUUAAAUUUAAAAUAUUUUCAUUUUAAAGGUUGAUGUAUAUUUUAGAAAUAAAAAUAUUCUGAUGUUGUUUAGAAGAAAUAUUAAUCAGCUAAUUUGAACAUUGCUGUGUAGUAGUGCACAGCCUUUUCAAGAAAGGCUGAAUGAUACAGUAUUCCUUUCUAUUUUAAGUGUCUUGGUUUUCAGAUAAGAGCAUAAAGCAUUUAAUUAUAUCUUCACAGCAAGGGGCUUGAUUUUUACCCUUGUAUUAAGAUGGCUGUUGUAUGUUCUGCUCUUUCUUUCUUUCUUUCUUUCUUUCUUUCUUUCUUGUUACAUCCCGUGCUUAAAUGUUUUCAUAGAUUUGCACAUUUUCAUACAUAAGCACUAUGUCUCUGUCUCUCUCUCUCUCUCUCUCUCUCUCUGUGUGUGUGUGUGUGUAGUUCAGAAAUGUUUAUAUCAAGGAAGCACAGCUUAGUGUGAUAAUUUCUGUUGAAGAAACACUGAUAUAUUAGCCUUUACAUUAGGCCACCAUAGCACCAUCCUAUACUAUAUUCAUUGGAAUAUAAAAUUCAUUAUCAUACUGUAGGAAUAAGCAACUGUAUAGUCUUUUUCAAGAGGUGCCAGACCUACUGUAUUGCCAUCUAUACAGGUGCUUACCAGGCUGCCUGUGUAACUGGAAAACAUUCCAAAGUAAUAUCAAAGCCAUGAAGAGACUUUAUUUUGCAGGGCAGUGGAAGAGAUCCAAAGGCCAGCCAGUGCCCCAUGGAACUGGAGUUGCAUCCAGAACCUUAUGCAGUGCACAGAGGCUCUUUGUCAGAAAUGUAGAUGUAGGAAGUGCUUCUUAAAAAGUUUGAAAAACAUGGUUGCAGAACAGUAAGCCAGUUAGUUUUUGCAUAUGUGCUUAUAUAGUUUGUUUCUCUCUCCCAAAUCGUUUCCUUAGGUUGAAUGCCCAUUUUGAGGUCAAUCCAGAUUGUUCAAUCUCCCGAGCUGAAAUGUACUCUGAAUACCUCUCCACGUGCAGCAAACUAGCUCGCGGUGGAAUCCUAACAUCAACUGGAUUUUAUAAAUGUCUUCGGUAAGUUUAACUUAUUCACAGAAUAAAUCACAGCCUGGGGAUGUGUGGUGUUCUGCAGUUUGUAUUGAUUUGCAAAUUUAAGGAGAAAGUGUGCUAUGGAUAUGACCAUCUUGUAUUGUUAAAGGUGGCAGUUGUUGGUAUAACCAUUGUUUUUGCUAUUUUCAAACAUUCCGUGUGGGUUUUUCAUUUUAUCUUAGCUAUCUUUUGAAAACCCAAACCUAAAACCUGGAGCCAAGAGUCUGGGAGACCUUCCUUUGAACCUGCUGAUCUAUAAGAAAAAAGUAGCUGUGGGAUGCAAGCAGCAUACUGUGCUGAGGAAAUCUAGAACAUUUUAUAGUGCUUUUUCUUUCUUGCCUUAGAUUUCCACCUCGCCCUUAAAUAGCAAUCAUUGCCAUGGCCCAUAUGUACUCCAUUGCCUUUUUGAAAUUUUCUCAGGCUUAGAAGGCACAGUUUCCUUCCUGUGCUGUUCCCUGUUUUAAAAAUAACUGGAUGGAAUUCAGUACUAUUUUUCUUCCAGCACUCGUUUUCUGUCUCCCUCUGAUCCAUUCUUCUUCCCAAGUGCUCCACUACUGUGUUCUCUUCUCCAUACCAAUUCCAUUGCCAAUGCCCACACUUCCUUGGUGCUGAAACAUGAACUGAUCAUUGCUUACAGCAGGCUUGGUUGGGAAGCACUGAUAUAAUCGCUACUUCAGAACCCUCACGUUUGGCAGGAAACUGAAAUGUCCAUCAAUUGCCUUGAGGAAUGGUUUUUCUGACGUAGUUUACCACAAUACUUAGAAAAUAUACUUGCAUACAAAGCUAGAUUUUAUGCUCAGAAGAUCAUUGAAAAAAGCGAGCAAAAUGAAUUAGUAUAUCACUGCUACCAAUAAUGUGUUUGUUUGCUUGCUUGUGUUUGGCAGAACUGUCUUUCCCAAUCACUCAGUGAAGAGAAUAGAGGAUACAAAUAACAAUGGGCAGGCACAUAUUCAUGUGUUAGGAGUGAAAAGGAGGGCUAUACCUCUCCCUAUUCAGAUGUACUAUCAGCAACAACCUUCGACAACCCCCGUCCUUCGGGUUGAUUCUGUUCCUGAUGUAGCUCCUUCUCCUUCACCAGCAGGUAAUUUAUGCACUGUGAAUAUUUUAUGUUGAGUUUUGAAUUGAUUCAGAGCAUAAAAUGUUGGGCUGGUUCAAGUACUGCAGUAUUAUGUCGUAUGUUGACCAAGAGUCGCGCAUGUUUUGGGAUGGUGCUGCCCUAGCUGGCAAGGUUGGAGUCAUGCAGGGGCAGCAGCAGGAGCAUAAUGCCAGUAUGCUUUGUCCAUCAGUGAACCCACACAGCCCCAACUUCUCCACCACCCCAUGCGGCUAAACAAGAGUGACACCCGUGUUGGGAAGGCAGGUCUGGCCACUAUACAUGCUGCUACCCAUUGUUGUUGUUGUUUAGUCAACUCUUCGUGACCCCAUGGACCAAAGCACGCCUGUCUUCCACUGCCUCCCGCAGUUUGCUGCUACCCAUAGAGACAUAUAUACCCAGUGUGGCAUGGGAACUAAGGUUACACGCACAUGCAUUCUGGCUCUUUUCUGCAUCUAGAGUCUGAUGCAGUUGAUUAUGUAUAGCCUGCCAUAUGAUCUUUCCACUACAAAGAGAAGGCAUGCAGAUCAUAUGGGUGAGACAUUCCUGCUGAUGUGCAGGGCAGUACCUGACAUUCUACAUGGAGGCUGAGGGGGAGCCUGUGUUCCAAAGCCAUGUGUUUACUAAGCUGCCCUGGAAUUGUGAUUUUUUUUCCAAAAGCAAGAUAUACAUGAUAUAAGUGUACUGCAUGGUGGGCUGGUGUGUGAAAUCACCAUAUUUUUCUGUCUAUAAGAUGCCCCCUAUUUUUGGGGACUCAGAUUUAAGAAAAUGGGGGGGGGAGAUGUAUCCAUGUAUAAGACGCCCCCUAAUUUUUGACAUUUUAAAGGGGAAAAACCUAGUCUUAUACACGGAAAAAUAUGAUAUGCAGAUAUACACAUACACAACCCUGGAGACAACACUACAAUGCUUUGGAAACCAUUUUUUCUGGGGGUAGAGGAGAUUACUUCAGCUGGUUUCCAUGUUAGUUGAUGUAAAUAAUGCAAAUUAUUAUUUAACAACUUAAAUCGUAAGCCUGCAUUUUGUAGCACACUGAUGUCAUCCAAAAGCAGGUCAUGUGUACCUGGCAAAUUGGGCAUUCAUCUGGGGUGAACCAUAACAACAACAACAAUUUUAUUAUUUAUACCCCACCUGUCUGGCUGGAUUGCUUCAGGCACUCUGGGCUGCUUCCAACAUAUAUAAAAACAUGAAAAGUCAAACUUACUGAUACAUGGCUGCCUUCAAAUGUCUUCUAAAAGUUCUGUAGUUCUUUAUCUCCUUAUGAUGGCAUUCCACACCAUUGUUGGCCCUUGGAGUUAUAAGGAGAGGAAGGGACAUACAUGGACACCAAGUACAGUGAUAGAUACUUGAACCUCUGUCUGGUAUGUACUGUGGUUAGUGCUGACUCCAAAGCUAAUUAAAAAACCAUGCGUGUUUAAGUUAACUAAUAAUACUUCUACUUUGAAAUGUUGCUUGCUAUAAUCUCAAGGUUCCUACUAAUGGCCUCCCCCCCCCCAUUUUAUUUGGUCUACAGGACUCCCACAUGGACCGCCAAGUGUUGGAAACUAUUUUCCAAGGACCUCUAUUAACAAUCAGUCUUCAACUCUAACUGCAACACAAAUGUCUUUUCCUAUUCAAGGUGCACCUGCAGUGGUACAGACUGGCUCCAGGAUACUACAGAACCCUUCAGUUCACAGUCAGCAACAACAAAAUGCUCCCAUGACGGUCAUACAGAACAAAGCUCCAAUUUCUUGUGAAGUAGUCAAGGCCACAGUCAUACAGAGCACCGUUCCCCAGUCUGCAGUUCCUGUUACUAUCGCUGUAGGCGGUGGCGCACAACCUUCCAAUCAGAAUCCUAGCAUUGCAGGGCCACAGCCCUCCGUUACUGUUGUCAGCUCUCAGACUUUGCUUCAUCAACCUGUAAUUCAGCAGUCCCCUUUGCACGCGGUGGUACCGGGACAAAUACCCUCAGGCACUCCUGUUACGGUAAUUCAACAAGCUGUACCUCAGGGCCAUAUAUUUGGCAGAGUACAGAACAUACCAGCAUGCACAUCAGCCGUUUCCCAGAGUCAACAGCUCAUUACCACAUCAUCACAGCCAGUACAAACAUCAUCUCAGCAGUCCACAGCUGGUAACCAGCAACAAGACACGGUCAUCAUAGCACCUCAGCAGUAUGUCACAACUUCAUCUUCCAAUAUAGUUACUGCUACUACAGUUCAGAAUUUCCAAGUUGCUGCUGGACAGGUGGUUACGAUCGCUGGCGUCCAAAAUCCACCGACAUCUAGAGUAGGGUUUCAGAACAUUGCACCAAAGCCCCUCCCUUCUCAGCAAGUUCCCGCAACAGUGGUACAGCAGCCCAUGCAGCCAUCACAGCAACAGCAGCCUCCACCACCUCAGCAAAGUGUCGUGAUCGUAAGCCAGCCAGCUCAGCAAGGUUCAACGUACGCACCAGCCAUUCACCAAAUUGUUCUUACCAAUCCCGCUUCGAUACCCACUGGCCAAGCUGUCCAGUUGGGUGGGCAGCCAAACCUAACGCCAGCUUCCUCCCCGUCACCUGGACCAAUUUCAAAUAAUCAAGUCCCUACCGUAAUAUCCUCUCCACCGCUCACCCCGCAAACGCAAGGACCCCCUCCCACGGUCAGCCAGAUGCUUUCUGUGAAGAGGCAGCAGCAGCAGCAGCAGCAGCAUUCACCAGCACCGUCCCAGCCACAGAUACAAGUCCAGCAGCAACAGCAGGUACAGAUGCAAGUUCAGUCGCAGCAAAAUAACCCAGCAGUGGGCCAGCCUCCUCCUAGUGAGUCAAGCCUGAUAAAACAGCUGUUGCUUCCUAAGCGAGGCCCAUCGACUCCUGGAGGCAAGCUAAUUCUCCCAGCGCCGCAGAUUCCUCCUCCAAACAACGCAAGAGCUCCCAGCCCUCAAGUGGUUUAUCAGAUGGCAAAUAACCAAACACCAAGUUUUGGAGUUCAAGGGCAGUCUUCAGCUCAGCCACUCCUAGUUGGACAGCAAAACGUUCAGUUGGUGCAGAGUGCAAUCCAGCCCCAAGGAACAGUCCAAACAGUUCCCAUUUCCAAUUUACAAAUAUUGCCAGGCCAGUUGAUCUCAAAUAGUCCAGCAACCAUUUUCCAGGGGACUUCUGGCAAUCAGGUCACCAUAACAGUUGUGCCAAAUACUAGUUUUGCUACGGCAACUGUGAGUCAGGGAAAUGCGAUCAUUGCUCCAGCUGGAAUUGCGGUGAGUGGCACUCAGGCAGGAGUUGGGCUGCAGGUGCAAACGCUUCCACCUACCCAGGCACCUCUAGCUGGACAAUCGUCAUGUUCUGCUGCUGCUCCCCCGUUCAAAGGAGACAAAAUCAUUUGCCAAAAGGAAGAAGAAGCAAAGGAGGCAACAGGUUUACAUAUUCACGAGCGUAAAAUCGAGGUCAUGGAGAACCCUUCUUGCCGAAGAGGAGCUGCAAACACCAGCAAUGGCGAUGCAAAGGAAAACGAAACACAAGCGGGAAGUCUUCUAAACGGAAGAAAACAUGACUCCAGUCUACCUCCAGCUAACUCAGGGAAAACUCAGAAUGAGGCCAAUCAGUUCUCGCAGGUCAGUAAUGGACCGUCGUUAGACUUGGGUGAAAACGGAGCUCUUGGAAAGCAGAACUCUGAGCAACCAGAAACGCAGGAAAUUAAAAGUGAUUUGAGGAAACCCCUUGUUAAUGGAAUCUGUGACUUUGAAAAAGGCGAUGGUUCCCAUUUAAGCAAAAACAUUCCAAAUCACAAAACUUCCAAUCAUGUAGGAAAUGGUGAGAUUUCUCCAGUAGAACAAGGGAAUAUGGAUGCCACACAACAAGAUGCUGCCAAAGGUGAUCAAGGGGAAAGAUUUUCCAACGGACCUGUAUUAGGUUUGGGUACUACGUCUGCUGUCAGCAGUACACAAGAGGCUUCAAAACUGUUAACCCAGCAACUUAGUGGUACCAUUGCUGAUGUACCUAAUGGACCUCUAGCUUCAAGUUUGAAUUCAGAUGUGCCUCAGCAACGCCCAAGUGUAGUAGUUUCGCCACAGUCAACAGCCUCUGUUAUACAGGGGCAUCAAAUCAUAGCAGUUCCACACUCAGGACCUCGUGGGCCCCUGGCUACCCUGUCAUCUGAAGUUCGGUCGACUAAUGGCACAGCAGAAUGCAAAACUGUAAAGAGGCCAGCAGAGGAUAACGAUAGGGAAAAUGUUCCAGGAAUCCCAAAUAAAGUAGGAGUUAGAAUUGUUACAAUCAGUGACCCUAACAAGGCUGGCUGCAGUGCAACUAUGGUUGCUGUGCCAGCUGGAGCAGAUCCAAGUACUGUAGCAAAAGUAGCAAUAGAAAGUGCUGCUCAGCAAAAGCAGCAACAGCAACAGCAACAUCCAGUACCAUACAUGCAAAGUAUGGUCACACAGGUAGGUCCAGAGCCUUUGUUUUUACUUAUUUUAGCUACCCAACUCUCUCUUCUCUGUGUGUGUGUGUGUGUGUGUGUGUGUGUGUGUGUGUGUGUGUGUGUGUAGAGAUGUACAAAUUCCACUUUUGCAUUAUUUCGUACACUAGCUUGGAAAUGUUAAGAAAACUGUUUUGUACAUUAAUAUACUGAUGUGGUAUCACUCGCUGUUAUUCUUUAAGCAAUGGGAGUAUAGUACAGCUUAAAUUCACUGAAAUGAUCUGCAGUCUAUCAGGAUAUAAUUUGAUUAUGCACAGGCAAACCUUUUGUAUUCACUUAUUUUAUUGUGGGUUCUCUUCGGAAAACUGAGUGAUGUUUCCUUGCAUUUUACAGUUUUAACGUGAUUUUGUUCCUGCAUAUGUCGCAUUCAAGGCUGUGUUUUGCAUCUUAAUGCCUCUAUUUGCAAUUGAUGUCUUAUUUAUGCAGCAUGUAUACUUUACAUAUGCCUUAUGCAGCUUUGUAUAAAACAAACAUGUAACUAAGGGAUAUAUUAGCAAGGUUAUUCCCUUCUGCAUAAAGAUUUAUUACAAAAAUUGGAGGAUUAUUGAAAUGGUUGAGACAUUUGAGCAUGAAAUGGAUAAUAUCAGCUCUUCAUCAGUAGAUGUACUGGAUCAAACAAUAUCAUUUUUCUUACUACUUCAUCUGCUAUAUAUAUUGUUAAUUAUCUUCAUUUUGAUGAAAGCAAUAUGUAUGUGACAUUACCUCCACUUAUUUUUGGGUCCUUGUGUUCAACAAUAGAGCUGCAGUACUGAAAGUAAAACUGCUCGCUUUCCCCUGAUGUGUGCAUUUUGUUGCUGGUGUGCUAGAGAGACAUUUGCAGCUUUAAAAACUCCUGAGAUGAAUAUAUAGCUCACCUACUGUUCCACAGUAGAGGAUUUAUCUGGGAGAAAUAUGUUUCUCAUAUCAAAGGGGCACAUUCAGAUGCUUUUUUAGAUUGUAUCAAUUUAAUCUAUUUAUAUCCCACCUUUCCACAUGGUGGCUUAUAAAAAAUUAAACAAUAUUCAGUCAUUCCAAAACUAUACAACAAAAACAGCAGAAAAUCAAAUCUCUAGCAAAGCCAUCAUUAAAAUGAAUAACAUGACAAACAGGAAUUAGAAAAAGGGGGAAAGCCUUGAAGCCAUGUCCAAAAUGAAGUUCUGAAGAAAACAUAGUGAAAUCUUAGGGAGUGGGUCACUUGAUUGUGGAAAUCCAGCAUACACACAUUUUAGAUGCAUUAGAAGAAACAGUCUAGUUUUCUUCAGUUUCUCCACAGUCAAGUUGCCAAAAAAGCAACAACUGGAAAUGGGAUAGAAGCAGGCCAAGUUUGGCACUUUUCUGUUGCAUUGAUUUCAUCAAGAGAGACUAGGGCAUAGGUUUUUAAGCAGUAUUGAUUUCCGUGGAAAAGCGCUAAGCUUUGGCUGAAUUGUGCCUUUCUGCAGACAAUAAUAUGAAUGAUUGUAUAAUUACAACUGGGUGUGCCCAUAAUGUGCAAAUUUAUUCAUCUCUGUUCUGUUGUAUAUAUCAUCAGGAUCAUCCACAGAGCACUUAUGGGUGAUCUUGUACACCUCUUUUUUUACCCUCCAACUUACUGAGCUCUGCAGCGUGUUCAGUUUUCGGACUUGAAAUACUUGUAACUCUACUAGCCAAACAGCAUGGAUAUUUAUUGUUAUUUAUUUUUGUCCACCGGCAGUGUCUCUGUUUUGUCAGGAUGCAGCGUCAGUAUGUUAGCCCCCACCUAUUAUUCCUCCAGGUACAAGUUCAGCAUUGACGCAGCUUCAUCCAGUUCACAUCCAAAGGAGAAAUGAAACAUAUUUCACUCACAUAUCGGCGACACUGAUCUUGCUUUGUGUCCUUCUCUUGGCAAGAGCCAAUAGAAACGCUGUAUCUAAGCAGAUACAAUUCCGCGGUCCAUGUGGGAUAUGUGACCAGAGAUAUGAAUUACGUUCCUAAGUUGUAUCAGUGCUUUGUUAGUUGUAAGCCAAUAAUGUUUUAAUGCUGUCAAUCCACUCAACCAUGAAAGGCAACUUGCCCACUGGUACCAAUUGUGCCUAUAACACACAGCUUUGGGAAAAUCUGGGGUGCUUUCUAGGUAGCGGCCUUGGUUCACAUACAGUAGACUCUCCUGCAUGCCCCAGGAUCCUCUUGAACAAGCAGGGGGUUUUUGAUGGAUGUAUAGAUAUUCCAUGGAGGCAAGUCAGUGCCGAAAGCAUUCCCUAAAUGUGGAAAAAUGGAAAGCUACUCAAACAGAAUGUGGUAUGUGAAUUCACGCACAAAAGGGAAAGUCCCCUGCUGCAUAGAGUCAGCUGCACUGCUCUGCUCUCAUAGCCCUUCACCGGUUGAAUAUCUAAUUUGUGCUGCUGGAGGAAAGAGUGAUGCUGGACUGAAGAGUGGGCAAUCUCCACAUUGGAACAAGCACCAUGUACAUGCCUUCAGUGGUUGGAUGCCAGGAAUUCUUUUAUUUACAUCCCUGCUCCCAGAAACCUCUUGUUUUUGUAUGUUUGUGGAUCACACUUCAUGGGAUGGGGACAAAGGUAUCAGAAAGCUUGAAAAAAGAUCUACCCUAGCACAAGAAGAAAAAAUAUUUUUAGUAAGGAUUUUUCUCAGUCUUGAAUUUCAGUGUCUAUCCUAUUAAUUGGACCAGUACCUUAGUCUAGGGGUUCCCAAACUGUGGUCCAUAAGCUUCAUUCAAGUGGUCUGUGGUUUGUCUGUAAAAAUGCAAUUAAAUAUCACAUAGCAUCAGUACAUUAUAAUUACUACAAUAGGCCGAAAAAUCAUUAAGUGGUGUAAUGAACACCUACAGCAAAUUUCAAGUGGUCUGGACAGAAAAGGGUUUGGGAACCAGUAGCUAGACCAUGAAUAAGAAGUUUCACAGUAGUUAUAAUUUCUUGAAAAUGUACUUAAAAGUUGGCCAGCAGGUGGGCUGAAAACAUUCCUCUAUUGGAUGACAUAAUUAUGACAUCACAAUCCUGUUUGUUUAGCUGCUUGUAUCAAGACUACAGGUAUUGAGCUAGACUAUUACUAUGUAUCCUGCUGUCCCUUUACAAGCCACAAAAUCUUGUCAAGCCUCUAAGGUGAGAAGGCUGCAGUUAUUAAGUGGGUGGAAAGAUGAGAGAGGGCAUGGAAGAGUUCUUUCUCUUGUCUGCCUCUCAUUCCUUGGGAAAUUAGGAAUGUGAAAGACAGGAGAGGGAGGCAGGAGAGCAUAUCCAGAAGAGAGGAAGUGCCAGAGAAAUAUAAUGUGUGUGUUUGGGGUCAUGGUUAUCUUGUUGCAAGGGGAUGGUCCCUAGGUUGAAGGACCAGAAGACAAAGCAAGGGAGAUUGCUUUUGGGCUGUGGGGAGAGAGAGCUGAUAGGUUGAAGCUCCUCCUCUUUCUUGGGAGCUGAAGCAAUGCUUGAAUUUGAUAAGGAUUCCUUUCUUUUAGAAAUAAGGGUGCCAACUGCUGUGGAAUGCCUGUUCUUUAAUUCUAAGGCUGCAGUAGUUCACUAAUGAAGGAACGCUGUAUAUGCUCAACGUGAUUCAUAGCUAUUGUAAAUAUUACAGGAGCCAUCCCUGGUACUUUCCCCUCCCUCUGCGUUUUUUAGUUCUGCAGCUGUAAUCAUAUUAAUUACUUCAGCAAUCGCUAUAGGGACCGCAACUGCUGUCCCCUCUUGCAUAGUUUGCAUUAAAAUAUGGUGAAGCUGGGUGGAACUGUGAAUUGCAAGGGUUUAUGAACCUAAAAUGUUGGAAGAUAUGUUCCUCAUUCAGGAAAUGUUUGUAUGUGUGGACAUAUUUUGGAACCUUUUCUGCCUGAAAGUAUUACCAGGUCAAGAGGGGGAGAAAUGGCCUGUAGUGUAACAGCACAUGACAAUGAUAGCAUCAGUAGGAGAAUUCUCAGUAACAGUGAUGCCUUAAUCAUGUUUGCUAUAGCAGGGCAGCAUUUUCAGUCUGCCCCCAGGAUUGAAGUUUCCAGACAACUUUAAAGUACAUUUUUCUGAAACCUCUAAGAGCUACAGUACUGACUGUUGUUCCACUACCUAUUGAAUGACUGAUUGAUGACUGACACUGAAAUUUGAGUUACAGGAAAUACCAUUAUUGUGGUUAUUGUAUAAGGAUAUUGGGCUCAGCUACAUUCCUCAUUCCUUUUCUGUUUUGUUGUUGUAUUAUAUUUUUUUAAAUGUCAAAAUGUUAGCCGUUUCUUGUUUAUAGACAAUAGUUCCAGAGAAAAGUCUGCAGUCAAAGACUUGUGGAAGCUGACUUCCUUUGUUUCUUCCCUUCACCCUGAAAAGCCUCCCCGGAGAGUUGGGUGCCCCGCUGAAUUGGGUGAUUCCCACUCACUGAUGGUGCCCCUCCCCAAUUCUCAGGAGUUCCCCCCUCACACAUACCCUUGACCUUAUUGCACCUCAGCCCAGUCAUAUUCAGUAGGGUAUCCUUGUUGAAUGGUUACUUUAAAUGUAAAGGUUCAUCAUUGUUCCACCCAAUGUUAAUGUCUUUAAGGGGCCAGAGCAAGGGCCAGAGCAAGAUAACGAGACCCAGCUUUACAGCUGUGAAACAUAGCAGGUGCUGCUGAGUUGUAUUGAUUAAGCUGUGUUGGUAAUUGGGUGUAGUAUAUAAGGAGCAGCACCUAGCUCUCCCAUUACCCUGGGGGAUGGGUUGGUGGUUGGGUCAUGUUUGUUUGUUGAUGUAUUUAGUGUAUAAGGAGUUUUUGUAAUUAAAACCUUAUUUAAGUUAUUUUUGAGUCCCUUUUUAAUGCAUGGUCUCCCCAGCAAGCUCUCUGCGCUCCUAAACUGCAAAUAGCCAACAAUCCUUACUCUCAGGACAGUCUUAUUGUGGAGAGGAUGGAGUUUUGGUGAAAGUAACAAAGAUUCCUUUGUUCUUCUGUAAUUGACACUAAGCAGAAACGAAACAAAUCCAGAUUUUUUACUUGUAUUUUAGUAAAAGAGGAGUUUGAUAAGUAAAAGUAGGUUUUUUAAAAAAAAAUGUAUAGAUGAUGUCUCAAGUACUCUUCUAACCAUUCUAAUUUGUGAGACUUUGUAAAAAAAUGUUCUCUGUACAAAAACAUAGCUUGUUAUGCCUCCCCCAUCCGCUUGUGUAACUAUGCUUACUAGAUACUUGUAGAGUUAGAACUUCUUCUCAAAUAAAUGAUCUCAGUUUUUGUGUUAUGUAGCAAGCCCCUAUUACCUACUCAGAGCAUCUCCAAAAUGUUGAUUGUUUCUAAAUAACUGUGUGACUUUGUGUAUAUUCUGUUAAUACACCCAAGUGAUCUGAAUUGCAAAUUUUCAUCUUGAGCAUAGAUUACUUUUUGAAACUUCUUGUUUUAUGUUCUACUGCUUCAGAUAACUUUUGACUAUCAAUUUAUUUAUUGUGUUCCUAUUGCUUGUAGCGUGAUGGCCCUUAUCCUAUUUUAUCUGUAUGUUAAUAUGAUAAAACUCCUGUCUCUCUCCUGUCUUACGUUAUGACACGCCCUUGGGUUGUUCUUUACAUGGAUUACUUCAGCCCUGUUCCAGUGAAAUUCCAACUGUAUUGUUUGUUGGUAUGUUUGUUUGUUUAAAAGUAUUUGCAAAAUGCUUUAUGGCCAUAUCCUCACAAAAUGAUACUCAAGGAAGGAGCGAUAACGAUAAAUAAUGGCUAUAACAGAUAGUAUUCAAUAAUUUCUCAGGGUAGUAGGUUUGAGCCCUACGCUGGGCAAAAGAUUGCUGUAUUGCAGUGGGUGGACUAGAUGAGCCUUGUAGUCCCUUCAAACUAUGAUUCUAUGAUUUUUUUUUCAGUUAAUGUCAGGCAGCAGCUCCAAAUCCACUUUCUUAACAUACUUGUGAUCCCGGUUAAGGCAGUGAAGGCAAACGUCUAUAAAGGCCACUUCAAGCCUGCGACAUUAGGGGCAAAAAGUCAGCUGGAGCCACCAUUAAGACCAUCUCCCCCUUGCACUCACAAACCUAACAGAUAUUGACCGUGGGCACAAAAGAAGGACCCCUGCAGCAAAUCUAAGUGUUUGGGCAGGAUUAUAAUGAAUGAAGGCAGUCCUUCAGAUAACACAGCCCCAAUCCAUUUAUAGUUUAGAAAGGUUAAACACUUUGAAUUAGGCUGGAAACGUACUGGUACCCAGUGCAACACACAAAAUUGGUGUAUGUUAGCAAUGAGGUAGAGGAUUGGAAAUGUACUCCUGUGGCCCACCUGACAUUCCCCUAUUGAAUGACCACCAUGUUUUAAUGGGGCCUGUACCCUCACCCGUGAAAUUGAAACCCCCUGAAAUGUGUAACUACUGUAUGAUUUGGGCCUCUUUUUAGAAAUGUGGCAUCUAGUGUGCAGGCGCCAAGAAAGUCGAAUGUAAUUCAGAUCUCUAUUAACAUGGAUAUUAUAUACAUGUUUGCAUUCAGGCUACUCUGUUCACAGAUUCAUUUGGGAAUUGUUUAAUUUUUCCAAAGCUCUUUUGUUUUUGGUUUUUUGCUGAGGAGCAACUUGUUAACACUUUCAGCUUAAUUAUGCUAAAACAAACCUAUGACAGUCUGAAGCUGAGACACUGCAUCAAACCAAUUGGCUAUGUAGCCCAGUUCUCCUUCAAACUCUCCGACUGAUGUCUUUCCUGGUCUGUUCCCUGACAGCCUUUUUAACGUGAGAAGCCAUGGACUUGGUCUGGAAACUGUGAAAACAAGAAAGGAUAUGUUCUUUAUUGCCCACAUUUCAGAGCUGGGCUUUGGAGAGACAAUAGGGCUGAAUUUAAUUAAGUUGUUAAGCUAGUGGAAGCAAUGAAUCCUGCUAGUGCAACAAGACUUUUCCCACCGAUGAACCACUUCCCACCUCACCAGAUCUGCUUGGGGAGGUCAGGAUUACUACCAGAACCCUGAGGGCAUUGAGAGAUGGGGUUGUUCCAGCUGGCAAGCAGAAAUAUUUCCAUUGAUGGAACAAUCUGCUUAGCACUGUUGAAUUGCACCUGUAGUUUUGGAUUCUAAGAUGAGUGAGUAGAAGGGAAUUUACAGAAUGAAAUUUCAAUCCCUUCCUCCCUCUUGCUGCCUGGAUCCACAGAAGAGCAUCCCUAGGGGGUUGAGCUCUCCUGAGCAAUGUGGGAUGGGAUACAAGCAGGCGAAACGUACCCAGUUUGGUGGGUUGGGGAAGGUGGUCCUGACCAAUGUAGGAUGGAGUAUGAGGGGCUGCAGGAGUCCAGCAUUGACACCUGGACCUUGUCGCAUUGUUCAAGACACCGUGAUGCUCUGGAGAGGCUUUUCAACGGGCAUAAGUGGCUGUCCUUCUAUGAACCUUCUUCCAUUCACCUUUCUCAAGAUGAACUUCAUUAGCAGUAGAUUCAGAACAGACAAAGGACUGCUUCACACAGCAGAUUUAACUAAUGGAAUUCACUAAGCAAGUUCAUAAAGGAUGGUCUAUCAGUGGCUCUUUGCCAUGAUAGCACAAUGAAACCUACCAGUUGUUGCAAGAUCAAUAGCAAGGAAGGGCUGUUGCCAUCAGGUCCUACUUGUUGGCUUUUUCUAGCAGUGCUAGAAAUGGGAUUGUAGACUAGGAAGCCCUUUCAUGGAUCCAAUAGGGUUCUAGUUUCAUUCGUUCUUUACAUUUAUUGACGAAGGAUACACACUUGUUAAAUGCUGUAGAAAUCUGUGAAUUUUUUUACUGCAUUCUGUACAGAAUCAUUCAUUCUAUAGAGUACAUUAUGUAUCCAAGUAGUCCUACAGUUCUCUUAAGGGCAGAUGUUGAUGUUCCUUCAGUGCACCAUAAGGCAUCCAUCUAGAUGAGGAACACAGCUUUUCUAAAAUAUAUCUUUGAGAACAGAUGGGCCAAGCUGCCCUUAUGACUGACUCUUGGUUUUUAAUGUGCUGUAGAUUUCUGGAGCAGAUUGACCUCUCCUGGACAUCAGUUCACUUGCAAACAAAGGAUAGAGCCAAACAUUUAGCUCAGACCACAUACAAUGAUACUGAACUAGUUUGAUCAGGCUGCAGUUCAAAAUACUUUUUUUUUUAACCAUGGCACUGCCGUUUAAGGCCUUGUAACCUAGAGUGUUGUAUUUCUUCUUUGUCUUAUAUUUGACAAACUUGCAUAUGUUUCCAGACACUGUCUUAGUUAUAACACCUUUUAUCCUCGAAAGCUAUAGAUAAAUUUAAAACCACUCAGACUUGCAAGCAUGAGAAGGGGUCGUUUUUAAACUUAGUUCUUGAAUAAAGAAUCUCAAGAUAAUUUGCAUCUUUUAUAUGUUGGGCUUUAUAUGUAGUUUUCCUACUCUUUCAUUUUGAAUAUAUGGAAUCAAUAUUUGACAGGGCCAGCCCAGGACAUUUUGCUGUUUGAGGUGAAACUGCAAAUGAUGCUCCUCUUGCCACAAUAUUGAUGCCUACUAUUCAAGGCCAUUCAACUUAUUUUAACACAUGAGGCAAAAAAAAUCUACAACCACCUGUCCCCUUUCACUGGCAGUCAGAAUGCAGUAAUAAUAAAUGACAAAUAUUUGGUGCCUUUUAAUGACAUCCAAAAUCAGCUGCAUGAGGUGGUAGCCUCACUCUGCUAAAUGGAUGGGCUAAACCUGGAGGCAGGCAAAUCUUGUCCCCAUCUUCACAAAUGUGAAGAAGGAAGGCCCAGGUAGCUACCAACCAUCGAUACCAGGGAAGGUCCUGGAACAGAUAAUUCAACAGUCGGUCUGUGAGCUUUUAGAAAAGGGAUGCUAUGAUUACUAAAACCCAGCAUGGGUUUCUCAAAAAUAAGUCAUGCCAGACCAAUCUGAUUACUUUUUUUGAUGGAAUUACAGACUUGGUGGAUCAGGGAAAUACUGUGGACAUAGUGUAUCUUGAUGAUGUUUGAAUUGUAUAACAAAUUCCAUCAACCAAACUAUAGUGGUACCUCGGGUUACAGAUGCUUCAGGUUACAGACUCUGCUAACCCAGAAAUAGUACCUCGGGUUAAGAACUUUGUUCAGGAUGAAAACAGAAAUCAUGCGGCGGGAGGCCCCAUUAGCUAAAGUGGUAUUUCAAGUUAAGAAUGGACCUCCAGAACAAAUUAAGUUCCUAAUGCAAGGUACCACUGUAUGUAUUUCAGUUUCUUUAAUCUCUGCUAACAUUCUGUGAACUAUGUUUUAAAAUACUGCAUUUACUAAGUGAUGGAAAUAACCCACUACACGCAGGUCUCGCUAUCUGAACACAAUGCGUUCUCAGGAAAUCGUUUAUUAAGACAAGUGUUUGCAUAACGAGUCAACUUUUCCAUUUGUUCCUAUGAGGAACUUUCUAAUGUGUUCCUGAUCAUAGGAUUUUGACUCCAAAAUGACACACACACACACACACACACACACACACACAGGAAAACCGUCUGAAACCUUACAAAAGGCAAAUAAGGAAGGGAAAAUGCUUUCUUGUUCAGUCUCUCCCCCAUUCUCCCCCUCCCAUCAUGUUUUCUGGCAAAACAGCUGCCAUGGUCCAGCAAAACAGAAAAGGGUAACGCUUGUUUAAGCCUGCAUAUUUGGUUACAGUACUACAUGAAGGUUUAGCUGUUCGGAUUGGCGGUGUGUAUAGAGGACUUUAGAUACUAAUUCCUCAUGUUUGGAUAAGUGAUUUUUUGUAUAACAAGCGUUGGGAUAGUGGGACCUGCGAGUAUCUCCUAUGCUGCCCCAUAUAUGAUUUGCCCACUACUCUUCUGAUUCAUAGGGUGAUUUAUUGUGAUCCCCAAAAUUCAGUCUCUUGUUAAAUGGGGAGGAUAAAAAUUUCAGGUAAUAUAUUUCACAUUAGUUACACUCAGGACUAGAGUGCUUAUAAUUAAAAAUAUAUGUACCUUGUAUGGUAUCAUGGGGGAAGUAAUCACCUUUUCUGUCACUAGCAGUUACAUUGUUUGAGUUGAGCAGUUUGUGAAAAUACCUCAAAAGAUUGGUUCCUUUAUGCCUAACAUUUAUCUUUGCCAUAUUUGAAGCUUUAAAAAUACAUAUUUUGAAUGAUAAGAGAAAUGAAAAAUUAUUUUGGGGUGGGGGGAAGAGAAUGUUUAGUCCUUUGAGUGAGAGUAAUCUUAUUUAUUAUCAGUUUCAUUACUGUUAAGCUAUCAUAUAUUUAUUGUUGUUUUUUGAAUUGGCUGCUUUCCCAUAUCAGAUUCAAGCUGCAGUGUAUGUAAUGUGUUAAGAUAAAUAUAUACGCUCCCAGUUAUCACAAAAUCCUUGCUAUUUGAAUUAUGUAUAUUUUGCCUAUGUGCACUUUGAAUUGUACUAAUGGUAACCUUUAAAUAAUAGUUUCAUUUCUGUGUAGUAUGUAUUUGAAUAAUGAACCAUACAAAAUGGGCUUGUGAAGGAAGCAGCGUAUUCCGAGGACAGUUUGCAUUUAUGAUUCAGUAGCCUAAAUUCCCAAAGAGUGAGUUAGGAACUGUAAUGUAUUUUGAUUUAAUGCCUUUACAGUCUUUCUUUUUUUUUUAACCCACAAACUGUAUUGUAAUGGUAAUCUAAUUACCCACACAUUUUUGUAUAUAUGUGAAGACUGGUGAGAUGCUGCUGCUGCUACUGGGACCGUGUUCGCCUUUCUUUUCCAGGCCAGAUUCUCAGCUGAGGUGAUAAGAAGAGAUUUCUUGGUAUCCAGUGCAGAUCCAAAUCCAACUUUCAGUGCAUACACCUUGUGUUGGAGAACAGUAAUAGACCAUGCAUUUCAAAGUACAUAUAAAGUACUUAACUUCUUCCGCAAAGAAUCCUGAGAACUGUUGUUUACCCAUCAGAGCUACAAUUUUCAUUACCCUUAAACUACAGUUCCCAUCGGAGAAGCCAUGUGCUUUAAAAAUAUGCUGUGGAUGAUGUAGUCUAAGAACAAUUUGGGUUACUGCAGCAUUGAUUUUAUCCUUUGCAGAUGCACCUGGCCUGCUCACAGUUUCAGGGCUCCAGCUCAAGCCGUGAAAGAGCAGGAAACCCAAUUUCACAUGUAUGAAUCUCUUUAGCCGUGUGUUUUCCUUUUGGUUUAUUGGCUCUCUGCCACUAGUUUUCAGCAGAGAUCCCAGAUGUAGAGAUUCCUGAGCAUCAUGAGAGAAUUGGCGUUAAAGGGAUGUAAUGGAUAAUUGAUUCUCCUUUUUCAAAUGGGAUAGCUAAAAAAUAAAUAAAUCUUGGCGUGAAGAGUGCAUUAAGGCCAGAUUGGGAGAAUAACCAACAUUCAACUUUGCACGCAAAUUAGCAUGCUGAUGGACCCUGAUGUAAAAUUAACUCCUCACAAAAAUCUGAUGGCCGUUUUUCCUGGUUCUUUGUCAGAGGCUCUGCUCAGUAGUAAAUGAAAGCUGAGUGGCUUCUUCCUUUUUGCCUUGAUCCUGUCCAUCUUACUUAAGCAGUUUUGGGCAGAGUUAGCAAAAUUCUUGUCCUCUGAAAAGCACCUGGCAAAUGGAGGGCACUGAAUAAACAUUACACCGUCUCAGCAACACCAACAAGCAGAUUGGCUCAUUUCAACCCAAUUGGAUUUUAGCAAAUGGGAAAAACACCUAGCUUGGUGUGCUGUUUAAAACGACAGUAUGGAUUGCAAAUAUUGCACAUUGUUAAAAUGUUUUGCAUUAUGUUUGUAGCUUCAUCUGGACAACUAAUUUGCUGCAGUUUGAGACAGGAAGGAGUUGGCAUCAUUUUUAGCUUUCUAUUUUUCUAUAUUUUUCCUUUGAGGGCAUUGCUUUUGUGAUUGGUGAUUGAGAGAGCUAUGUAUUAACUUACCUGGAAGCUUGUUUUAUUUGACUUUCCAGAAACAUCUGUUAAGUGUAGCUAUGCUUCCCUCCCAUUAUUGGUUUAUCAUAGAAGUGCUUGAUAUUGGGCCAGUUUUCCAAAAGUAAGAAAUCGGUUUCUUCUGGGGCUUGAAAAAUGUCGACUUUCUGACUCCCUUUUCCAGUUCCCCCUUCUUCAUAAGCACUUACUUGAUCCAUCCUAUUUAAAUAGGCUUCUGUGGAAAGCAGAUUGGCAAAACUUCAAGCAGCUCCAAAGCCAUUGGCUGCAGCCUCACCUUGAUAUGGUCAGGCUAGCUGCUGCAAAGCAGGUGCAUAGCUCCAGGAGCUAUUAUGUGUUGCUGUGUAUGGAGCCAUUGAAGUUCCCAGAUGGAGUGACUAAGCUUGUCAUUUGACUGUUAUUCACUUUUGAAUAACAUGAAUGUACUGAGAGUUAAAUUUCAGUAAUCUAUUGUCAGUAAGGCAAAAAAAUAAAAUAAAAUUCACGCCACACAAGCUAUUCAUUUUUCAGUCUGAAUUAUCUCUAUGCUCCUUGCAUUUAGUUCAGUUUCUCCUUAAUUUAUGUAAGACCAUUCUUGAAGAGGUCUUUGAACUUAUGCUGAUCUUUAGGUUUGGGGUUUUUUUUUACAGGAGGCAUACAACUGAAACUUGGCUUUUAUAAUUUUUGCAUCUGUGGGUUAAAACACAGAGCCUAGGACUUGCCGAUCAGAAGGUUGGUAGUUCGAAUCCCUGCGACGGGGUGAGCUCCCAUUGCUCCGUCCCUGUUCCUGCCAACCUAGCAGUUCGAAAGCAUGUCCAAGUGCAAGUAGAUAAAUAGGUACCGCUCCGGCGGGAAGGUAAACGGCGUUUCCAUGCGCUGCUCUGGUUCACCAGAAGCGGUUUAGUCAUGCUGGCCACAUGACCUGGAAGCUGUACGCUGGCUCCCUUGGCCAAUAAAGCGAGAUGAGCGCCACAACCCCAGAGUCAGCCACGACUGGACCUCAUGGUCAGGCGUCCCUUUACCUUUACUAGGCAUAGUAUGGUCAUGGUUAUGUUCCUUCAUAGAAAAUGUUGAGAAAAAUAAGCCCAGGGUGCUGUUUAAAAGGUCUUGUGCUCAGCCUUACACUUGUUCACUCCUUUUAAUGAUGGUUUGUUUAACUGAUCUGGUGGACUUGCUGGAAUUCUAUAUAUUUUGCAUUUAUUUAAGGGGGGAAACUCAUAUGACUAUAGUUUACCAUGUACUAUAUGGCAAAAGCUGGUCAGGUACAGGUAAUUGUUUUCCUAUACCAACUUCUGCUUGCCCAAUGUUUCUGAAACAGUGGACAUUGAACCACUUUCUGGUGUGCCUCAGUGCCACAGCCUUCCCCACCUUAUAGUCAUGCUAUAGCCUUUUAGUCUGACUAGUACCAGCUCCAGAAGCUCCUUGUCUGCUGAUUAUAGGUGCCAGGAUACAAAGGAGGAUGUGGGAAGGGAGGUCUCAGGAGGUGUUGAAGGGCAAUAGAAGCUGAGAUAAGUGUUGUCUAUGCUCUGGUAACCUUUGGUUGUAUUCCAGCAAUACAUUAUACGUAGGGACAGUUUGAAAACUUCCGCUUGUGCAAAAUUCAGUGGCUAAGCUGCUCACCAUGGCAAAAUGGCUUGAGCAUAUAGUGUCAAUCCUGGCCGAACAGCACUGGCUUCCAGUUAGUUUCCAGGCCCAAUUCAAAGUGCUGGCUUUGACCUAUAAUUCCUUAAAUGGAUCUGCACCACAAUACUGCAAGGACUACCUCUCCCCAUAUGAAUCUGCCUGGACCCUGCAGUGUUCUUCUGAGGCCCUUCUUCGUGUGCUUCUUCCAUGAGAGGUCUGGAGAGUGGCAACAGGAAAUGGGCCUUUUCUGCAGUGGCUUCCCAUUUGUGGAAUGCUCUUUCCAGGGAGGUUCAGCCAGAGCCUUCUUUAUACACUUUUAGGUGCCAGGCAAAAGCAUUCCUCUUCAAACGGGCCUUCGGCUGACUAACACCCUAUAUCCCUUUAAAUGUGUUGAAAUGGCUUGAUUGGUUUUUGUCCUUGUUCUUAUUAUAUAUUUUGUGGUUUUUUUCUUCUUGUAUUUUUAUGCUGUGAACCACCCUGAGAUCUACAGAUGAAGGGUGGUAUACAAAUUUUAAUAAUAAUAAUAAUAAUAAUAGGAAGACAAAAAUAAAGAUCGUAGUGGUAACAUAAAUAAACUGUGAAUAAUGAGGAAGGAGAGCAGACAGGAAAGCUGUAACAGAAAGAAGUUCAUGUAAAAUUACCAGGAAGGAAGGGUGAAAGAAACUGGCAGUUUGGUUGAGAGAUAAGGUAAAAGUUAAAUGUGAAAGGAGAAUAGGAGGAGAAAUUACAGGUAAUGGAUAAAAAUACUUUUGAGAAGCAUGUGAGGAUGGAAAGGGAAAAUAUGGUAUAAAAAGCCUUCACCACCUGGAGCAUCUGGAUCAGCAAAUUCUGCCUAAAGUGGGGAGACUUUCACAAUACCUCCAGAGCAAAUGUUGGUAUUAUUAUUAUUAUUAUUAUUAUUAUUAUCAUCAUCGUCAUCAUCAUCAUCAUCACAGUGGUACCUUGGUUUAAGAACAGCUUAGUUUAUGAGCAACUUGGAUUAAGCAUGCUGCAAACCCGGAAGUAGGUGUUUUGGUUUGUGAACUUUCCCUUGGAAUAAGAGCAUGUUUCGCUUCCUGUUGAGUGUGUUCCAUUUGUAAAUUGAGUCUCCCACUGCUAUGGAAAAGCACGCCUUGGUUUAAGAACACUUAGGUUUAAGAACAGACUUCGGAACGGAUUAAGUUCAUAAACCAAGGUACGACUGUAUAGCAAAUGUCUGUAUUUAGCUUAAGGAAAGCUGAACUGUGGAACUCCUUGCCACAAGGGAAAAUGUGGUGGAAAAGAAUUUAGUAAUUUCCAAAGCUGGAUUAUUUAAGUAUAGAAAAUGAUAUUGUUAAUUGUCAGGUGAUUAUGCCAAACUCUGCCUCCAUCUGCCACCAUUUUGUGGUUGGCUUUGUCCCUAAACCACCAUUGUGUGACUGGUGGGCCUCAGAGGGAAUUUUCAGCUGCGUCAAGUGGGCCCUGGGACCCCUGAGCUAGGCAAUGGAUACAAAACAGUUUCUCAGUCUGUGCUCCUAUCUUUAGCUUGUUACCUAAUAUUAAUUGGGCUAGCAGAUUUCUCUUGGCAAAUAAUUUUGUUCUGUUGAUUUAAUUAAUGAUUUAAUUCUGAAUACAUGCUGUAUGACUUGUUUUAUUUUCAAAAUAAUGACCUUUCAUCAGGUAGAAUCAAUUCUCACUAGGUGAAAGUUUUCAAAUACAAUAAACAGUGUGGGGCAACAUGAGCAUGUUGGUGUUUUGAAGAGGCUAUAUUGAUAUAAGCACCAAUCUUACAAAAAUAAAUCACAUGGUAUAGUCAUCCUGGAACCUCAGAAUGCAGGGUGGGUGGGUACCUGUUUCUCAUUAAAAUGAAAAACAAAUUGUGGAAAGUAUCACAGAUGUUGAGGAAAAGGAUUCUAGCCUGGUGUUUUAUUUGGCAUGCUAAUGUUUAACUUGCUAAAGUUAACGCUGAUGGAGAGAUUUCAAAUAUCUCACCUUCAUUUUAAAAUGGUAUAUGAAAGAUGGAAUAUGUUACUCCCCCCCCCUUUAAAAGUGAAGGUCUGCCGUUACGGUAAAUACUUAAAACAACCCUAUUACAUAUCAACAUCAUAUGUGCACAUGUUGUGGCAUAUACAGAAUGAACAGGUUGAUCAAAUCUUGAGAGUUGCUCAUUCAAACCUUUACUUAACGUUUGUUACAGGCAAUGAAAGGAAAAGCCAAAUAUACAUGGUGGUUUUAAAGAUAAUCCUUUAAAUUACUCUGACUGAAAAAAAGAUAAGUUGCCAAAUUCAUACAAGUAUGUUAAAUUGCUCCAUCACUUUAUAGAGAAAGAUUGCCAUCUGGAAAGCUUCCUAAAAGCUGCAUCUAAUUCUGUGUUGAACCUGAAACGUAAAAAUAGAGCUGCUAUAGAAUAUUGGGGAAAGUCUAUAAAUAGCUCGAGUACUCCAGUCUUUAUUUCAUUUUACUAUUUAGAGACAGUGAUUACCAUCUCCCUCUGCAGUCAAUAGCAAAACUGCUGAUCACUAUGGUUUCACCUAUUGCCGCUGGAAGUGUGCUCCGUGAAAAUCAGAUCUUGCAUUGUUCAAUAAACAAUAAUCAGGCAGGAAUUUAAUCCUCCUUGUUUUGAAUUUUCCCACAGAGCACACCUGUCGCACCCGUACCAAUGCAAGUCCAGGGCCCAUCUGUCAGUUUGCCACCUUCUGUGUUCACUGUACCAAGUUCGCACACAGAACAAGUGAAAAAACCUGGACAGAAUUUCAUGUGUCUCUGGCAAUCCUGUAAAAAGUAAGUGUUUUUCUUUGAGUUGACCCAUAUAUUACAAAGGUUUAGUUUUAUGCAACAUGAUAUUUGUGGUUGUUGACCCCCAUCCUUUUUAACGUUUCCCAUCAGUCAGCUCACCUGUCAGCUAACUGAGGAAACAGUGGGUUUUUUUAUAGAGAAAUAGAGAAAAGCAUCCCUCUCUCUGUUCUUUUCCCACCACUGGAAACUAAGGUCUUCUCUUGCUAGGGAGUUCCUUAAGAAAGCACUUAACUGAAAAUGGAAGACAAAGCUGAAGAUGAUCUUUGGGAGAGUGAGAGAGCUAUAGAGAAGAGUUUUAGGAAACUUCAUUUGAAAUACAUUAUUCCCUUUCCCUCAGUGUCAAUGGUUGAACAGAAUCUUCAGCACCAUUCAAGCGCCUGUUUGCACAAGUGGUCAGUCUUACAAAUGUUUAACUCUUUCUUAGGGAAGGGGAGGUCUUUAUCGCCUUUUUUUUAAAAGGUACAAAUCCAUUCCUUUCUGCUGCAUAUAAGUUCAGUGGUACCUCGGUUUUCGAACGUCUCCGUUGACAAACAUUUCGGUUUUCUAACUCCGUAAACCCGGAAGUAAAUUAUUCAGUUUUCGAGCACGCCUCAAAAGUCGAACAUGCCACGCGGCUUCCACUGAGUGCAAGAUCCUGAGGUCUAGCUGUAGGCUACAGAGUUUUCAGUUUUUGAACGUUUCAGUACUCGAACGGUCUUCCAGAACGGAUUACGUUUGAAAACUGAGGUGCCACUGUAUUGCACAGUCUUUUGCAGCAAGCAGCCCUUAGCGAUAGUAAGUCAAACUACUGAAUAAUUAACAUUUGCCAUUUCUUGCAUUUUUAUUUUUCAGUAUUUAUGUUGAUUUCUCAGGCGACAAAAUUGUUAGCAAAAUCAUAUUCCUUCUUCGCCUGAGUUUAAAUGUAUUACAUUUUCCAGGUGGUUUCAAACGCCAUCCCAGGUUUUCUAUCACGCUGCAACUGAACAUGGAGGAAAAGACGUCUACCCUGGACAGUGUUUAUGGGAGGGCUGUGAACCUUUCCAGCGGCAAAGGUUUUCCUUCAUUACCCACUUGCAGGUAGAAAUUGGUCUCCUAUCCCUUUUCUCAGUAUUGAUGUGAAAUUUGAAAGGCAUUAUUUUCAUAUAAAUAUAAAAAUUCUACGCUAGAAAGUAAGUGAUGCACAUUCCUUCUAAUGCCAAGAAUGGCAGGCCCAGAAACAGUGCAGAAAAGCAGUCCAGUGUGAUCUGAGCAUGCUCAGUGGCCUUCAGGAACUACAGUAAAUUAAGAUUUUGGAUGUGGUGAAGGGGGAAUGAAGGGGGAAUUGUGAGGAGAGAAUUUGCCAGCUUGAGCCUCUAAUAGCUUAUAGAUGGGGUGGAGCAUAUGCAUCAUGAGGUGAAAUAGCUUCCUUCUAUGCACUAUAUUGGGACGUGGGUGGCGCUGUGGGUUAAACCACAGAGCCUAGGACUUGCCGAUCAGAAGGUUGGCGGUUCGAAUCCCCGCCACAGGGUGAGCUCCCAUUGCUCGGUCCCUGUUCCUGCCAACCUAGCAGUUCGAAAGCAUGUCAAAGUGCAAGUAGAUAAAUAGGUACCGCUCCGGCGGGAAGGUAAACGGCGUUUCCAUGCGCUGCUCUGGUUUGCCAGAAGCGGCUUAGUCAUGCUGGCCACAUGACCCAGAAGCUGUACGCCGGCUCCCUCGGCCAAUAAAGCGAGAUGAGCGCCACAACCCCAGAGUCGGCCACGACUGGACCUAAUGGUCAGGGGUCCCUUUACCUUUACCUUUAUGCACUAUAUUGGGAGACAGCAGAAGGCCCAGCUAUAGAACAACAGGGUGCUCUAAUUCAGGAGCUUGCAGUCAGUUUCAAACCAAAAGUCUUAUUGCAAUAUAUAUAUAUAGCAUUUGAUAGUAAUAAAAUGCAGAGUAAAUACCAUUUUAUUUUCCCAGGCUUUGAAAGCAUUUUAACCUCCUGAAGUGGUUUUAAUGCUGCUGGGUUUAUAUCCUUAUCCAUGAAUUGUUUUACUGAUGUUUUGUUCUUCUUCCUAAUUUAAUGUUAUGAACCACCCACUGCAAUCUGAUACUCACUUUUCUAGGAGUAAGCAUCAUUGAAAUCAAUGAGACUUACUUCUGAGUUGUCAUGCAUAAUGUUGUGCUUUCAGUUCCCUGUAAGCAUGACCAAAGCUUGUUCAUAUUUAUUACAUUUUUUUUUACAGUGGCUGAGACCAGCAUGAUGCACCAAAUAUUUCUAACUCAUUCAUCAACAGGCUGUAGAUUUGACCUUUUCCAGGUGUUUUUCUAUUAGCUUCUGUGCAGAAGCUAGAAGAGUGCUUAUCCAAAUGGUGUUUUCCUUCUUCAUUGCAUUUCAUUCUUCAAUCAAUAACGAGGCAAUGAAUUAUAACAACACAAUGUACAAAAUGUCUCAAAUUCACAUUCUUCAAUAUGAUGUUGCUGAUUUUUCCAUAUUGACUGGGCAGUGUGCAAAGUCUCCACCCAUUAAUGUGAAUGUGCAUAAUUGCAGUGUUUGUGUAUGCUCACCAGUCAUUAUGAGAUGUUUAUGUACACACAAACACACACCACUCUACUACGUCUGUGUUAUGUAUUUAACAUUUUUUUCUCUCAAACAGGAUAAGCACUGCUCAAGAGAUGCCCUUCUUACAGGAUUAAAACAAGAUGACCACGGACAAGCAGGAAGUUCAAAACCUUCCACAAAGUAAGAGACAUGAGCUUCAUUAUGAAUCUAGCAGCAGAAUCCUGUGCAUGUUUUCUCAGCAUUCCAACUGUGUUCAGUGAAGCUGUGUCCCAGUUUAGCAUGCAUAGGAUUGCUGGCUAAGUUCUCCUGGAUGAACACUUGCAUUGUUGGGGAUGCAGCAAGGUUGCAUUGCCAAUCACCAAGCUAAUAGCUCAUCUCCUUCUGAUCCUUUGGUGGCAGAGGGUGGGACAGCUGAUGGGUAGCAUGUAGCUCACCAAAUCUGUAUUUUUCGCUUGGCACAUACUGUGUACAGCUCACCAAACAGUACACUGAAAAUUGUGUUAUUUGUAUGGAAUGUCUGCUCGUGAGUCUAUCCAUUUUGCAUUUUUCUAGCAGUCGAACACUAAAUAUCUUGGUUGCGGAAGGGUCCCAACAUCCUUACUAUUCCUUUUAAAAUCUCUCACGGUUACAGAAACUAGGCAUUAUGCAAAGAGAGCAGUAACCUAUACCCCCUUCCAAUUUCAACUGCCAGUUGAAUAAGCCAUUACUCCUGUUCAUCCUAUUUUGAAUGGGAACCAGAAUUGUCUCCUUUUGUAAUUCUCUUGUUUCUCCCCCCAGCUUGGCAGCAUGACCAAUUAUUAUAGAAAGAUUUGUGGGCUGCUUCCUAAUCUCCCAUCUCAUCCUCCGCUCUUCUCAUUUUAUUUAUGUCACUUUUAGAGAUAGUAUAGAGGAGGAGACAGGGAUGUUGGGACAUGCCUAGACCUCCCGUUCUCUAGGUGGCACUGGUGCACUUAUUUGCAAGGCAUACUGAAGGGAAGGGAGGAAACAAACAGGCCACUGAGCUCUGUGUGGAACCCACUGCACACUGCAGCUGUGUGGGGAAAAGAUCCUAACAUGAUUCUAAGGAUGGCUAUCAAAGGAUUAAAAAAAUUCUUUAUCAUAUGAUUUGAAUAGAUUGGAUAUGUUUGCACAUUAGCAAAACGAAUAUUAAAAAGGGAAAUCUGGGUCUGUAACCACAUUAGCAACUUGAGAAUCAAUAACUUUCUGUGUCUCCAGGAGGUUUAAAAAAAUGGUCGAUGUUUUAUUGUGUUUUAAAAUAACUUUGUUGGGAGCCAUCCAGGAGUGGCUAGGGCAACCCAGUCAGAUGGGCAGCAUAUAAAUAAUAAAAUCAUUAUUAAAUUAUUAUCAUCGUUACCUAUGAUUGUUUUAGAUCAUAAGAGUUCAUAUUUGAGCAGUGAUUUCAAUUGAGUGUAAUAUUCUUAACCACCAGCAUCAAGCACUAGCCUUUCGGGAGGAAAUAUACUGAUUUUAAUCUUUUUCUAGGGAGGAAAUAUUUAUUGUGCACCUUUUUAAUUCCUUUUGUUGUUGUUUUUAAAAUCUCAUUUAGGCCACCAAAUGCAGCAGGGGCUUCUUCCACUCCCAGAGCACAGAAGGCCAUUGUCAAUCAUCCUAGUGCUGCCCUCAUGGCACUAAGAAGGGGAUCAAGAAACCUUGUUUUUAGAGAUUUCACAGUAAGUAGCAAGCACAUGGAUUAAACAGGAGGAAAGUCUCCUUGUCAGGCUUGUUCUAAUACUAUUUUCUUUUCUGUCUAAGGAUGAAAAAGAGGGACCAAUUACUAAACACAUCCGAUUAACAGCUGCCUUAAUAUUAAAAAAUAUUGGUAAAUAUUCAGAAUGUGGUCGCAGGUAAGCAGAUCAUGUCUUUAAAAUUGUUUAUUUUACUGACAUGCCAGGCAUUGUAAUACUGCAUAUUCACUGCUGCCGAUAAUGUUUGAGCUUCUGUGGCCUCUGUAUUGGUUGCUUUUUCUGAUGAAAAGUGUUUACAAGAUUGUCUUCUACACAUUGGCAGAUUCACUCUGCAAGCAUAAGAUUUUGCUGUGCUUCAGUUUUUGUACCCUAUUUAAAUUCCAUUUUAGUCUUCACGGUUCUUUUCAAAAGAGCUUGGAAAGAGGCAGCUGGUGUAAAAUAAACAGUAAAAAAAACCUGAGUGACUGUGACCUGAGCCUCUGUUAGAAGUGAAGAGACAUUUUAUUGCAUUAUGCACCUCCUCUGUUCUCUAAUAUAUCCUGUCAUUCACCUAUCUACCACCAUCCGACACAGUAAAUGGGCAUGAUUGUCCUGGAAUAGAAUUUCCAGUGGGAUUCUUAAAUGUUUAAAAGAUACCUGCUACACCCAUUUCAGAUAAUUUCUAUUUUGCCUUGCAGAUUUAUCUCCUCCCAUGCACCCACCCAUCUGUUUCUUUUUUCACCCUUCUGCCAAUAAUGUUGGCCAUAUAAUUUUCCUCUCCCUGCAUCUUUCUUCCAAACUACAACAUCAGCCUGUACGGGGGAAAAAAAUGGUACAAUUAAUCAUAACUAAAUUAAGUCCAGUUGAUUUUAGUGGGCCUACUCUAAGGAUGACUAAGUCUGGAUCCAUCCCAAUGUGUAUUGUAACAUUUUGGGUAAUUUCUAUCUUGGUGACAAAACGUUUGAGCUGUUUGCCCUAAAUAAUGUGUGUUAAAAUUACAAAUAAAUGUUGUAGGAAGCUGACCUUUUCUUGGUU